CGAAGCACCCGGCUUCCUGGCCCGUCCUCCUUCCUGACCUCACCUGUCCGGCGUCCUUGAUCCCCCGCGGGCGGGGGCGGGGCCUCGCCGUAAACUACAAGUCCCGUCAUGCCGCGCGCCUCACCCCCCCCUUCCCAGGAGCGGGGCUUCCGGCGGUGGCGACGGGGACCUUCAGCCCCUGAGGGACUCUCAGAAAGAGGAGGCGGCGGCGGCGUUGGUGGCGCGAGGUGAGGUGAGUUGGAGUGAAGUGAGGGUAGGGGCUGGCCGCCCGGCCGUCCAGGCAGGAAUUCGCCAGGUGAGGAGGUGCUGCUGGUUCCCCUCAUCUGACUCCAGGUGAGUGAGUGAGGAAAGUGAACAAGUUUAGCCGACAGUUAAUUCUCACCCCCGCUCUCAGUGAGAAGCGAGGGGGUCUCUCUCGCAGCCCCCCCCCCAAUACUCUUUUGUUUUGUUUUCGCUACUUUAGUUUUCUGUGAGGGUGGGUGGGGCAUUUGCUUUCUUUUAUCCCUACAGCCAACUCCCCACCACAUCCCGCUUUUCUAAUUGGCCAACCUCCCUUUCAGACGCUGCAAGGGUCUUUGCUUCCUGCUCCUUCUUAAUCCUUCCGAGCUGCUGCUGCUUUUUUUUUUUAAUGCAUUCGCAUCAACAGAUCUGCUUUCCCCGUGUUGUUUACUGCUCAUUUUCAAUCGGUUGACAUGAUCUGUGUUGUGGCUGGUUUUGUAAAGAGGCUUCUGAAAGGCGGGCUGCAACUCUUUUAAACAAAUGAAUACAUCUGCCCGUCCAAAUUCACUGUCUUUUUCCUGAAUUCUCUCAGCUCCCUCAGCCCUUAUAGUAUCUUGCACCCAUCAUUAAAAAAAAUGGGGAGUUUCUCAUUAUUUCUCUCUCUCGCUCUCUGCCUCUGGUAUUAAACCACCUCUUCUAAUAUUAGAUGGUAGUUGAUCUGUCAGUGCCUUCCUGUCACUAGGUGACCUCCCUUUUGUGCCCCCUGCCCCCCAAAUGCAUUCUGAGUGACUUGCAUGACCCCUCACUCAUUGCUCGUCUUCCCUGCCCCCUCCCUUACUUUGACUGUUGUGUUUUAUCAAGUAUAUUGGCUCUUUCUCCCCACUCAUGCCAAAAGGGAACUCUCCUCUUGAGUUUUCAGUGUGUUACAAAAAACUAAAUCAAGAGUGAUGUCCUGUAUUUACUUUUGGAAGUGUGUGUGUGUCUGUCUCAAUAUGUAUCUGCCAGUACAAGAUGAAAAUAUGUUGCUGUAUAUGUUGAAUGCCUCAAAAGACUGACUUGAAUGCCUCAAAAGACCAAUUUGAAGGGUAGCUGGUUGAUUUGUGGUUGUUUUGUAGCUCAGAAAGUGAGAUUUGUCUUUGUAUUCUCUUUUUACCCUAAUGAACUGAUCUGAGCAUGUUUGUUAACUUGUAAACAAAUUAUGAAAUUUAUUGGGAAGAAUAGAUGUGGCUUGCUUGAACUUAAGCAGAGGAAUCUGUGUGAGACAGACAGUAAACUUUUGGGAUGCUGGUAUCUUCCUCUGUUUUACACUAAGAAAAGGAAGCAACCCUAAUCGUUUAAUAUUUCUAGCUGCAUUAAGCCUCAGGAGAGGAAGCAUACUGUAUUUAUUUUUAAAAAUUAAAUACUUACAUUUGCAAAAGUGGGAGUAUUCAAACUAUGUCUUAAUCUGCCCCCCCCCAUAAAAAGUGAAUGUUUUAGUCAAUUCUUCCCUCAUCCAGAGUUUCCCAACCUUUAGAUGUACUGUGCUGCCCACCAUCCCAUUUGGACCUAAUUAAAUGGAUGUUGGCCUAUGAUAUGGAAAUUGCUAUCCUUUAUGUUGCAGUGGAGGAUCUGUGCUUCUAGGCAUCUGUAUCUAAGAUUAGAUUCUUAACAUAUUUUUACCUACUUAGGGAAGUGUCCUUGUUCUCAGAAUACUGAAUUGGGAGAUGACUAUUCUACAUUUUUCAAAAAGGGGGUCACUUAUUUAGGCACUUCAAUGUUGGUUUCCUGGGGUAUCUUUUGUCUUUUUCAUGUGGUGUGUCUUUAAUCAAGUCUUUUUAUUCACAUGACUCAUGUAAACAUAUUGUUGCUGUGGACUAAACAUGCUAUCUUUUUACUGUUUUCUUCCAAUGGGAUUAUUAAACCCUUUUGAGUACCUUGGAUUGUGUUGUGCCAACCUCAGGUUGGGCUUGACUGGGGUAUGUCAUACUUGUGCAGUGUGCAAAAGUUUGGGUUGUCGGUAAGAAUGAAAUAAUUGUUUCAGGUCCCUUUUUCUGUAUCUCAGUUAUCACGUUCAAGAAUGUUCUUCCCUAACCCCAAAUAUGGGAAGUAAGACAGAGGUGUGCAAAUGUUUAAUGUGUUAACUCUUACAGUCUUAUGGAGCAGGAAGUAAUGUUUUUCCACAAAAUGGAGGGAAUGCAUGUUAAAUAGGUCAAAUCAGCACACAGCCAGCUACUGUUUUCUGAAAAUGAAGACUGGAAAAUAAUGGUUGUGAUUCUUCAGUUGUAAAUUGAGAUUUUUUAGUUUUAGCUAGUCAUAGAUAGUAAGAAGACAGAGCUUCCAUUAGAAGAUCUGAGUGGGAAUAUAAAUUGCUGCUGAGGAGCUGAUCUAGACUGUGAUUGCAUCUUUGUUUCUGUACUUUCAGAUUAGAAGUAUGUGAUUAUGCAGACUUUCUACUUCAUUCAACCACCAGUUAAAUUAAUCUCUAGUUUAAUUUGAUAAUCUUGGGAAGCAAAUCACUUCUACCGAGCAAAAUAGGUCUGUAUAUUGGUCAUGUGCGGCUGUUCUUGAUGGUAGUCACUGAGAUUGGUGAUGUUGAGGUAUUAAUAAAAUUAGGUGACAAUUGCUGUUAACUUGAUAUAUAAAUUCUAGAGGGAUAUGUGUUAUGUCUGUAGCCUCAAAAGCAAUAUGUUUUUAAAAAGAGAUUUAUUGUGGCAUAAACUUGAGAAAAUCCAACCUUAAUAAAGGAAACAUGAGGAGUUAACUAAAGCUAGUUUGUUAUUGACAGUGAAGUGCAUGCCAAACAGAAGGGAUAUGCUUUGCAAGGAGCUCAAAAUUUAUGAACUAGGAAGUGCAAAAGUAAGGGCUUUAAUCAGUAAGUCACAGAGUUUCCCUUUUAAGUCUGCAGGAAGUAAUGAAUGCUUAGAAAAUAAGUUAAUGUCAUGGUUAGAGCAUUGGGCUAGGCUGGGUAGCAUGGGUUCAAUUCCCCCUAUCCCAGCUGUGCAUCUCAAUCAUAAGACCUUAGGCUAGUCACACUCUUUCAGCCUGACUUACCUCAUAGGGUGGUUGUGAGAAUGAAAUUGGGAUGGAGGAAGGAAAAGCGAAUAUGUGUCACCCUGAGCUCCAUGAAAGAAAGGUGAGAUAGAGAUAUAUACAUGCAAAAGAGAUGUCCCAACUAAAGUUUGAAAUCCUUUUAACUUCAGGGGGAGAUAUCUCAGCACAUGCUUAAUUUUCAGGGGAAGAGGCACUCCUGGUACCUUUGGACUUCAAAGUGUCCAACUGUGACUGGGUUGUGUCAUCAAAGUUUUAUAGCUCCAUUAUUGAAUAUGUCUCUUAGAUCAAUACCCCCUUUGUUAAAUGUAUAUCACUCUUUUGUUGCAUUUAUUUUAAAGCACAUGAGAGGUAGAAUGUUCUGAGACAAUCAGAGCUUGCCUUUGAGUAAAGAACUUGCUUUUCCUAACGUUUAUUUUUAGCUGUUAAUUAGCAGUGCUCACUGAGUCCUUUGAGAUAAGGGUUGUUUUUGGGUGUUGCUGUAUGACAGUAGCGGUGCUGCUGUUAUGAAUGACUUAAGUGGUGAGCCUCAUUUAUUUAUUUAAUUUCAAGUGUUUGGCUUCCUCUAUUCCCAAAGACUUAUUGCGGUAUUUAAAAAAAGCCACUGAAAGAACUUCCCUUCAUUCUUGACCAGAUGUUUGCUCAGAUAAUAACUCUGAACACUGCAUUUGGAAAGCCAAAGGCUUUAACUUUUAUAAAGUGUCUGGAGAAAGUGGGGUGGGUCAAAAGCCAGAGAGCAGCUUGCAAAAUGGCAGGCAAUGGCACGUGGAAGGAAUUGCUAGGAAGCCACCCUUGGCUACUGGUAGCAGUCAUUAUGGGAUGCAGGGAAGCAACUUACCAGUAAUAGUUGUGUUUUGCUUCCUUCAACCUUUUCUCUGCUUUCCAGUUCUCGGUAUCAAGAUCAUUGCCCACCAUCCCACCCUGUAAAGUGCUUUCAAAACCUCUUAGUAUUUUUUUCUCUCUAGAAGGGUGUCUGUAGGCACUGACAGUCUUGCAUUUGAGCACUAGCCUGGGACCCAUAAUUGAAAAUGGACUUGGGUGCAGGUAAGUGAGCUAUGUGUAGGCAUAUGAGAGACUGAAAACUUUGUCCCUCCUCUGUGUUCAGCAUAGAAACUAAUCAAGCUGCCAGAGGAAGAAAGUCCCUGCUUUGGUUUCCAGUACAGAGAUGCAGCAGGUUUCUACAAGAGGGACAAGAGCUGCACAUUACUCCUCUACUAACACACAGCAGGCUAGUAAAAAGUUUUGGAGGCUAGCGACUUUUGUGGGCAUAUUUACAAGGUUGCUAAAGGCUUUGGUACAGUCAGUAGGGAUGCUUGUGGAAUUCAGUUUCUGUGAAUUCUAACAGAAACUUAACUGGCCUGAUCCACACCUCCUGGACACAUGUGUUGAUCCGAUCAUAUAUGAUAACGAUUGCAGUUAGAAUGUUUACUAUGAUCUGAUCCACACGUUUGUCCAGAAGGUGUGGAUCAGGCCAGUUAAGUUUCUAUUAGUAACCAAUGCUACCUGAGAACUUCAGUGACAGUGUUGAAUCCAAGAGCACCCACAAACUAUGGACCUUUCCCUUUCAGGGGUCUGCAACCCAAUCCAGGACAGGCCACUUCCUCACCUCCUGGACUUAAGAAUUUAGGGCACUUAACACCUCUUUCUUUUCAGGGCUCAGCUUCAUUGCCCCAUCUCAGUCCUUCAACAUCUCCAGGCACUGGUCUAGCACCUGAAUUGCUUUUUCUGGUUCAGAAUGAACAGAGAGAUAUCAAUGGGCAUCAUCUGCAUAUGGGUGUUGCCUCACUUCAAAUCUCCUAAUGACCGAUCCCCAGCAGUUUCAUAUGGAUAUUAAAUAGCACGGGGGACCCCCACAGGAUAUCACAGGAGAACUUCCAUGAUGCUGAGCAGUAGCCUUCCAUAACUACUUUCUGGAAACAACUCUAGAGGUAGGAGUGGGACCACUGAAGUACAGCCCCCCCAAUCCGCACUUCCCCCAAGAAGGAUACUGUGGUCGGCGAUAUCAGAAGCCACCAAGAGAUGAAGGAGAAAAAGCAGAGCUGCACUUCCUCUUAUUUCGCUCUUAACAAAUGUCACCCAACAGGCAACCAAGAUGGUUUCAGUGCUAUGCUGGGCCUGAAGCCAGACUGGAAUGGAUCUAUGUAAUCAGUUUCUUCCAAGCAUUAGGAAUAGUGAUGCAAAAUCCAUCUUUUAAAUAAGUGUGGUGGGUGGGGUAGUCACUGAAUAGUUAAGCUACAUAUGGGUAGUUAACUGCUUGUUUCUGAUGCAGUUUCUGGGGUUGUUAUUUUUUAAUGAAAAGUGGCCCAGCGCUCUAAUUUAGUGAGGAAGCUCUGACAGUUAAAUUCCAUUACAGUGGUGCCCCGCAAGACGAAUGCCUCGCAAGACGAAAAACCUGCUAGACGAAAGGGUUUUCCGUUUUUCGAUGCGCUUCGCAAGACGAAUUUCCCUAUGGGCUUGCGUCUUGCGAUUUCUUGCGAUUUUUUUCGCUCCCCCCCUUUUCCUAAGCUGCUAAGCUGCUAAACCGCUAAUAGGGUUGCUUCGCAAGACGAAAAAACCGCUAGACGAAGAGACUCGCGGAACGGAUUAUUUUCGUCUUGCGAGGCACCACUGUAAAAGUUUCUUUAUGAAUAACAGCUUUUGAUGCUAUAAACCUUGUGUAUGCUUCCAGCAGAGUACCUAUAAAUUCCGUCUCUGGAUCAUAUCUCAUUUGCUUACUGCUUGGUAACUAGCCUUGCCCUAGUAAAACAAUGUUUCACAGUUUAGGUUGUUUCCUGUAGUAACUGUAGAGCAUUUAUACACCCUUGAGAUUUGUUACCAUAGGGUAAAUAGUUGAGGGUCACAAUGUUUAAUCAAAGUGAUUAUUGUAAAAAAAUACUCUGAUCUCAAGUGUGUGUAUGUAUGUUGAUCAGCUGAUUUAUAGUUUCCCUCCAUUAAAUGUAGAUUAGAGCUGUUAAAGAGAAGACAACUUCCCCUGCCCCUCUCAAGGUCAUAAAGAACACCCCCCUCCCAUAUUUUAGAAAUGUCUGACUUGAAAUCAAGUGUUGUGCUUUGUUGUAAACAAAAAUCUGCGCUUUCCCCCUUAUCCUAUCACAGAUUCAAAAAUGAAAGAAAACUCGUGGCUAUGGACUUUACUUUAGCCUGGCAUGCCUAUCUACGGUAACUGAUCUCUGCCCAGAGACCUUGCUAAAUCCUUAUUGACAUACUAAUCUUUGUUUGAAUUGUCUUCAUUUCCUAAUAACUGUCACCAAAGCUCUUUCAUACAAUGCUUUGGGGAGUGGGCGGGAGGAAACCAUGCUCUCCCAAAAUAUUCUCCUGGUGGCGUGAGCCAGACUGCAUCUGUGAACAUAUGAAGGAGCCUUGUAUAGGAGGCAUUGUAUGAUACCAGUUGUCUAGCAAGGCAGAAUGGAACACAAUGGAGGAGAGGGUACUAUUAGGUGCAAUCCUGUCCACCAGAGCAAUAACACUCAGCCCAUUUCCGGCCCUUAUUAUCCCUGUCUGUGACUUUCACUUCUCUAAAAGUGUGGCUAUCUCCUGAUCUCAAAGGCAAAGAAAAAAGAGGGGUCAGAAGGGGAGAAAAGUCAUGUGCUAGAAAUGAAAUUUAUUCCAGGGAUGACUCUCUUCUUGAGGGUACGGUUUUAAUAUCAGUUCUCGCCAAAUGCACAGGACACUAUAGUAACUUCAUUGACUCUGCUCAUUUUCAGUGAUGCCCUUUAUACCUUUUAAUUCCCUCUUAUGAUGUCUGUAUCAUGUUGCACCUCUCUCCCUUCUCUUCUUUCCCCAGAAAACUCUUAGAGGAGACACUUUUACUCAAUCCACAACCCUUACCCUCACUUGUAAACAUCUGAUACUUCAAAAAGAAAAGUGAAUGCAGAGUAGCUUUCACCAGGCUUGGUGUUGGCAUGAUGCAUCCUUGGGUAGUUCCUGGAGCUGCAGUGCCAAAACCUGCCUUAAACUCCUACAUUUGGUGGCUAGGAGCAGCAUUAUAAUUUCCAGUACUGCUUCUGACAUAUCACUUUGGGUCACUGUGGUCAAUUAAAAUAGUGGCUCAAAGUUGCCUGAUUCUCAUGGCUGUACCGUGCCAAUGGAUCCUUGGCACAGUACAGUUGUUCCUAGCUUGCACUAGUGCAGUACUUGGUAAAGUAACAGGCCUUUACAGACUCCCAUUGGUUUUAGGCAGAUGGGAGGCUGUUGCGCUGCUUCUGAUAUUUAAUGUGGGGAAGGCAGGAAAGAUCUGAAAACGCACGUUUGCAAAUGAUGUUAUUCUGUUGUUUUUGUGCCAGUGGUAUGUGGAUUAUGAAAUGCAAUUUGCAAUUGCUUAAUUAAGACAGGGCAUGCUGUCUAGCCGCCAAAGAAUUGAUGCUUUUGAAUUAUGGUGCUGGAGGAGAUUCUUGAGAGUCCCAUGGACUGCAAGAAGAUCAAACCUAUCCAUUCUGAAGGAAAUCAGCCCUGAGUGCUCACUGGAAGGACAGAUCCUGAAGCUGAUUUUCCAAUACUUUGGCCACCUCGUGAGAAGAGAAGCCUCCUUGGAAAAGACCCUGAAGUUGGGAAAGAUUGAGGGCAAAAGGUGAAGGGGACGGCAGAGGAUGGUUGGAAAGUGUUCUCGAAGCUACCGGCAUGACUUUGACCAAACUUUGGGAGGCAGUGGAAGACAGGAGUGCCUGGCGUGCUCUGGUCCAUGGGGUCACGAAGAGUUGGACACGACUAAACGACUAAACAACAACAACAACAUGCUGUCUAGCACAAUAAUAAUAAUAAUAUGAUGUUAUUUCUACCCUGCCCAUCUGGCUGGGUUUCCCUAGCCAUUAUUAGUUAAUUGAGCAUGUCUUCCUGAAAGUCAGGAAGCAAUGCAGGGUAUCCAGGGAUGGGGGUCAGCUAUGGAGAGCCUAGUACUCUGGGUGAUUAGUUUCCAACCAUAAACCAUUAUAGGCAGAGGGGUUUGUGUAGGCAAGAUCAAAUCAAAUUACAAAGCUAUAUGCGAAAAAACUGGAAUAGUGUCUGUCUCGUAGUAGAGCAGGGCCUAUUUGGAGUUUUACCAGCAAAACUGAAAGAAAGCUGUGGAGAGAAGGAUAACCAUGCCAUUCACUAGUCAGUGGAAAGAAUACGCUGAACUGGCUGCAGCCCCCCCCCCCUUUCUUUUUGCUAAACUCAGCCCAUUCUGAACUAUGUCAGUCCUUGUGCUAGCUUUCAACCUUAAUCACAUCCUGGGUGAGGCUCAUGCAGGUACGGCAUAGCUGCAGACUGCAGGGCCUUGAGACUACAUGUGAUUCAAGGGAAGCAGCAACAAGUUCUGCCACAUGUGAAUCUUCUUAGAGGAAGCCAUAUGUGUUUAUGAAAGACAGUUCCCAUUAUAAAUAGGGUACAUUUGGACCCAGGAAAGAAAACACAUUCAGAGGAUGAGCCUGACACUUGCUUUAGGUACCAUUCCAGCUGAUUUUAUAAAUUAUUUGAGUUUAUUUGUUGUUUUCUACCAAGAUGUCUCAAAGCUUCUUACAACAAUAAAAUUCAUGCAGUAGUAGCUUGCAUAAAUAUUUGAAAUCAGUAACAACGGAGAGUGUCUUUCUUCAGGAAUGAAAAUACAUUCAAAGAGUGAACUGUUCUUUUCCUUUUUUCCUCUCUGGCUUGGAAAUUAACGCCUGCAACUAGUAGGGACAAAGUGUAAAAGGUAAAGGUACCCCUGACUGCUAGGUCCAGUCGUGGACGACUCUGGGGUUGCGCACUCAUCUCGCUUUCCUGGCUGAGGGAGCCGGCAUUUGUCCACAGACAGUUUUUCUGGGUCAUGUGGCCAGCAUGACUAAGCCGCUUCUGGCGAACCAGAGCAGUGCACAGAAACACCAUUUACCUUCCCGCCAAAGCGGUACCUAUUUAUCUACUUGCACUUUGUCAUGCUUUCGAACUGCUAGGUGGGCAGAAGCUGGGACCGAACAACAGGAGCUCACCCCGUCAUGGGGAUUUGAACUGCCAAUCUUCUGAUCGGUAAGCCCUAGGCUCUGUGGUUUAGACCACAGCGUCACCCGUGUGUAUUUUAUAACAAAUGCAUUAUGCUGUGGGUCUAUGCUGCGGCUCCUGAUCCAUAUACCUGCCGUGUAAAACAGGAUAUUCCAGAUGUCAGGAAAAUUAACCCACAAUGUGACCCUUAAGAUGGAUGCAUUCCCUUUUGCUUUAGUUGUGUGCUGAAAUCCCCUAGCUGACUAAAAUUGUAAUCAGAGCCAGGAGGAAGUCAGAAAGCAUCUACUGCUCAAGCGUAGGAGUGUCAAUGUGUGACCUGCUUUGCAUUUUAGAUGUGAUGUCUGUAUGUUUGUGGGUCUUCUUAACCGGAUGAUGAUGGCUUUAAGUUAAUCAGCUGGCUUUAGCUGAGCAACUUGUACCUGCCUGUGCAUUUAUGUUCUUUUUAAGUAGAGGGAGGCAGCUGUUCAUUGUGGUGGUUGGAGAUAUAAAAAUGGAAACAAAGCAUGGAGAAGCAUCUGCUACGGCCAUAUUGACUACUUAAUACAAUAAAAAUUCCAGUGUGUGUGAAAUACUGUGUGCCUUUUGAGUUCCUUGCAUCUCAUUUUUAUUGAGAUGUAGACCAAAUUAUAGUGUUUAGAUGCAAUUUCCUCUCUGCCCCAUCCUGCUCUCAUCUAUUAUGAGCUGGCUAUUGUGCCUGAGGCCAAUUAGUUGUAGAAGUGCAUUUUAAAUAAAUGCCAAAUGAAGCUGAUGCCUUGUGAGAUCAGCAGAGCAUUCGAUAAAUCACAUUAAGUUUCCUAUGGGGAAUAACUAGUGCCCAGUAUAUCUAAUGCUUGCCUUAGUCCGCAUUGGAAAUUUGUCAUGGAAACAGGCUGCAGCUAAGCCUCCCUGACCAUUGGUCAUGCUGCCUCGGGAUGUUGCAUGUUGCAGUCCAGCAACAUCUGAAAGGGACACAGGUUCCCCUACCUUGAUCUGAAUGAUAUAAAUACCACAAAGCCUUUUUUGAUAAAUGUGGUUCUAUUAGGAUGCAGAAGGGCUAGGAUUUGCCCUUUAUGUUUUAGCAUCAUGCUUUGAAAAAUAAAACUUAAUUUGUCUUUUAAAAAAAACAUUUUCACCCUUUCUUUGUAAAAAUAAAUAAACUAAUAAUACUAAUUCCCUUAAGUAGGCAGGUAGGAUGGCUUGAAAGCUUUGGAGAUGCUUACAUUUCCAGUUAGCACAUAAGUUAGAUUAUCUCCUCUCUGUGAAGGAUUUAUUCUGAUUUGGCAGCAUUAGUGAUGGAGAAAUAAAAACCAUUUUUGAAAUCCACUUUGCUGCAUUUGAGCCUCCAGGCUGCAAACCUGUGGUGAUACUUCCCUGUCUGCCUGACUGGAAGCAUUCUGUGUGAUGGUUGUUCUAAAGGUGGUUUCACUCUUAGGCGCAAACUGGUUGUUUGGAGGAGGGAGGUGACAACUGGACAGGCAAUGCAUGUUGAAUACACAGAAGCAUUAUGUGGGAAAGAAGCUUUCAAGGGUGGUCUAUAACCAUUUAUUGGAGCCUUAACAAAACCUAAAAACAAUUCUAUUCCUUUAAAUGCAGUGUGUGCAUUGAAAAUAUGACAGCAGUAACACCAGAGGAACAGAAAUGAGGAAGACAAAAGGAAACUCCUGGUUUUCAACUUCCAUGCUAUGUCUGUAGUAUCAGUAUAUCCCUCCCUCCCUCUUUAAGGUUGAACGUAAAACACUAUACCUUUCAGGAUUACUUCAAUGUAAGAUAACAACCAACAGUAGUUGACAUGUGCCAGUUGAUUGCAGGUGCAGAACUACAUGUAUAUUCAAAUCUAAUUUAUCUUAAUUGAAUAUAUGCAAAGUAGCUGAUAAGCUCAGGAUAUGUUUUCUAUGAGAAAUCUGAUCAUCACCUUAUUUUUGUUCAGGACCAUAUUGUACUAUAGAAAGAACUCUGGUAAUGUGAUAAAAUGAAUUUCUAGUCCUUGAUAUGUUACAUUUUAUAAUUCUUCCUUCCUUCCUACAUGGAACUCAGCACCAUACAUAGGGUCCCCAAACAUUCUUCCAUCUAGGCAUCAACCCCCUAAGCUUCAACAAGGUUGUUGCAUCAUAUGCCUUUGAAAAAUGCUUUGGCUCUGAAUCAUUCUCCUGUAAUUGUGCACAUGGCAUCAGCCAACCCGUUUCAAGGGGAUUAUAAUACCAUUUGAGGGUGUUUGCUUAAUUUAGGUGUGUAAAUGUUCAGAGUGUAAUUCAGAGUGUAAAUGUUCAUCUAAUCUAGCGUCUUAUGCCCUACACUCGAGAUAGGAAACGCAUCAAUAGGGUAUGAAGGCAGGAGCUUAUCCCUCAAUCUUGCUCUUCAGGGGCUGAUAUUUAGUGGCACAAUUUGGACCUGCAACAAAAUGUGAAGUUUUCCUGUCCAAGUUUUCAGAAACUCCGUUUUACCUGCCCUCCAAACAGUCAAUCAGCACUGUCUGGCCACUGAUCAUGCUCCAUCCUCUCACCCCUUAGCAGUUUUUCUAAAUGUUGUUUAAAUACUUCUUAAAACAUUGGGGCACCUCCAGGUUUUCUGAUGGUAACUGACUUGUACUAUUUUGGCUAAAUAUAAGCAAUGGCACACCUAACCUAGACACUGGAAAUAGAGGGGAAUGAUGUUGCCUCUGAGUAUCAGAUGCAUUUGUUUAUUUAAUAGGGAAAGCAGGAAGAAACUGUUUGAGCAAUAUUGAAGUUACUGCUUUUUCAUGACAGAGCAUUGGUGCCAACGGUGAGGGGAGUUUCCUUGGCACUGGCUGCUCUUUAGCUGCUGCCCAAUCAGGUGCACCUCAGUUCCAGGUAGCUGACUCAUUUCAUGGUGCUACACAACCGCCUGUUGUUUCCGUAGCAGCUGAAAAUUUACCAAGAGGGUGGGGUCCAUAGUUCACUGCAACCUGGUUUGAAGAGUGUACAUAUGGUUUUAUACUUAAUUCUGGUAAGGAAUUUUCUGCUAAAGACAUACCUGAACUCACCAUCACUACUGCAACACGAUGUGGAUAUUUUAACCAUAUUGGUGACUUUCAGAUGUUUUCGUUUCCUUUUUCCUGACUGCUAGCAAUUCUUUCAAGCUAAUGGCUCUGGGAGUUUCCCUAGGAAGUGCAGGUGUGUAUAAUGUUUCAUGGCAUAGCAAGUUCUGCUUUUAUAGUACAAAUAAUCAGUAAAAGUCAGUAGAAUGAUGAAACACUUUCAUUUGUCUCAAAGAACUUUGCCAAGGAAGUAUCAACUUGCUCAAAUUUUUUUGGUCCAUUUCACUUGUGUGAGAGGGCACAGGAUGUACCGUAUUUUUUGCACCAUAACACUCACUUUUUUCCUCCUAGAAAGUAAGGGGAAAUGUCUGUGCGUGUUAUGGAGCGAAUGCCUGCGGGUGGCGGGGGGGAUCUGCUGCAGUCGUGAGCAGAGGAUCCAUGGUUCCCCUUCCUUCCCUCCUCCGUGGUUACAAAGCAUGGAUCCACAUGGAUCCUCAGGAUUUUUGCAAUGGGCUACUCCAAACUCACUGUCAGAUCACAUGUCUGUGGCCACAGCAUGAACCACAAAAAUAUUUCGUUUAGAAUAUUUUUUUUCUUGUUUUCCUCCUCUAAAAACUACGUGCGUGUUAUGGUCUGGUGCGUGUUAUAGAGUGAAAAAUACGGUAAUUUUUUAUUAGAGGCACCUGGAUUCAAACAGCUAUUUUGAGGUUGGUAUACAUUGCCUUUUAGGUUAAGAAAAACUUUACAAAGCUGUCCACCUAAAAACUAAUAUAUAUAUAUAUAUAUAUAUAUAUAUAUAUAUAUAUAUAUAAAAUUAAACCAUCCUAUAUUGCAAUGGAGCGAAACCAAAGGCUGAAUAAAGCCAUUCUUCUCACUAAAAUGUGUUAAAACCUGGACAGUGCCAAAAAGAUAGUCUGCAUCUGGUCAGCCUCCCUGGGGAAUGUAUUCCAAGGAUAGGGUGUUAUAACUGAGAUGACCCUACCACACCUUAGAUGAUGAAUUUUGGGGCUGGUUCCUGGAGGAGGAGGUAUGAGAUAAAGCCAGUAGUUGGAACCAACAGGUAAGCAGUGUGAUUCAGCAGCAUAAAAACCUAAUUCAAUUCUAGGCAGCAUCAACAUCAUGCAUAGUGUCCAGAUCAAGGGAAGUAAUAGUACCACUCUUUUCUGCCUUGGUUAGACCCCACCUGGAAUACUCAGUCUAAUUCUGAGUACCACAGCUUAAGCAGGAUAUCAACAAGAUGGAAUGCGUGCAGGGGAGGAUGCCCAAGAUGAUAAAGGGCCUGGAAAGCUAGCCUUAUGAGGGAAUUGGGAGUAGAGAAGACUGAGAGGUGAUAGGAUAACCAUCUUCAGAUAUCUGAAGAGGUGUCACACGGAUGAUGGAGCAAGGUUGUUUUCUGCUGCUCUACAGCAUAGGACCUGACCAAAUAGAUUCAAGUAACAAAAAAAGAGCUUAUGACUAAAUACAGUGGUACCUUGGGUUAAGUACUUAAUUCGUUCCGGAGGUCCGUUUUUAACCUGAAACUGUUCUUAACCUGAAGCACCACUUUAGCUAAUGGGGCCUCCUGCUACUGCCGUGCCACCAGAGCACAAUUUCUGUUCUCAUCCUGAAGCAAAGUUCUUAACCUGAAGCACUAUUUCUGGGUUAGCGGAGUCUGUAACCUGAAGAGUAUGUAACCUGAGGUACCACUGUAUUAUGGAGAAUUUUCUGAUGGUAAUAGCUAUUCGACAGUGGAACGGACUACCUCAAGAGGUGCUGGACUCUCUUUCAUUUGAGGUUUUUAAUCAUGUUAGAUGGCCAUCUUCCAGGGCCUCUUAGCUGUAAUUGCUGUAUUGCAGGGAGUUGGACUAGAUAACCCUUGGGGACCCUUCCCCCUCUACAGUUCUAUGAAAUGAGGCAGGAUUCAGCAGCAUGCCAACUGAAGAACUGCCAAAGCAUACAGGAACGCACCAGAGCUCAGAGCACUUUGUUGCUUAAGCAACUGCAACAGAAAGCCCUCUUAAACUCUUUCCUGUCCCAAAGGAGCCAUUGGCCAACUUGGGUGGGCCGAGUAAGUCCAGAGCCUGAGGGCACUUCACCCAAAAGUUGCUGCCUGCAAUUCAGUGGCUCAUGACAUGGAGCAGCUGCCCACCGAUCCCAGCAUCUUCUAAAAGCAAAAGGAGGUUAACACCUGGGCCAAUGUUUGUGUAAUGUGGUUUGCCCUUGAGGUACAUGGUUCAGAGCCAUUUAAGGUCAUGACCAGCACCUUGAAUUGGGCCAGAAAUGGACCAAGAACUAAUGCAGUUAAAACUGUUGACAGAUGUUCUAAUAUGGACUUUAUCAGCCCACUGUAGAACCUUUCUUAGAAAGCUGCAGGAAGUACAGGAAAGGUGAUGUCUACUAAGCUGCGCUCCUGUUGAAUCCACCCAUACCAUUUUAUUUUGUCAUAGCUCUGCAUGCAGAAUUUGGGUGUGCACAUUUUUGGGGGACUUUUGUAGCCCGUUUAAAAAUCAGUGGCAUUUAAAAAAAUGAUCACUAUUAGUAUUGCUGGCCUUGGAGGUCAGUGAUCAGCUUUUCCCUCCCUCGUCAUAAAAUGUAACGGUUCUAAUAGAUUUCGCACAAUGAACCUGGGCUGCGGACAGGAAGUUGUUUUCUGGACCAUGUUCUGCCUUUCCAGACUGCAUAGUCAAUAACUAAUUUCUUGCUGAGUAUCUUAUUAUUUCCUGAAGUACUUCAAGUACAUCAAUAAUUGGGAUUAGAAGGCCAGCUUGAAAGCACAACUAGUGCCUUUGUGGCAGUGCUGGGAAUCAAACUUGCACUGGCACAACUGCUAGGGACACAGGGUAUGAAUUGCAUUCUUAUGUGCAGAAAGGGGAAGUAAAUGCCAUUUUAGUUUGCUUGCACAGCAAAUUUGCUACCAGUAGGAUCUGCAAAAACUGGUGUAAACAUGCACAACCUUUUUCUUUCUUAAUUUUAAACAUUAUAAAUGUCCUCAGGGAGGCUUACAAGAAGAAUAAAAGGAAGUUAAAAUGCAUACUGUAAAAGAGGUCAACAAUAAAGCAUAUGAAAGCUACAUAAAAAAUGGCAAAGACAAAACUAACUGACGUAAGACCUGGAACAGAUUAAAAAGCCUGGGAAAGUAAAAAGGCCUUUGCCUGGUGCUGAUAUGCUGUCAAAGGUAGACAACAGACGUGCUUUUCUUGGGGAGGACAUUCUGUAGUAGAGGUACCACCUCUCAUAAUUUCCUUUACCUAAUAGCCACUCACCGCACCUUGCCCAGUGGAAACAUCCAAAGAAGAGCCACAGAAGAAAAAUUUAAGGUCCAGGUAUGUAAAUGUGGAAGGGAUGCGGGUGGCGCUGUGGGUUAAACCACAGAGCCUAGGACUUGCCGAUCAGAAGGUUGGCGGUUCGAAUCCCUGCGACGGGGUGAGCUCCCGUUGCUCGGUCCCUGCUUCUGCCAACCUAGCAGUUUGAAAGCACGUCAGAGUGCAAGUAGAUAAAUGGGUACCGCUCCGGCGGGAAGGUAAACGGCGUUUCUGUGCGCUGCUCUGGUUUGCCAGAAGCGGCUUAGUCAUGCUGGCCACAUGACCCGGAAGCUUACGCCGGCUCCCUCGGCCAGUAAAGCGAGAUGAGCGCCGCAACCCCAGAUUCAGUCACGACUGGACCUAAUGGUCAGGGGUCCCUUUACCUUUACUUAUGUAAAUGUGGAGACUGAGGAUCCUUCAUGGACCUGGUCCCAAGUUAUUAAUAGUUUUAAAAGUCAAAACCAACAUGUGAGGAAAUCAGGACUUUGCCAAAGGGCUUCUGGCCUCAGGAUGACUAGAAUUUUAAAAUAUGUCUUUUUUGAUUUCUUGGCAACUGAUUGAUACCCUUUAUUGAUUGAUGCUAAUGCCCUUAUUCCUGUUAUCAUUGUCUCCUGGGGACAUCCUGCCUGACACUUGCAGCUUCUAGACCUGGCACUCUCAUCCAGAAGCAGGUUUACAGCUGAGCCUAAAUGGGUUCUUCCCUUUUACAAAGCCCUAUGCAGAGGGGUUUCCCCAUGAUCAAACAUCCAACUGGGGCUCAGCUGUUAGGAUGCAGGCCACUGCUUGUGUUGCUUGCAGCCAAAGCUGACCUGUUGGAUCUAGUUACCUGUUAUUUUAUUUAUUUGGAACUAGGAAAACUAACUGGGCUAAACUUUGACAACCUUUGCUUUAAAUUUCUGUAACAGUUGUUCAUAGACCACACCUUUUAAAUGUGUGUGUUCAUGUGUUCAGGAUCAUUUAUUAGAUGGUGUGUUUUUGGGAGGACUACUCUGUGCUUAGUUCAAAGUGUGCCUGUUGUGAUUGGUCAAUGUUUGGGUGGGAAUUAAAGGAGGGAUGGUUGCAUGGUAGAAUAAUGCUAAAAUAAUUAACAUGCUGUCCAAAAGUCUAUUGUUUAAAGAGCUGAAUUCAGCCAUUGCUAAUUACCAUCAUGGCUCAUUCACACUGGUAGCUUGCUUCUUUGGUUUACUUGUUUGACUGCAGUGCAGGCAGCUGCUUGGCAGUGCUGUGCAUUAUGACUUGACAGUGUAAAUGAAAAUAUUGCACCUUUGCAAAAAAGCCAAAACAAAAACUGCUUGCCCAGUUGGUUAGACUUUGAACAUUCAUUUCUCGUGGGUCUCACUAUUGCAUCACCAGUCUUGUUAAUACCCUGAUGUUGUAUCCCAAUGUUCUUGUCUGUUUUGCUAAUGCCUCAAAUACUAGGCCAGAAGACAACGUGAGAGAAGUUGUGUGCAGUGUUUAAAGGGAAAUAGGAAGUAACUAUUGAUGCUGCAUGCUCAACAAACUGUGUAGCGAAGUGGUAUGGAUGUUGCUUGGAUGUUAUAGCUGUGAAAUUUGAGUGUGGUUGCAGCCACCAGUGGUGAUGUUAUUGGAUGAAAAUGUCAUAAGCCAAGGGACACAACACUCUAAAGUAGGCAUAGGCAAACUUGGCCCUCCAGAUGUUUUGGGACCACAACUCCCAUCAUCCCUGACCACUGGUCCUGUUAGCUAGGGAUUAUGGGAGUUGUAGUCCCAAAACAUCUGGAGGGCCGAGUUUGCCUAUUCCUUCUCUAAAGCAUCUAUUAAAGAGCUGUGUUGUGGUGUUAUAGAAUAAAGGGAAUCUGUUGCCUUUUCCAUGCCAAAGAUGCUCUGGGCUUCCUUCCACCUACAUACAUUCAUGUUGCAUGUCCUGGAAAAAAUGGAGAUUCCUUUGAAAUGUGUAGGAUGUUCAGAAGCUCUGAUUUUGAUCACUGUAAGUGGCUAUUUAGAACAGAAUCAUCUGGUGUCUUACCUGUACUUCUCCAGCUCCUGUUCUUAGCUGGAGUUUGGGGUGGUUGCCUAAUUUUGCUGUUUACAGUGAUUCUGACCUGACCUCAUUUGGAUGGAUGGAGGGGGGAAUGGAAUUGAGAGCAGAACUGAAGGGAUUAUCAGGCAGCUACAAGUAGAGUGCUUCUGCCACAGCUGCUACUCUGAAUUAACCCAAUGUGUUUGGGGAGGGUGACCUAGCCAGAUAUAACGGCUUCUUUGCCUUUGUUUGUUCUUUACAAAAUGAUUGAGUGUGUUGAGGCAUACAGGUGCCCAGCUGCAAAGGCAGGAGAAAGGACAGAGGAGGCAGUGCAUUUACUGCAGUGGGUCCUGCUGUGGAUCAGACAAGUGCAAGGUAGAGCAGGUUGCAAAAUGCUAGGAGUCGAGGGGGUUCUUUUUUAAGCUUGGUUCUUUUUAUUCCAUUAAAAUGAAAUAUAUUGUUGCCCUGCUAAGCUAUAGCACCAAUAAAGCUAAAAUGUUAAUCAGAAACAUUUAUGUUUGAAACUGAAUGAUCUCUCUUUCCUAAUAUGCAGAAGUGUACGUACAUACAUACGUGCGUUAAACACUCCUCCCAAUCUAUGAUUGGAAUAAAUUCUGAAUCUUAAGUUUUUCUAUUGGGAUCUUGACCCAUUUCUCAGAUUUGGCCUUUUUGGAUAUGGAGGUUUGGAAAAACUACCGUAUCUGACAGUAAGAGCUGUUUGAUAGUGGAAUAGUCUCCCUUGGGAGGUUGUGGACUCUCCUUCCAUGAAGGUUUUUAAGCAGAGGUUGGAUGACCAUCUCUCAUGGAUGCUUUAGCUGAGAUUCUUGCAUUGCAAGGGGUUUGGGCUAGAUGACCCUUGGGGUCCCUUCCAACUCUACAUGUUUAUGAUUCUUUUAUUCCCUCUAGCUUGAUGACUCUUCUGAAUUGGCUCACAGGUGAGUGUACACCCAAGUAAAUUAUUCCAGAUGCACAAGCAUCAUUCCUUUUUAAGUCAUGUUGGUUUAAGGACUAGCCAGCAACAAAUUGAAGCAUUUCUUGUUUGAUAAAUUUGAUCCCAUUUUGUAUCAAGAGGUUUGUUGGCAUUCUUUGGGUAUAUUGGUAACUAUUGUAGUCACUUACGUGCAGUGUCCUGUGGAGAGAGUGUUAAGCAUUAUCUCCCAAAAGCAGUUUCCAUGUAUGGAAAUCAGAAAUGGAAACUUUCUCAAUUAAUUAUUACUCCUGACACUUUGCAUAUAAAACUGUAUAUGUGAGUAACACAACAUGUACUUGGCGUCAGGUAGUUCUAGUUACAGGUAGGUGGCCGUGUUGGUCUGCUGUAGUCGAAACAAAAUAAUAAUAAAAAUUCCUUCCAGUAGUACCUUAUAGACCAACUAAGUUUGUUCUGGGUAUAAGCUUUCGUGUGCAUGAUACACACUGAAGCUUAUACCCAGAACAAACGUAGUUGGUCUCUAAGGUGCUACUGGACAAUUUUUUAAAUUUUUUAAUUUAUUACAACAUGUACUUAUUUAUUUUAGCUAUUUGUUCUCUGCCACUGCUAGGUAGCUUGUUGGGAUUUUUAAACCUUUGCCUUUUGGUUUUUGAGCUCCACAAUCUUUUGGGCUCAGGUGAAUCUGCAAAGCAUUGAUGUCUUUCACCAAACCAUGAGGGCUGGUCUUCUGAAAUGGCUAUUGCAUGUCUUGUGGUUUUAGCUUUAUGGAAGUAUCACUAAAUAAAACUGGCAGAGUUCCAAGUACCGAGCUGCUUUGUUGUGAUCAUUAGAUACUGGCACCUAUAACUCAGGACCUGAAAUCAUGAGUGUAGAAUCACACUGUUAGGUAGAAUUGCAGUCAGUUGUGUGCGUAUUCACAUCAUUUCUUGUUUUGAAAAAUGGGGAAUCUGGGAUUCUAGGGUACAGUUUCGUCAUUUAGGUAGAGGCAUUAACUAGUUAACUAGCUCAAAAGGCCUAGCAAAUUGUGCAAAUGACCCAUUUUACAAGACAUGUUGAGUCCCACUUUCUAGGAAGCCACUUACUGUUCUUGAUGAACAAUAAGCUGUUGGCCAGCUUGGUUCCUUGUUAUACAUUCACUUCACUGAGUUCAUUGAAGAGUUCCUGGGAAUCCUGGAUUGAUGAAUACAUCCAUGUUGCCAUCUAGGCAACCAAGAGGACACAUUCCAGCCAGUCAAAAAUAUUUAAGGAGGGGCAGUGGGGGUUGUGACAUAGGGAGAGGAAGUGUGGCUUGAGAACAUUCCUAUGGGCUGGAUGGUGAGACUUGGAGGGCUGUAUUUGGCCCCCAGUGAUGGGUCUCCAUCCCUGCUAAUUUACAUUACAGAACAAAGAUAUUUGGUGUGAAUGCUUAACUUUUGAUGCUACCUAGCUGGCUCAACUGUUCAAGAACAAAUGGCUUCAUCUUGUUUUAAGAGUUAACAUGAAUAGAUGGAGCUGACUAUGGGUAGUCAUAGCCUUCACAAUCAUAGUUAUCAGGGAAUGCAGGGGGAACUUCUUUAGGGAGUAGCUGUGACAUGAACUACAUUUGGGAGUUGACUGGCAUAUCCAUGAAAAUCUGGGGGCCUUCUCAAAUAAGACCUGAUUCCAACCAUACUGCUUAAACACAUGAGUGUGUUAAAACUAUGUAAUAGUAAUAUGGCUAAUGUAAUAGUAAUAUGCAUAUUGUCCAGAGGAUUCAUGCUUUCUUGAGUUGUCUAAUAGCUGAUAAACUGUUGCUUACAUGCUGCUUUCCUGUGGUAUACACAGGUGUGCACAGCCUAGGGAAAAAGUGCCAUGAGAACGUUGUGGUACAUUUGUUUGGUUUUGAUGAUGCUGCAAAUACUUUGUUACUUUAGCUGUAACUCUGACUACCUUUGAAAUUUAGCACUAGUAGCGGCUCAGAUGUUCCCUAUUGUGAGGAAAGCCUCCCUUUUGGAACUUGCAAGCUUUCAUACUACAGUAUUUUCUUUCAUGGAGUUGGUGGUUUUUCCUUGUUUAAUUUAGAAGCAUGCGUAUCGGCCUGUCUUGUGACUGUGUUAGGGGAGUUGGUAACCGCUUGUUUGUGUGCAAAUUGACCUUUCUGGUGAAGCUUAUUGUGAAAGAAACUAAAAUCCAAUGUGGUGUCCAUAUAAAUUAGGUCUACUAUCUAUCAAUUUUUUGAAGCAUAAACUUGAAAGAAUGUGGCUGAUUCAUGGCACAUUUAUUCUGAACAAGUGGCAACCUGUAGGGGAUUUGGCAGUAGUUUUCUACAGAAGGUCACUUCCAGAGCCUCUUAAUUUCUUAAAAUUGGGUAGUCCUCAAUCCUGAAUAGACUGGAAGAGCUCCCCCCCCGCAUGUGUGCAAAUUUAUGUGUGCAUGCCAAAUUCCUUCUCAUCUGUGAAGCCAGUCACUCUCUGGCUAAUCUACCCCACAAGGUUGUUGUGAGGAUUAAAUGUGGGAAACAAACUAGGCAUGCUUUCUCGAACUCCUUUGUGGAAGGACUGGAUAUAAAUAAGAGAGAAUCCCCUAACUACAGUAGUAUCACUUCCCAACAUGAAAACUAUUUCUUAGGAGAUGAAAACUUUUCACUGUCUAGUUGCAUUACAGUUUGUGUGUUAAUGCUGCUGGAGACCAAACCUUUGGUUUUCAGAGGAUUGCUACUCCUUUGUCAUCUCACCCGCACACCUUGAGACUAGCAAUAAACCUAUAGCUCAGUGUGGUUUCUACAAGCCUCCUUUCCUUUGUUCUGCCUUUCCUUCAGGUCAAGGAAGAGCUAGAUGGGUAGCCUCUCUUGUUUUGCCCAAAGGAUACAUUUCUACUUAAAAUUUCCGCCCACUUGGUUUGUCAGAAUAGCUAAACUGGAAGCAUAGAAAAUGAUGCUGCAGACAAGACCAGGUUAAAAAUAGCUUAAUAUGCAACUUCAUUUGUGAAUGGUUCUUAAGCAGGGGUCGGCAAGGUUUUUGUGGCUUGGGCCGGUUCACGGUCCCACAGACACCGGAGUGGGCGGACACACGCAUGCGCAAAUGCUAUUUUCGAUACUCCUUCCGACACGGAGGAGGCGUGCACAACUUCCCAUUGGCUGCAGGAGCUUCCUGCAACCAAUGGGAAGCUGGCCAGCGUCGCAGAAGGUGGUCCCCUGUCUGCUCCACACCGGUUUAGCGCAGUGCACGGAAGCUGACCAAGUGGGCGGCGCGGGUCCCUGAGUGGACGGCAGGGGUCCAUGGGCCAGUUAAAUGACCCCUAUGGGCCGCUUGUGGCCCAUGGACCAUAGGUUGCCAACCCCUGUUCUUAAGGGUACAAAUGAAAUCAUAACCUAUCUAGAAAAUCAAAUGUUGCAGUAAGACAGGGUUUCCCAAACUUGGGACUUUAAAAAUCUGGGUAAUUAAAUGUUAACCUGUCUUUUAGGAAGUACCACUUCAGACUGCAGGUUGGUGCUCAUGUGACUGAAUUGCCCUUGGUUGAAAGAAACCCCCUUACAUUUUUUCCCCUCUAUCACAAACGGUUUUGAUUUUAUAGCACUCCAAAGUUUCAUGAAAUCUGCGUUUCUGUCCCUCUUGAGAUCCUCGGCCUUGUGUACAUUUUAUUUUAUUUCCUCCAAGAAAGGGGGUUUCUUUCAACCAUAAAGGAAGGGUGUACACCAAGUUUCAUCAAAAUUCAAGACAGUGGGUGGCAUGACCGCGUUGAACUGACCUGGAAUGACCCUAGAGAGAAAUGGACUGAUGUGUUUUUAGGGUUAUUACUGAUGUGCAGAAGUUCUGUUCUGAUCUUGGUUAAAGAUUUGUCCUACAGAGUGAAAAUAAUAUGAUUUUAAAGUUUAAAUGUAAUUUGGGGUCCACACAUUUUGUCUGGCAUUGGUAGCGACAUAAUGUGUUGUCACCAGAACCCUGAUCUUGUCCUUCAACAUAAUUUUUACUUGGAAGUAAGUUCCAUUAUAUUCAAUGGAGUUUUGUAGUGGGUUGGUCAUGUAGUCCAGUGUUUUUCAACCACUGUUCCGCGGCACACUAGUGUGCUGCAAGAUGUUGCCUGGUGUGCCGUGGGAAAAAUUCAAAAGAUUUUUAAAAAAAUAAAAAUUCAAAUUUUCGCCCACUAGGCGGGGGCCGGACUGUGUCCUGGGUAUGGGUGGGGUUUUUGACCCCACCCUCGGCCAGCAGGGGCGCCGAUUGGCGCUCCUCAGGGGGACACCCUCCAGCCUGGACCUAUCACAGUAGGACAUCAUCUUCCGACUUCCUUCCCGCGCGACUCGAGUCACCAGGAGGACCGGAGAAGUUGUCAUUUUAUUUCUCUUCAGUCUCCACUGAAUGCCUUGACUGGGUUAGGGACCCUUAUAGCUCAGCAUCAGUUGGUGGAAAGGACAUGACUUUACAGGAGCAGGAGGAACUAACUGAACUGAGACAAAAUCGUGGUUUCAAGCUAAGAUUUGCUGAUCUACCUUUGGUCAGUUUUUGGUUGGAUACUGCCAAGGAGUUCCCCUUCUGGCAAACAAAGCUAUUUUGACAUUGCUCCCAUUUUCCACUACAUAUCUGUGUGAGAUGAGCUUUUCAAGCAUGAUUGCUAUAAAAACUAAAUACAGAGAGAGACUGAGAGCUGUUGACGAAGAGCUACGUGUGUGUCUUUCUUCGAUUCCAGCCAGAAUAUCAGCUUUGUGUUCAGCCAAACAGGCCCAGGUUGCGCACUGAAUAAAGUAUUUUGUAAUUUUUCAUAUUUCUGUUUACUUACUAUUUCAUAAUAAAGUAAUUAUAAAGUACUUUCUUUGUGUUUAUUUGAUUCCUAUUCAAGAGAAUUACUUUAUAUAUAGUCAAUACAGGCACAGUUAAAUUUUUUAACAUUUUCUAAUGGUGGUGUGCCUCGUGAUUUUUUUCAUGAAACAAGUGUGCCUUUGCCCAAAAAAGGUUGAAAAACACUGAUGUAGUCCAACCCUCUGCAAUGUAGGAAUCCUUCCCACAGCUGUUCCUGGGUGUGCUUGAACCACCAACCUUCUCGUUAAGUUGGAACUUUGCAUGUAAGAAGGAAAUCCUAAAGUUCCUAGGAACACUCUUUGACCAUAUUGUAUAUGAGUUUGUGUUUUUGACUGGAGAUGUUUUUGUUUUGCUCGGAUGUCAAAUCUUCUGGUGUUCAACAGAUCCAUGAUUUAAUAAAAUUUCUAAUUUCUCUUUUCUUUUGCAAGAUUUACUCAAAAACCAAGCAUGUCACAGGAAACGGAAGACAGCAUUGGUAAGUGUUCUUCUGAUUAUCCAAAAUCAGAGUUUGCAAUCCCUUCUGUCCCCAAUCAUUCUAAAUUUUCAUUUUUUAAAGUUCACUUUUAGUCUUAAUUGUGGCAUUGGCACACUGGCACAAAUGGCAUUGGCACAGUGGUCAAUUGAGUAGUCAGAUAUUAUGCACUGAUUGUAUAUUAUUUGACCACAGUCGAAUAUUGAGCUGGUUUACGCAUAAGAUCGCAGUCACUGUGCUUAGAAUUCUUAAGUUAAAUUUAUAAAGUUAAUUCCUGAAGUAUAUCUGAUUAUUUGACAGAAUUUGAUCAGUCCUUCACCAGGCAAAUGCCUGACCCUACAAACAAGUACAUAAAGAGCUCUGAGUUUGCUGUUAGUUUAAGAUUUUGACCUGAAUGAGUUUUAGACCUGGAAGACAUUUUCUCCCUUGGUUUGAAAAAUUUGCAAGUAUGUGAUCUUAUGUACACUCAGCUUUUUCAAAAAUUUCUGUGAAAAGCAGUUAUGAUGCCAGAAGCUUUUCUCAAAACAGCUUCUGGGUCACAAUGACAGUUCUGCGGUUGAGAGGUUAUAGGUCAGUGGUAGAAUUCAAAAAUGCUUUCCAGGCAGAAGGUCCCAAGUUGCAUCCCCAGCAUCUCCAUGUAAGGCUAGGAAAAGCUGCUGUUUGAAAACCUGGGGAGCUACUUUCAUUCUGAGUAGAUAGUACUGAGCUAAAUGGACCAAUGGUUGUGGUGUACCAAUGGAGAAGGAAAAUGAUUUAUUUGGGUUCAGAAGCACUUCUCUAAUUUAUUUGUGCAUGGCAUUAUGCCAUGUGUUGUGUGUGAAGGAAAGGAUUAAACACGAAUUAAAAACAGUUGUCUGUGCUAUAUGACUUUCCCAGGUCAAAUUAACCUAUGUAGGUGACUUUAAUUGAGGGCAUAAAAAGGAUUUGGCAAGUUUCAAAAUUUGUGCAAAGCUGGCAGUAAGAUGCUGUAAACUCUUUUCCAUCUGAUUUUUUUUUUUUUUGCCAAAAUUCUUAACAAUACAUAAUGUGCAGCAAAGGCAAUUACUUUUGCAAGUGACCCACCUGCCUUUUGACAUUUCUGGUGUUGCCUGAUCUAUUAGAGAUAAUUGUAAGAAACUAUUUGUUUUGUGGAUGAUAGACUGUACAUUCUGUCCUUUUAAAAAGACUCCCCCCAAAGGAUAUGGCAAAGAGAUUUUCUGACUUAGUUUUAUUGUUGCAGCCUUUUAAAAAGUUUGUGACCCCAAAUCUGCACAGUGGCCAUUGAUUUUUAUUUUUAUUUUUUGUAGUCCAAUACUUGGGAACCAGGAGGCACUGUUCUGUCAUGCAUUGUCCCAGUGCCCGUAAUGACAGGGAUUAGUUAUGGAAAGGCCAGCUUGGGACACAGCAGAAAUCGGUCUCCAAGGCCCUAAUGACUUGGUUGGCAUAACUGCAGUUUCCUGUCUAUGCUGGAGUCCGUGACUGAAAUGUCUUCGUGUUGGUGCUCCUGAUGACAGCAGAGCUACUAUUAUGUGCUGUAAUUGUUCCUUUAAUUGGAUGUUUCACUAGUGUUACUGCCCCAUUUCUUUUCCCUUGAGAUUUGAUGCAAGCUAUUCUGUACUGCAGAAUGCUCUUUGGAUAAUCUAAGUGAUAAUUGUUGUAAGGGUUCUAUUCUUAGAUGCAGUGCUUUUUUCUGGGGGGGACGCAGGGGUACGCAUACCCCUAAACAUUUUGUGAAUCUAAGUUUGGCCUCAUUGAGGGGCAGUAUUUCAAGAUGAGUAGGAAAAUGAGAGAACCCCUAAACAUUUUUUGAGAAAAAAGGCACUGCUCAGAUGUAUUUAAUAUUCCCCCCAUAGUAAUGUAUGCCUUCAUGGUGCAGUGAUCAAAUCUGCAAACUUUUCAUGGCUGAGUUAAUGCAGCUAAAGCCAAAAUUCCUGCGACUUUUGAAUCAGAGGGUUUAACACUGCCCCCCUCCCCACAAACAGCCCAGCUUGGCAAUGCUAGAUUUCAGUUGCUAGGAGCAAUUGAUGCAGCAUGUUGCUGUUUUAUCUUACCAGGUAACUAUUUAAGAUCUCUAUAGCCUUGUACUCACAACAUAGAGUGAACAUGGGGAGUCUUGUGUGCCUGCAUGGAGUCUGUGUACUUGCAGCUGUUCCAGCGUAGGGUUCUCCCUGUGUAAUUAGGAAUCCUGGAAGAGAAUCUUGCAUGCAGAUAGUUGCAUCUUUGUGGACUCUAUGUGUACAUUAAAUUGAAUGCAUGUAGCUUGGGGGACGAUGGGGCUACUUCCCUCCCACCAAGUAUCAGUUACCUACUGCAAAUAGGGCUCUGGGCAGAGGCCAGAGUGGCCAUGAAGCAGAGCUUUGCAGUCCAGUCUUUUGAGACCAGCUCUGUUGACUUCAGCACUUUCUCCCCCAUCUUUUAUUUACUUACAUGUAUUUCCCAACCAGGUGGCUGGACUGAUUUCUGUCCUUUGCCAUUUGUUUGUUUACCGCUUGCACAAUAGGUGCUUAGCUAUUUAGAUUAGAAGACCUUGUGAGUCUUCUGAGUAGCAUUGUUGUGCACCUUGUUGGCCACGAGGGGAUCCCAAGGAAAGUUUUUCCCCAGCUGCUUUUUGAAGAAACUGUGAGGAAGAAGCAGUUUCUGCUUGGUUGCUGCAGCUAAUCUGCUACCUUAUGGAGUAAUAUGGCUGAUAAUAAGAUAAAAUCUAUUAGAUUGAGCUUUUGUUUUGCCUUGUGUUCUCAUGAAAAGAUUAAUUAAAUUUUUUUAAGCUUGUGGAUAUUAAACCCUCCAGAGGAGAAUACAUAACAGUUGUCUGGGUUUUAUGAUGCAGUGAGGAUUAAUGUGAAUCAGCAUAGCAAUGCCUUUUUGGUGCAGGUCUCUAUUAAAAGCUUGCUGUGUGAUUCUUGCUUUCCUAGAAAACUUUUUACUCUUACAGCAGCAUUCUGAAGUCGUAUGUUUUUAUUUUCCCUCCCUUGCAUAACUGAAAAUGGGGCAAAUUUUACAGAAUGGAUUUGAUUUGGAGGACACAGCACUAGAGGAAAUGGUAUAUUUGUAAAUCUUUUGCCGCUGUGUUCAAAUGUCACAUUAAGGCUUAGUUAAUGGUUAGCUAUGACUUAAUGCAAAUGAGCAGAGUUUUGAUGCACAACAAUCCCUGCUUCAUUCCUCCUCUACUUUUAGUUGUGCCAGGAGCAGCAAGCCUUGACUUGUGUUGUCCAAAGUCAGGCUCAUGAUUUGGUUCUCUUUAAGCGACCAUGGACCUGGUUUCACAUGUAAUUCUAAACCUAACCAUUGCUUACCUCUGGGUGGUGCAGCAGCAGGAGCAGGACCAGGGAAGAGGUGAAGAGACUGCAGUUUCCCCCAUGGAUAUUACAGGCUUGCUAAGCCACACUUUGACUUCACGUUACAUGUGAACCAGGCCUUUGAAAUGCAUUUAAUGUUACUAUGCAGCAUUGUAAUGGUAUUGCACUGAUGUGCUGGCAACACUAAUUUCUAUUUUGUUGAUAAAGCCUCCAGGAUUUUAGAUGGCAGGCUUCUUGGGGACAUGGACUAUGCUUGUGUCAGUGUUUGUUUCAGUGUUUGCCCUGCUUCUCUCCUCUUCCUUAAACACAUCCUCAAGGUGGGUUGAGCCCAGCUUGUCUGUUUCUAUGCAGCACCAGCCUCACUAUUCCUCCCAACUGAGCUCUGAUCCUAGAAGCAAGCUCACCUGUGAGAAGAAUAACAUUGGGAUGGUGGGAGUGGGGAGGUCAAUAGGGAGGUGAGGUGAAAGUGAAAGGAAUGUCUCCCAAUAUUCACGUCUUAUUCUUAAGACCGGUCCCAUAUAAAAGGCAGGGCAGAGUUUAAUGAGAUCUUGUUAAGCCUCUGAAUAGUAAUGAUGAUGGCAAGGAUAUGGCAUACACAUUUUAAAAAUGGAAUAAAAUAGAUUUGCUGAGUCUUCAUAUUUGGCAAAGGCCUUAUCUGUGGCAGUUGUAAACAAAAUUUACUGCUGACUAUAAUUCACCCUUAUUAUUUCAGUUCAAGAUUUGCAGGCAUGUUGGUCAGAAUGUUGUUGUUCCUGUUGCACUUGCCUGUCUGACAAGCCUCAACUUGGCAUUCAUGCCCAUUUUUUCUGGUUGCUCCAAUUAUAUAAGUGCCUCAUGUUAUGUGUUGUGUAGUCAGGCUCUUCUGCUCUCGAGACACUAGAUGGCAGGCUUCACUUUGAGCUUUCUACCUGUGUGGCAAAAAAUACCUGCUUCUUGUUUGUAAUGAGUUGUUUUUAGAAUUCUAAUGGAAGAUUUUACCUUAUGUACAGCUUCCAAGUGUUAAGCUAGGAAUAGUCAUUGUAGUGCCUUCCUAGUGUUGUUGGAUUCCAACUCCCUUCAUUUUUUACCAUUGGCAAUGCUGACAGGAGUUGAUGGAAAUGGGAAUCAGACAUCAUCUAGAAGGCACUAUAUCGGCUAUCUCAGUGCAAAGGUAUAACGUCAGCAUUCAUUCAUGAGAACUUUUUUGUUUACAGUUGUUUGUUAAAAUAUUUUUUCCACAUCCUUUCAAUUUGUGGUUCCAUGAAGCAACUAUGAAAAUACUGAUUGUUUUAGUACAUUGUUUUAAAGCAUCAUGCCUAAAAUACAAGGCACAUCUCAGCAACAGCAACAACAAAAUAGACAAUAGAAUUAUAGCAACGUCAGUCAUUCAGCAAUUAACUCCAAAAGGCAGGGAAACCCCUCCAUGUACAGUGGUACCUCGCAAGACGAAUGCCUCGCAAGACAAAAAACUCACUAGACGAAAGGGUUUUUUGUUUUUUGAGCUGCUUCGCAAGACGAUUUUCCCUAUGGGCUUGCUUCGCAAGAUGGAAACGUCUUGCAAGUUUGUUUCCUUUUUCUCAACACCGUUAAUACAGUUGCGACUUGACUUCGAGGAGCAACUCAUAGAACGCGGUGUGGUAGCCUUUUUUGAGGUUUUUAAAGACUUUGGUGAUUUUUGAAGCUUUUCCAAAACUUUCCCGACACCGUGCUUCGCAAGACGAAAAGAAUCGCAAGACGACAAAACUCGCGGAACGAAUUAAUUUCGUCUUGCGAGGCACCACUGUAAUAGCUGUAGACUAAUGAAGAUGGAAUGAGAUGGACCUUCUUUGGAAGGAAGCUCCAAUUUUCAUGCCAGUGUUGAAAAGACUCUGAGCAGCAUGAUAAUCUACGAUAUGGGUGGGGGUGAGGUCACAAAGUGCAGGGCCUCUCAGAAGGCUCUUCAGUGAAUGGACAAGCUGAUAUGGGAUAAAUCUUGUUAUAAAAGUUGGGUUGAUGGGUGGAAUAUAAAUUUAGUGAGUAACAUAAUAAAUACAUUAUAGGAGUCAUAGCCCAACAACAUCUAAAGGGCUGCAGCUUCUCUGCCCAUGAGGCAAAGCAGGGCUGAGGAACCUAUAUGGCCCUUCCAGUGUUGCUGGACCCCAAACUCUCAUGAGCCCCAGCCAGCAUAGCCAGUGGUCCAGGAUGAUGGGAACUGUAGUCUAACAACACCUGAAAGGCCACUGGUUCCCUAUCCCUGCUGUAAAGGGCUUCCAUGGGCUUUUUACUGAAAUUACAUGUGAAAUUGCUCUGUGUUCCAUUCUUUAUGAAACAAUAGAAAUUUGACACUUGAUGAGGUGGUUUGGUGUUGUCUUAAACUUAAGUGUCUCUCUGCGUGUUGCAGGGAUGGAGCUUCAAAUUUAAUGUUUUAGUGAGCUGGGUGGGGGGACCUAAGUAAUUUUUCUUCCUUAAUGCAAAAUCUAUCCUUGUAAUUGGCAUAAAAAACACUGACUCUUAGCAAAUUGCUGAAACACUGUAAGUGGGGUGCAACAUCUCUCUCAAAAGGGCAUCAGGCCAGUGGGAGUCAACUGUGCAUUUCAGCAGUUUCGAAUGGUGCUGUGUGGGAAGCUAUUUCCGUUAGCUCCAAAUUUAUUUCAUGUUCGUUUACUGUUCUUGUGUGUGUAGCAAUAUCAACACCCUAUUUUAUGUGGGCGGUGGUGGUUCUCAUAUAAGGACUAAACUCACAGUGGCCCUUCCUUUGGUCUCAUUCUUCAGUUAUUUGUCUUCUGGGACUGUUGUUGCAGCAGAGGCACAGUAAGGGGCUUACAGAAAGGCGCUUCUCGUGGGCUGAGCACAUGUCUGCACCUUGGUAACCUGGCAUUAUUCAUUUAUUUUAAAUUUAUAUGUUCUAGGUGACAAGCAAAACUUAAACUUGCAUAAAACAAUUUAACAAAGCAGUUCAAAAUAAGAAUACAGUGGUACCUCGGGUUACAGACGCUUCAGGUUACAGACUCCGCUAACCCAGAAACAGUACCUCGGGUUAAGAACUUUGCUUCAGAAUGAGAACAGAAAUUGCACAGCAGUGGCAGCGGGAGGCCCCAUUAGGUAAAGUGGUACUUCAGGUUAAGAACAGUUUCAGGUUAAGAACGGACCUCCAGAAUGAAUUAAGUUCUUAAACCGAGGUACCACUGUACAUAGAAGAAUCCUCUAAGUUAUAAAUCUGAGAUGAUCAGAUCUCUCCUUCUGCUGUUUGCAAUGGGUGCUGUAUGCAGGGGCAUAAGAAGAGGGGGUGAGAAGGCGGCUCACCCCAGGUGCCACCCUGGGGUGUGUGUGUGUGAUAAGAUGGCCCGCUGCCUCCCUGUGGCGUUCGUACGUGCCCCACCCCGGGUGCUGACAGUGGCGGAGCUUCAUGCUCCAGCACCGGGGGGCGGAGAGCAGGCGGGGAUGGGGCUGGCACGCGUCCCGGGGGUGUGGCACACCAACCACAGGGGCGUGACAUGCAUCUUGGGGGCAUGGCACCCAGCGCGGGCGGGGGGCAGCCUCGAUGGCACCCCACCAGGAUCACGCUGCCGGGUGCGGUGCGCUCCCCACACACUCCUCUUCCUCCGCCAGUGGGUGCCGGAGAGGCUUCCUCGGCCCCUGGCUAUAUGGCUCCAGUGGAGGUGGCAACGGAGGGCUGCCAUUCGCUCUCUCCUUCCUACUCUUUUUGCCAUGCAGGUUUAAUCCCUGUAUUGGACAACUGCAUAUUCCUGCAUUGCAAGGGAGUUGGGCCAGAUGAUCGUCAGGGUGUCCCAACUCUACAAUUCUGUGAAUCUUGGAAUAGAGUGUUCACCUCUAUCUUCAGAGAGUAAUUUUUGGGAGGUUUUUUCCCCCCCUUUUUAAAUACAUCUGCUGAAAGUCUUAAACAAACCUUUAAAAUGGCCUGCACCUUUGAUGUAAGUGAAGCCUUCCCCUCUGACACUUGAUGCCCCAUUCACUGUUUGAAGCCUAGGAAUUUGCUCCAAUGCUAUCGGAUGCUACAUCAGAACAUCUACAUUAAAAAAAAUAAAAAUAAGGAUGAUCAUACUUAAGGCCGACUGUCUCCUUCAGUUCUACAGAUACAUGACAUUUGGUUCUCAAUGUUAUCUGCAGAUUCUUGAUUCAGUUUUGGGCUUUGGGCCUCCAAAGUUGCAGGCAGCCUUUCUCCAUGGUGCGGAGUCCCUGUGCUCUGCAAACACACCUGUAUCCAUGCACCCUGACUCCCAUGCUGCUGAUUUCAUGUGUGAAUCGAGCCCAAGACUGGCCUUUUGAGGAGAUGCAGGCAACAGCUGGGUGAGGUGAGCAUUUCUCUGGGUUGCUGCAGCCCUGGUUUUUUUCUACCUUCAAAAGCUACCUGAAUACUAGUUGCUGAGAGAGGAUUGUUGUUGCCUUCAUGAUGGACUGUUGGGCGCCUCGUUACUUUCUGGUGGCCACAGAAUGCUGGACUAAAGGGGCAUUUUGCCUGAUUCAUUAUUGCUGCUCUUAUGAGGUUUGCAUACUCAUCCUGGCUUGUUUUGAAACCCACAGCCUUUUGACUUCCCGGGGCUCUUCUUUUAGGAGUCUUAAGGCAUAUCAGUCCCAUGUUAGCCUGACUCAGGGGUAGGCAACCUAAGGCCCAUGGGCCACAAGCAGCCACGGGGGUCGUUUAACCAGCCCACGAGCCACCCCCGAACCGAGCUGCCUGCACGGCGAGUCCCCACGUGCUGUGCUAAACCAGUGCGGCGCGGCACAGGGGCUCGCUUCCGCGGUGCCGGAAAUCGCAUCUGUGCAUGCUCUGAUGCCAACGCCGGAAAUCGUGUUUGCGCAGAUUCCAGAAAUCGCGGCCGUGCCUGUUUUCUCCUGCUUUGCAUGCACAGGGUGCAAUUCUGACUUGAAAAAUAUUACCAUGGAAAAAUCGGCAUGUCUUCUAUUGUGCCUGUCAUGAAAUCAAACUUUCCUUUUGUUUCCUUUGGCUUUCCAGUGUUACAGUUCCUUAUUAAGGAAAAGGUGAGAAGCAAAUAAUUCUUGCUGCUCUUUGCAGUGCUGCCCAGUAGGUUUGACACCCACCAGGCAUAUCUCGGUUGAUCCAAGUGUGACAAUUUCCGAAGGCUGUGCUGGAAAUAGGUAUAGGUAAGAACAAUGACAGAUAUGACAAAUCAGCCACAUAGAUCUUUAAAAUGCUUCCUGCAACAAAUAUGACUUUUUUAAAUGCCAAGAAUUUCAAAUAUGACUUUUUUAAAUGCCAAGAAUGUCAAAGAGAAUGCUAACAGAAUCUCCUGGGACAAAGCAUUCCAAAACCUGGGUGUUAGUAAAUCCAUCCAUUGUAUGUAAGCCACAGUAUAAGGCAACUUCCUGUGUUCUUUGUGCCGUGCCACAGAUGGGGGUGAACUAGGGUGCUGAAAGAUAGUAGCUUGCACAAGACUGCCUUGGGAGUUCAUGACUGAGGAGGUGAGAUCAAGCUUCAAUUUUUAGCCUUCUGCGCAACUUGCUUGUCUACUCAGCCAGGCACUCUGGGCUGCCAGUCCAUACUGAUGCCUGACAGCUUGAAAUGCCCCCAAUUGCUCUUGCUUCCAAACUCAAUUGGGUCUCUCAUUCUAGCAACUUUUUGUGGGACUCCAAACCUGCUAUGUGUUUGCCUAUGAUUUCUAGUUCUUACAUUUAAGAUUUUGGUAGGAGAGCUUGUGAAGAUAAAAAUGAAAACCCUUCCCAAAUACCAGCUUCAUACAUUCAAUGUGUGUUUGUGUGCGUAAAUAAUAGUCUGAUCACUACAGGAUUCAGAAGUUAAUUGCUUAUUCACUUCAACCACAGGCUGCCUAUACCUGCAAGCUAGAGCAAAGUCUAGAAAGCCCACACAAAGAGGGAUUGCUAACCUCUUGAAACCAAAUGUGUGCAUCUUGUUCUUGUAGAACUGAAAGUGUGAGAUGGAAGGUGUGGGGGGGGGUUGUGUCUAGAGAAAAGCCAAGUAUCUCAGGAAGUGUAAAAGAUCAUAUCUGGAGAAGGAUAACGUUUUUGCAGCUGUUUCUUUCAUAAUGCUGGAGUGCUGCACCUACCUGUUUUUCAGUCCCUGUUAUCGCCACUUGCCAGUUUCCACCCCCCCCAUCCCGCCCUGCAGAAUGGCCUUUCCAUUGUAAGCAGCUGUUAUUUCAUUGUGUCAGUAGGGCUGGACCCGCAUUAUGCAGGAUCUUUGUUGUCCUCCCCCACAUUGCCAGCAUGCUUGACUGAUCCUCAUUAAAUUGGGUUAGGCAUCAGAUUUCUGCAUUUGGCUCUGGGGUUAAUUUAAGUAAGCAAAACACUUUUGUCUUGUUUUACCGGGGUGACCAGGAGAUCUCUUUCAAGUUGCAUAGAUUUUUUUUGUUUUGUUUUUAAAGUACAGAGGAAGAAUUUGGAAAUGUGACUGCACAGGACACAGCCACUUUGACAUUGGGGCUGAGAUUGGGCCCCUGUCCCAAUGAAUGUUUGUGUGGCCCCUAUGCUGUUUGCCUGUGACUGGACCACUAAGGCUAUCUUAUUUCAUCUGGCCUUUGGAUUGGACUGCUUUGUCACUUGGUACGCUCUCUCUCUCUCUCUGAUGGAGUAGUUUUGCUGCCCUGUUUAUUUUCAUUCUGUCUUAUGAAAAGCAGCUACAAAGUUCAGGUCUUUUUAGCUUAGGGAAAAAUCAAGUCAGGGGUGUGGCGGGGGGAAGACACAUGAUACAGGUGGAUAAAAUUAUGCAUGGUCUGGAGAAAGUGGAAAGGGAAAUGCUUCUCUCUUUCAUACAUCCAUUGAAGCAGAAUAGUAGAAAAAUUCAAAACAAACAGAACUAUGUGUAGUUAAACUGGAAUUUACUACCACAAGAUGUAGAUAUGGCCGCCUUGGAGUGCUUUAAAAGGGGAUUAGACAAAUUCAUGGAGAAUAAGGUUCUAGUGGAGCUUGGCAAUUGGCAUGGGGAAGUAGCUUGGGAUGCUAAGCAAGCAACCAGAUCAUCUCUGAGAUGGCACAACUUAGUGAUGUUCAUAUUUCUUGGGCAGAUGUGUUGUUGGGCUUGUAGUAACCUGAAUCACAAGGCUGUUAAACUGGAAGGGUUUCUUCUGCGCUGAUCCUGUCUUUGGGGAACUAUUUAUUCAUAAAUCAUUUCAAAAGGUAUAUUGGUGCAAUGUACAAGGAGGCCAAACCUGUAAUUAUGGUUACAUUCAUGCAAUUAGGAAAGCCUAGCAAAAAGCAGCUUGUGUGUAUCUGUGACAAAUAAGUGAACUACUGUGGAAGUCGAGAAAGUUUUAGUGAUUACAGAACGAAAUGUGAAGAGCAUUUUUGCUCCUGAAUUUAUCUCUUCAAAAUGAAAGAGUUUAACCAGUUUCUUGUUUGAAAGUUCCUUUCAAUUACUUACCAGUGGUGGCCAAAGUCUUCCCGAAGUGAUCAGCUGCUGAGCUUGCAUAUGCUGAACUUGCUUCGCAUUUUAAUAAGCUUCUAGUCCAGUUAGAAAGUAAAAUAGGGCAGGUGCCUGUAAAUAUUGGUUGCUUCCCAAAAGCUAAACCAAAGAGCUUUUAUUUGGCGUUAUAUAGCUAAGCCAAAAGAGCAAACACUGCUAGUAGUAGGAAUAUGGAAAGCUGCCCCAGACUGAGUCAGACCCUUGGUCCAUCUCAGCUCAGUGUUGUCUGUACUGACUGGCAGCAGCUCUCCAGGGUUUCCGACAGAGGACAUUCCCAGCUUUAGCUGGGGAUUGAAGCUGGGACCUUCUGCAUUCACAGCAGAUGCCCUUCCUCUAAGCUAUGCUCUUUGUUUAUUAUUCUCAUAUUCAAAAGCUUCUUGGACCCAAUCGUGAAAACAUUGAAUUGGAGUCAUAUUGGUACAGGAAGCUCCCCAUUUGUGCAGGGGUUGUGUUCUGGGUUAUUCGCACGUCAGCGGUCAUGCGUCAGCCUGCCGGUGUUGGUAUGUCAAUUGAACGUGUGCAAAAUGGUCACUGCCUGCAUAAGUAAUAGAGGAAAAACCUGGUGCCAGGUAUAUAGGAGACUCCUAGGAAACUAUAGUUUGCAAAGAGGGACAGUCUUGUGUGGGAGUCAUAAAGCCACGGCAAAGGCUUGUAAUAUUGCAGGGUGCCCCCUGACCUCGGCUGACCAGCACUCUGAGCUUUACAAUGUAUUGGAAUGUAUUGACCUUAAAUGGAGUUGUGUUUCCUCUGGGCAGUGAUGACCCUAUAUGGUGAUGGGUGUAAUAAAAGCCUUGACCGGAUGAGGUAACAUGAGACAUUGGCAAACGGCCAUGCGGCUGGAGAGAGACAAAGGAUAAUAAAAAAACUACGGGAGAGGAGAGAAGUUCGAAAAGGAGCUGCUCAUACCAUCCUGAAAAUAUUGCUGGCUCUCUGUGUCUUUAUUUUAUGCUAAACUGCGCCAUUUGUAACGGCUGGCUCCGACAAGUGGUGCCCCGUGUGAGGCUGAAUAAAAGAAUACGUCUGAGGCUUUUAAAAGAAAACCGUGUGAGGUUUUUCGAUUCACGCAAAGGAUAUCAUCGGCUCACCACGCCCGGCAAGGGUUGCAAGCGCUAAUCAUCUUAAAAAGAUCCCGGUGAGUUCGAUCUCUUUUUUCUAUCUUGAUUUUAGAAAAAUGGGCAGCUCUUUGUCUACUCCCCAACAGAAAUUUUUAAAAGACUUAAAAUUUCUCCUCUCCUCCAACAAAUUGGAAGUUCCGGAGGGUGAUUUGAUACAGCUCAUUCUGGCCAUCGAAGAGCAUUCCCCCUGGUUUCCUGCAGAUGGGACUUGGGAAUUAAAACUUUGGGACAAGAUUGGGGCACAUUUUCAUGGGCACCCCAGCAUUGGUCUUCAGAUUCUAAAUGCAUGGUGCAAGGUUCGUUACGCCAUGGGCUCUUUAUCACCAAAAAAUAUCUCCAUGGCUGCAUUGCCAACACAACCUUCAGCUUCUUUAAUUCAGCCUGCUGUGCUGCCAUCUGUUCCAGCACUCGCCUUGCCAGCAGCCCCACACCCCAAACCUCCGGAUUACAGUUCCUCACCAGAGGACCCAAUCCUGCAAAAAUACCGUGGUCUGGCUGGCAAUGAUCCUAAUCUUUCAGCGGCAGAACCAGCUACCCCUUUUCAACGUGCAGUCCUUGCCUGUUCCUUAAUUCAGGAUACUAUGGCAUUCCCUGUUAUUGUGCCCCCUGCUGGUGCCCCGGCAGGCACCCAAGCCCAAUACCAACCUUUUGACUAUAAGAUCUUGAAAGAGCUGCAACAGUCAGUAAAGGCCAAUGGACUCCAAGCCCCAUAUACGCAGGCGCUUUUAGAAGCCACAUUAGCCCAGCUCUUGGUUCCAGAGGACAUCAAGCUUUUGGCCCAUACAGUGUUACCCCCAUCAGCUGGUGUUUUGUUUGCCCACGAAUGGGAAACUGCCUGCCGUGCUUAUGCUCCAGCCUUGUUACAACAAGCAAUGAGAAAAAUUCCAGAACCCAGUAUUCAAUCAAGGUGGGGUUCAAUCAGGCAAGAGGCAAGAGAAUCAUAUUCUUCCUUUAUGGAUAGGCUGCUUACAGCAGUGAGUCGCCAAAUUGAAAAUCCUGAAGCCAAGCAAAUAAUCAUCAAACAAUUGGCCUUUGAAAAUGCCAAUGAGGAUUGUAAACUUGCAUUGCGACCAAUAAUACACAAUCCUGCCACAAACACAGCAGCCAUGCUUCACAUUUGUCAGUCUGUAGGUACAGCCACCCACAAGGCUCAUCUGCUGGCAGCAGCGCUAAAUAAAAACCAGCCUGUAGCCACCGAUACAACUUGUUUCCAGUGUGGCAAACCAGGAUCACCGAUACCCCAGUGGGGGUAGAACAGUGGCCUCUACCAAAAGAAAUAUCCGCAGCGGCGGCACUAGCUAUCUCUGACCAGCUUAUUUCUGAACAAUUGACUUUCGGCCACAUUGAACCAUCUUCAUCCCACUGGCUCCAGCAGACAGGGAACGGUUUGCUUUUACAUUGCCAGCAUAUAACAAUUCGCAGCCCACCCAGCGAUAUCAGUGGGUUGUCCUGCCUCAAGGCAUGCGGAACUCCCCUACACUUUGUCAACAUUUUGUGGGUGAAGCAUUGAAACCUUUCCGCAUGCGCCACCUAGAGGUGCUGCACACGAGCUGCAUCUGGCAGUGUUUGCCUUCCUAACCAUUUGCCUUGCCAUCCUUUGCUGCACCGUUAUACAAGGAAGAGAAGCCGACGACCCAGUCCAGUUGAAACCACCAUAUUUCACCUUAUCGGCUGGUAAGCAGCUGUCGCCUGAAUCUUACUCUGGCUGGCAGUAUCCACAGCUCAGCCACUUUCGAACUAGAAGAACAGUGUUGUUGAAUAAGACUUUUAGGGGAGAAAAUUAUCAUAACAUAUGGAGGGAUAAUAUUUUUGUACAAGAUAUGAUUAUGUUUGCCAGUUUAUUGCAUGCUUCUAAAUGUUUGGUGUGUAUGCACAUGGCGCCUUUUGCCAGUCAUUCAGGCAUAAUGCUUCAUGGUGUGCCUGUCAAUGGAUCUUUUCAAUUUACUAAUAUUACAUCCCCUAAGCAAACUUUUUGGCCUCCAGUACAAUUGACCCUCCAUGAGCCUGCCCCCAUUUGUUUUCAAAUUAAAGAGGGGAAAGAAUCAUGGGGCAUAUAUCCAAACUGUCAAUAUACAUUGAAUUUCACUUUUAAUAGCUCUUGUUCUCUUACAGGAACAUACAGUGACCAAUCUCAGUGCUAUAGGAGUGACACCAGUGCAUGGCUAAUAAACUAGAAAGGAAGCCUACCAUGCAGCUUGGAAUCAGAAUUCUUAUAUUCUUGGCUUCCGGAUGGAAGUUGGCUUCGACAUUUAUUGAUUUUAGUGAUCAUUAUAGUAGUUAUUUGUGUUAUUUUGUGUUGCUGUAUCCAAUGUAUUCCUUCCUUAAUCUCUAUAUGUACUGCAUGGUUCUCCAGUCCGCGGCCCGCUUCCGGUGUCACAAGAGUCGCUUAUCGCGCUCGAUAUAACCGUAUUGGUACUGACAUAUAUGACUCUGAUUAAUAAAAUAAAGAAAGAGGGCAUGUGGGAGUCAUAAAGCCACGGCAAAGGCUUGUAAUAUUGCAGGGUGCCCCCUGACCUCGGCUGACCAGCACUCUGAGCUUUACAAUGUAUUGGAAUGUAUUGACCUUAAAUGGAGUUGUGUUUCCUCUGGGCAGUGAUGACCCUAUAUGGUGAUGGGUGUAAUAAAAGCCUUGACCAGAUGAGGUAACGUGAGACAUUGGCAAACGGCCAUGCGGCUGGAGAGAGACAAAGGAUAAUCAAAAAGCUACGGGAGAGGAGAGAAGUUCGAAAAGGAGCUGCUCAUACCAUCCUGAAAAUAUUGCUGGCUCUCUGUGUCUUUAUUUUAUGCUAAACUGCGCCAUUUGUAACGGCUGGCUCCGACAGUCUUGUGAAUGCAUGAUCACUCCUUUUUCAUCUUUUCCUCAGAGGAAUGUUUUCAUUGCAUUCCUUACGUUAGGAGUUCUUUCAGUUGUGUGCAGACUGAUGCAAACGAUGGUUAAUAUGCUUCCCUCCAAAAACAUUCUGUUUUGUCUGGUUGCCUUUUGCCUUUUGAUGCUCCUCGAGAGCUCUGUCACAUGGCUUCUGCAUCGCUGCCCUUUCUUGUCUACUGUGUUUCUGUGGUUUUUGGCUCAGUUUUCAAAUCUUCAGAAAGUUCCACAUAUGCCUGAACUUACUUGUUUGAGGUUGGAUUAGUUCCCUGUUUUGAAGACUUUUUUGCACAUUGCUUGCCAUCCACCAUUUUAUUUCUUGGCCUAGUGAAGUUAGCUACAUCUGCCUAUACAAGCCUUUCCCCAACUUGAUGCCCACCCUCUGACGUUGAUCUAUGACUCCCAUCUUCGGCUGAUGGGAGUUGUAGUGCAAAACAUCUGGAGCAAACCAAGUUAGGGGAAAUUGGUCUGUGCUGUGCAUUCUGCCUCCCAGAUGUGUUUCCAGAAACUAAAACUAAAACGUUGUCUUCUCUACUUUCAUUAAAGUCUUGUGGGUAUGAUUUUGUUUGGCAUAUAUUACCCCUCCAGCAGAUUUGGGGAAGUCUUUCUAUUUCCUGUUUAGUUAUGGGCUCACAGCUGCCAAAUGAAUUUUGGCACUUUUUCAACAGUACCUUCCUCCAGAUAUCUGGUUUUGAGGGAUAUUAUUCUUUUAAAAACCAGGUAUCUGGAGGAAGGUACUGUUGAAAAAGUGCCUAAAAGUGAAAUAAGAAGGUGGGGCAGGGAGAAGUAACAUCCUUGAUUUGGGGAUGGCAGGGGGAGGGGAAGAAAAUCAUAAACAGAGUUGGAUUUAAAAGCCAGCCGUGAAAUUGUCAAAUCAGAUUGCAAAUCAAGUUGAAAUAGUUGGGACAUUAAAAUUAACUGAUUUGAUUUUAAUCAUUAGUGUAUCUUGCAAACUGUGACUGACCAUAGUUCAUGUUCAGACCUAGCAGUUCUGUUGGGUUUAUUCUAUUUUUUUCUUAAUGAAGCAGAGUGCUUGAAUUCAGCCAACCAAUCUGAAUACUUAUUGGCACAACCUUAUUCUAUCUGUGUUUGACUGUCACUUCCUGGCAUUGAAAGAUGAAAGCUGUCAAGCUUGUUUAAGGACUGUGAAAUUUAGACACUUGUGUGUCCUUCAGAGCUCUCUAGUAAUUGGAAUAAUAUGAACAGUGUGUCUGAGUGAACCCAAAGUGAAUUUGGCUCCCUUUCAUGCUGAAUUUCUGGUUGCAGUUGAGCCAUUCUGAUGGAAUUUUGGAUUUAUUGGACUAUGGAAGCUGUUGGUAGAGACUGGAGUUUUGAAUUUGUUCGGUAAGCUUGUGGUAGUUAGUGGUCAUGGUUCUAACAUUGCAGUCUUUAAUAUUUUAAGGGGUGUGAUACCAAUGAAGUCAGUGUCUACAAAUCAGCGUCUUCUUUCAUAAUGCAAAUGGGUCUUGAACUUGUUUGUUUUUUAGAAGUCCUUUUUUCUUUAUUGCAUUACUGUAAUUUGGAAUGUUUUCUUUGCCAGGUUUGAUGGGGAAAUAUUAAAUACUGCUUUGGGGGGGGGAUACCUAAAAGCUCCCUUUUGCUAAAUUAAGAUGUUGUCAUUUUCUUUUCCUUUGGGAUUUGUCAAAAAACAAAAUGAAAAAUGUUUUUCUUGAGCUUUUGCAAUGUGGUUGUAUUAAUUGUUACCAAUUGCAUAAAAAGUGUGUGCACACACAUACAAACACACACACACACACACACACACACACACACACACACAUAUACGGUGGCAGCCUUAUUUCCUCAAGGUUUAGGGGAAUGCAAAUACCGUUAAGUGGAAAUUUGUUCAGAUGUAGUAUAUUAUGUGGGAAAAUGAGUGCAAGUGCUAUAUUCUCAUUUUCCAUUUCACAUACUAUUUAAGAAGUUGGGGAGGCCAAAUGCUGUUGGACUGCAGCGUCCAUCAUCCCUCACCUUUUGGCCAUGCUGCAGGCAGGGGCUGAUGGGAGUUGGAGCCCAACAGUAUUUGGAGAUGCCACAUUGGCUGGCCCUUCUUUUGAGAUUUAAGGUGUGGGCAUCCAAAUCUUGAACAUGAGAAAGUAGGCCUUCAGUUGUCAGGGAUGGAGAACCUGUGGUCAUUCAGAUGUUCUUGGACUCCAGCUGUCAUCUACUCCAACCAGCAUGACCAAUGGUCAGGGAUAAUAGAAGCUGUAGUUCUGCAACAUCCGAAGGUCCACAGGUGUCACAUGCUUGGUCUAGCAAAAUAUGAAAGCCAAGAGGAAAAUCCAACCAGCAGGUUAAAAGCCCUUCAAAGUGGGCACUUGGAAAGGGGGAGGGUGGGAGGGGAGAACCUGAUGAAACAGAGCAAAACUAUUUAAGAAUGUUCAGAAUGCUAUUUGUUUCCACCUCUCCCCGCCUUGAGCUCCCUCCAGGAAUGUUUAUAAAUCCAGUAGUGAUGCAUUCAUCAGACAAUAAGAAUCUUUAAAAAAAUCUUUCCUCAAUUUGGAUCUUCUAUCUAAUCUGUGGGGUCCCUGUUGCCGAGAUAGUUGUAAAGCAAUUGCUCCAUCGUUGUUGAUCCUGAACUGACAGUUCAGGACUGGCAAAAAGAUCCUCCCAUGUUAACAUCUGAUGUGUUUGAGUCAAUGAAAAUGUUUGUGUUGCAAUAAUGAAGGCAAAGAAUGUUAGUCAUUCCUUAUUGUAGUAUCCUGUGGGCCUCCAGAUGGCUCCAGGGGGCCUCAAAGCAACUUCUAAACUUCAAGCUUCAAGUGCAAUUAAGUGUUGAAUUCUUUUUUGUGACAUUAAUGGGAGGAUUUUGAAGAGAAUGGCGGGAUUGGUACUGGUUCACAUUUUUUCUUUUUUCAAAUGCAGGUUAAAUUUGCCAGUCAGGGCCAAUGGAUCCUGUCUUUAAGCACAACUAGGUAGCUUGCUAGAGCAGCAAGUGUUGGGUGCUGAGUGUGAGCAACCACUUGGGGCCAUGACCAAGGGCUCACUGAGGAUGUGAGGGGAAGAUGUACAACCUCAGCAGGCUAUGGAUAUGUGUAGGAGUUUGAUCCUGUGGGUCCCAGGUAUUAGCCAAAAUACCUAGAAGAACCCCAGUACUGGAUUCCUGAAUACACAGGUGGGUGGUGAAGCACAAAGCACAAAUUUUCCAUACAAGUAUCCUUCUCUAAAGGCUGCUGGAAAGACUUUCCAAAAUCCCACAUCAGGGAUACCUUAGGCAGGGUCUUUCCAGCCAUCCUUGGGGAUGGAUGAAUUUAAAACGGGAAAUAAUCAUGCUUUGCUCAUCCCUGUCAAUCUGUAGGUCUAAGAUUAUCUAGAUUAUUCAGAUGUUUAUUAUUCAGAUUAUUCAGUUGUGGUGGGUGGAAUAGCAGAACUUUCUUCCUUGUGCUUUUUUGAAAUAAAACAUCCAAGCAAGCCUGCCACAAAACAACCCAGAAGACGCCCCCCUCCAGAACCAAUAAAAAGCUAUUUUUUAAUUUACAAAAUUACAAAUCAGAGAACUUUUUGCAACUUUCUGUAGGUACUACUUUUGCAAUUAAGGCUCUAUAAUUUUUAUUGAACUCUGUUGAAAGGGUUGGUUGCAGUUUCUUUUUCUUAGAAGGUAUGAGGUACUAACAUUAUUUUUUCUUCAAUAUGUAAAUGUUAUAACUUUUCCUAUUUAUAGGGACAGCCCCAAUUUUUCUAGUAUCUCUCUCUCUUUUAUUUUAUAGCACCAUUUUUUCUUUUUGGAAAGAAUUUGAAGAUGCCCUUUAAAAAUAUUGCCAGAGUUGAUAUCUGUCCACUUGAGUUCUUCAGUACAGUAUUUAGCUUUCUCCUAGGUCUCAUGUUAAAUAUGAGCGCAUACCCCUCUACAUUUCUCAGUUGAAAAUAGGGACAACAUAUUCUACAUCAGGAAGCUUCUCCCAUGUUUGAUCUCCUGCACACAUAGAUGUCAUAUACACAUCAACAUCGGUCACCUUGAGCCUGUUUCAACCUCUCAGCCUUACUAUAUUGCAGUGUUGUUGUAAAGAAAAAGAGUGUGAGGGAAGGGAUUGUGUAUAGCAUCUUCAACAGAUACCUCGGGUUACCUCGGGUUACAUACACUUCAGGUUACAUAUGCUUCAGGUUACAGACUCCGCUAACCCAGAAAUAUUACCUCAGGUUAAGAACUUUGCUUCAGGAUGAGAACAGAAAUUAUGUUCCAGCGGCGCGGCAGUAGCAGGAGGCCCCAUUAGCUAAAGUGGUGCUUUAGGUUAAGAACAGUUUCAGGUUAAGAACAGACCUCCAGAAUGAAUUAAGUACUGAACCCGAGGUACGACUGUAAAUGGAAUUGUAGCUCUAAGCUGCCUUGCGGUCCCUGUCAGGGGAAAAGCUGGGAUAUAACAACAACAACAACAUCAACAAGAAGUGAAGAUGCCUGGGCCCCAGGAUGGCACCUGAUAUCACCACCCCGGGAUCAUUGGAUCGGGACUGCUUUCGUAAACUAAUACCCCAUCUGUAGGGUAUAUCUAUCAGUUAUAUAAUAUCUGUAGAAUCAGAAUGAAUUUCUGGAACUAAAUCACUUUUUCUGUGCAGCCUGAGCAAGAGCAGUCACCAUUAAGAAAAAGAAGUCAAAAUAGGCCAAUAUAUAUGUGGACUAUCUCUGGAUCAAGUGACUUUCCUUCUUCAGUUCUCAAAGUUCUUAACCUAGCCCAAGGUUGUCAUCUCGAACUAGCCAGAUGUUUAACUGGAAAUCAAUCACAGUCCAUCAUUUGAAAAAUAAGAUUUAGAGCCAUCUUGCCCAAAAAUGGCAACUAUACAUUCCGUUGGGGCAAAUGCAACCUUGGCUUAAGGAGCCAUUUGGAGCCUAGCUUAUAUAUCUUGAGUUUCUAACACUGGCUAGUCACAUAAGAGUUUUGAGAUACAACAGGGAAAUAAGAGCCUUCAGCAAUGGUGGGUUCAGACAGUAAAAACUGUUUUUUAAAGUCUCCCUGAUUUUCCUGUGAAAUGUUGGAAGGCAUAUGUUUUUUGUGUUUUUCAAGGCUCUAAUUUCCAUAAGUGGUGGCAGCUUGGUGGUGUUUGCCUUCGCUUAUCGUGCAUGGCUUGGUAUGUGUGAGUAAUGUGGUCUUGUUUAUUCUAUAGGUAUAUCUUGAUAUGCACAUUGUGAACUGGGGUAUGAGAGCUAGUCACCUUGAUAUAUGGAGGUCCCUGAGUUAGUGCUGCCACUGGACUUUGGCCAUUGAAUGUGUGCUGUAAAGAUGGAUAUCUCAGUUAGACCCGGAGACCCUUAGAAGUAAUUAAUGCUUAAUACAAACUUCCUUAAACCUUAAGAUGCUUGCUUCUAGGAAAGUUGCUUUGUAUACAGAUUCCCGCCUAGUGAGACCAAUGACUAUAAAUAGCUUGUCUUAUUGACGGGUGGUUCAGAAUAGUUGCAGAUCAGCUAUUGUGGCAUUUCUUUGGUACUGACUGUAUGAAUGACUUACCGUAUUUUUCGUUCUAUAGGACGCACCGGUCCAUAGGACGCACCUCGUUUUUUGGGGGGGGGAAUGAAUAAAAAAAAUUAUCCCCCCGCCGCGGCUGCCGCCCCAAGCCUCGCGUGCUUCGGGCUGCAGGCUACCGCCCCAAGCCUCGUGCGCUCAGCGGGACCUCCCACCGGGCGCGCGAGGCUUGCAGACACUCGCCGAAGCACGGGAGCCCUCCGGAGGGCUCCCGUGCUUCGGGCGACAGCUGCAGCCCCAAGCCUUGCGCGCCGGGCGGGACCUCCCGCUGGGCGCGCAAGGCUUGCAGACACUCGCCCGAAGCACGGGAGCCCUCCGGAGGGCUCCCGUGCUUCGGGCGGCUGCUGCAGCCCCAGCCUUGCGCGCCGGGCGGGACCUCCCGCCGGGGCGCGCAAGGCUUGCAGACACUCGCCCGAAGCACGGGAGCCCUCCGGAGGGCUCCCGUGCUUCGGGCGACAGGCUGCAGCCCCAAGCCUUGCGCGCCGGGCGGGACCUCCCGCCGGGCGCGCAAGGCUUGCAGACACUCGCCCGAAGCACGGGAGCCCUCCGGAGGGCUCCCGUGCUUCGGGCGACAAGCUGCAGCCCCAGCCUUGCGCGCCGGGCGGGACCUCCCGCCUGGCGCGCAAGGCUUGCAGACACUCGCCCGAAGCACGGGAGCCCUCCGGAGGGCUCCCGUGCUCGGGCGACAAGCUGCAGCCCCAGCCUUGCGCGCCGGGCGGGACCUCCCGCCGGGCGCGCAAGGCUUGCAGACACGCGCCCGACGCCCGGGGAGCCCUCCGGAGGGCGCCCCGUGCUUCGGGCGACAAGCUGCAGCCCCAAGCCUUGCGCGCUGGGCGGGACCUCCCGCCGGGCGCGCAAGGCUUGCAGACACUCGCCCGAAGCACGGGAGCCCUCCGGAGGGCUCCCGUGCUUCGGGCGACAGGCUGCAGCCCCAAGCCUUGCGCGCCGGGCGGGACCUCCCGCCGGGCGCGCAAGGCUUGCAGACACUCGCCUGAAGCACGGGAGCCCUCCGGAGGGCUCCCGUGCUUCGGGCGACAGGCUGCAGCCCCAAGCCUUGCGCGCUGGGUGGGACCUCCUGCUGGGCGCGCAAGGCUUGCAGACACUCGCCCAAGCACGGGAGCCCUCCGGAGGGCUCCCCGUGCUUCGGGCGACAGGCUGCUGCCCCAAGCCUCGCGCGCUCGGCGGGACCUCCUGCCGGGCGCGCAAGGCUUGCGGACACUCGCCGGGGCUGCAGGCUGCUGCCUGCAAGCCUUGUGAGCCCGCGGGAACUCCCACCGGGCUUGCAAGGCUUGCGGAUAGCUUCCUGAAGCCUGGAGAGCGAGAGGGGUUGGUGCGCACCGAUGCCUCUCGCUCUCCAGGCUUCAGCGAAAGCCUGCAUUCGCUCCAUAGGACGCACACACAUUUCCCCUUCAUUUUUGGAGGGGAAAAAGUGCGUCCUAUGGAGCGAAAAAUACGGUAACAUUUCCUGAAAUAUGUAUACCUCUGCUGAAGGCAAUGAUCAAGAACACUGUUACUGAGUAAAGGAGGUAUUUUUAACCCACUUCCAAGUGGGAUUUCAGGCCUAGAGGCAGAAGUGAGGAUCCACAAAGGGCUGCUCGAGUAUGGAUCUGUAAACUGCCCCUAUACCAGGGGUCAGCAACCUUUUUCAGCCAUGGGUCGGUCUCAUAGCUGUCAACUUACAGAUUUGAAAAUAAGGGACCAGCAGCCUUGAAAAUAAGGGACCAGCAGCCAAAAUAAGGGACAGCAGCCUCACCUGUUCCAGGCACUCCAGUCUUCCUCUCCUCCUGCAGUCUGGUCAAACUCAUGCUGGUAGCUGUGAGAACACUGUCCAACCAACUUUGUAACCAGAGGUUCAACUGAAUAGAAUCUGAAUCACGUGCACCACAAAGCCUAUGCAGCCUCAACUUAAGAUGGCUCCCCGGCCUGGCUUUGCACUGCAAAGUUUGCAGCAGCAUGUGCAACAAAAUGGCGUCCAGCAUUCAAAACCCCCCUCAGCUUGCAUUAACUAGCCACACACAAGGCAUGCAAGCUCCACCCCCCAGUCGUUCUUGGACUUAUUAUUGGGUGAGCAACACAGCCAAGCAACACAGUUGGAGCCUCCCUCCUCCCUGGCCGGCAGGGAGGGAGGGAGAGGAGCUGCUUCCUUUGAAAUUUAAGGGACAUCAUUUAAGGGACAUCCAUCAAUAAGGGACAGCAGCGGGACAUGGCGCUGGAAUAAGGGACUGUCCCUUUAAAUAAGGGACACUUGACAGCUAUGGUCAGUCUACCGUCCCUCAGACCAUGUGGACUAUAUUUUGAAAGGAAAAAAAAAGAAAGAAUUCCUAUGCCCCACAAAUAACCCAGAGAUGCAUUUUAAAUAAAAGCACACAUUCUCUUCAUGUAAAAACACCAGGCAGGUCCCACAAAUAACCCAGAGAUGCAUUUUAAAUACCGUAUUUUUCGCUUCAUAAGACACACUUUUUUCCUUCCUUACCUCCUCUGAGGCUCGCUUUAAAGCAGCAAAGCAGACAGGAGCUGCCCGCUUUGCUGCUUUAAAUAGUUUAGUACAACAUUUGAUUCAGAAUAUUUUUUUUCGUGUUUUCCUCCUCUAAAAACUAGGUGCGUCUUAUGAUCAGGUGCAUCUUAUGGAGCAAAAAAUAUGGUAAAAGGACACAUUCUACUCAUGUAAAAACACGCUGAUUCCCAGACCGUCCGCGAUCCAGAUCGAGAAGGCGAUUGGGCCACAUCUGGCCCCCGGGCCUUAGGUUGCCUACCCCUGCCCUACACCAUGGGUGUGUGUGGGUGAGAGAGAGAGAGCGCGCACCAGCCUCAAGAGAGACUCUCCUGACAACUUUUUUGAGGUAAUUUCAGUGUCAGAUGAAGACUCUCCCCCACAAGGCUUAUUUAAAAAAUCUGAUUGCUAUCCCACUGAUUUUCAAUUUGGAUUUAGAUGUCCCUGUGCUGCAAAUGUUUCUGCAGCAAUUAUUUUUAUUAUAUUUUUAAUAUUGUUUGUUAUAUUUUUAUAUCUUUGUGAGCCUUCUAGAGAACUAUGCUAUUGGGCAGAAAUGUAGAUUAAGUGUAUUAAUCACAUACAGGGAAGGAGUUUGUCUCCUAAGAGAUGGAAGCACAACUGUGUUCAGUAUAGCCUCUGGAUAGUGUUCAAGGGCAGCCCAGUGACACAAUAAUGAAGUAUUCCCAAUAUGCUCAAGAAAAGAAGGUUCUUUUUUUUUAAUGAAGUAAUUUAUCUUGAUGAUGACUUAAAGGUGAAACCCAUCCUUUCCCUCCAGCUUUUGACAAGUAGCAACAUUUUUCUUAACCUCAUAACACCUUUUUUAAAAGGGAGAUCUUAGUUCCUCAUUUAUUAGAAAACCAUGCAGAGAUCAUGGAAAGCCCCUCAGUAAAUCUAUGCCACAGUACGGAUUUGAACGCAGGUCUUCCCGCUGAAACUGGUUUUAAUAAAAUUUGCUGAAGGGCUUUGAAGAUUGACUAUCGCUGCAGAGAAAGCUGCUGUUGCUCUAUUUACUUGUAUUGACCACAUUUAACCUUGCUGCUCUUAUUGAAAUAAAUUUGCUUAUCUUUGAAGUCUGAAGUUCAGCCUCAUUAUUUUAAGAUACAAUUUUUGAGGUGGUAAUGGAAAUUCUAUCCUUCAGUUCUGCAGUUGUGGGAGACCACUCAAUAUUUCAGUGAUUCCUAAUGUAUGAGACGUGUCUUUCCUAAUUGUUGGCCCCUGUCUGUCUCAAGAGAGAAUGGAGUGCGACUCUGGGGAUGAAAUCAAACCGCUGCGUUAGCAGCACCAAAGUGACCUCCCCAAGGUGCAAGCCCAGGCAGUGUAUAUGGAGGUCCUGGGCUGUACAGACAACAAGACCCUCAUCUCAGUCAUGCUGAUGUGGUCCAAACGAAAGCAGAGCAAUAUGUUUGCCACCAAUUUGGCUGCAGGAGUUGCUGGAAGGAGGUAUACAAGCUGCCAUCCAACCAUCUUAGGGACUCCACUCCAGAUUUGUGUCGGGUUUACUUCUUAGCCCUUUCUUCCCCCAUAGAUAACCCUGCAAGGUAGUGGAGGGUUAGGAUCAGAGUUUUCUUUCUCCUAGAUGGGCUACUUUCCCAGGUUGACAAGCACCAGCUGCCUCUCUUCCCUCUACAGCACAUGCAGAAGCUGCCUUCUUGACUGUUGGACCCACUAUUGAUCUUGUCUGCUCAAUCUGCCAGAGCAUGUUUUCUCAUGCUAAUUUCACAUACUAACUCACUGAGGGUUUGAGACCCAUUGGCUACUUUCACCUGGUUUAGCCUGCUAGUCGAAGCUGUUUCCGAGGUGUGGCCACUGUCACAUGCUGAUAGGAGCCACAGGUGAGAGCUAACUGCAGGGUGGGGACCAAAGGUGCGCAAACUACCCCAGAAGGAGCAUGGUGUGUCCCCCACUAUAGAGGUACUAUCCCUCCCCUAACACCGCAUACAUUCCCUAAUGAGGCUUUGACAUCUGACAGGGUCAGCUUCUCUUUGGCCUAUUGAAACACUGGGCCAGGAGAAGUGUAUUGAAACACUGGGCCAGGAGAAGUGUAAUAUCUGACUUCAAUCAAGGUUGCUUCAGAUAUCAGCAAAAUGCAGAGUCUUCAUUUCCAUUGUGAAUGUUCAAAAGGUAUUAACAUGACUGAAAAGGUGUGGUAAAUGUGUCCCAAAGAGCAGCAAUUAGCACAGGCUCCUUGGGCAUGUUUACUAAGUGUUUUGAGACACAUGAAUGCCCUUCAGACAUUAAUCAAAAUAUAGUCAAGUUAGCUACUGUAGAAAUGGGGGGUUCAUCAUUGCUUUUGUGUGCAAACCAGCCUUUUGCCAGGGCAACACAGGAAGUUGUGAACCAUUUUACAGGACCUAUGGCAAGCCAAAUAUUUCCAGAUACAAAUUGUCUCACCCCCGAUCCUAGGCACAUUCACUUGGAAGUUCAUCCCACUUGUUUGGUGCAGUAUACUUUCAACUGAGUCUAGGAUGAUUCAGUAUUAAACGUUGCGUAUAGAAGUAGCUCACUAUCACAAAAACUAUAAACAAAUAUUUUUCCCCUUAAAAAAAUUAAAUGACUAAUGGAAUUGGUCAUUUUGGAAUUCAUCUGUUGGAUUUAACCUGUAUCUUAACAGUGAACACCUAGUGCUUUAAAUAGACCUCAGUGUUCUCUGAGAAUGGGCCACCAGACAACUGUCCACUGAUCUAUCAUCAAUCUAUUUCAUCUAUCAUCCCUUUUGGCUGAGGAAAUCCAUUCUCCCAAACUCUUCUUUCUUUGAAGACUCAACAUUGCCACCUCACCUUUGCACUUAGUGUCUGGGUGAUUUCUUGUACAGUGGUACCUCGGGUUACAUAUGCUUCAGAUUACAGACUCUGCUAACCCAGAAAUAGUACCUCGGGUUAAGAACUUUGCUUCAGGAUGAGAGCAGAAAUCGUGCUCUGGCGGCGCGGCGGCAGCAGGAGGCCCCAUUAGCUAAAGUGGUGCUUCAGGUUAAGAACAGUUUCAGGUUAAGAACAGACCUCCGGAACGAAUUAAGUACUUAACCCGAGGUACCACUGUAUGUUUCAAAACAAACAACUUGAGCUUUAAAUUAAGUGUCUUGAUGAAGCUGAGUUCUUUAAUUGACCAUAAUACAGAUUCCAAGUCUUGUGAAGUGCAAUGCAGCUGAAUCUGUCUUGGAAUCUGGAAUAGUUGGGGUUUUAUCCAUCUGUUAGGUUGGAAAUCUCAACUGGAAGGAAAAGCAAGCUCAGCAACUGCAGUAAGCGUUGAAGCCAGAGGAGUGGGAUUCCCCCUGCUCCCCCACCCCAAUAUUUCUCUUCCACACUAACUUUCUGUCUUAUGCCUAACUUGCCACAAUCCAUGAAAACAAAUGCCAUCUCCUUAGGAAGGACCACUUUAAUUGAAAGUUUGUACACUGGCAGAUGCAUGCACAGGGCUUAUAUCAGUGUUUCAUAAUGGUGGGAAUUAAAUUAUUGGCAGACCAUGGACACAUACAGUGCUUUAAGUCAGAUACUAGAGGGAAUUCUGUUUCUCACAUACUACGUGUCUUACACAAGACAUGUGUUAUGUUAAAUAAGACAACACAUACUGAAUAAGAACGAAACUAUCCCUUUGGUUAGCCCAAUUAAUUGUUUGCACAUUUUGCAAGCUUUAUGAGUUCCAUAGGAGGCACACACAAUUGAUAUACUGUAUUAGCAAAGUCACUGUCACCCUCAGCUCACAUUUCCUUUUCACGUGGAGCACAGUUCCCCCGUCCAUGCUGGUACAGAAGAAAUUAAGCACACCUACACCCAAUAAAACCCCAGCUUUCUUGUUUAAUUAAGCCUUUAUUUAUUGUUCUCCAGAGUCAAACCAACACAGAGCACCUUAUAAGAGCCUUAUUUUGGAUCUGUGUCUACUGGUCUUCUAAUCUGCCCUCAACGGGGCUGGGGAAGCUCAGGUUUCUUCUCCGAAUAGCAAAACAGUGGCAAUUAGGUAGUGGGGCUGUUUUUGUAAAAGCUGUUCUGCCUUUGAAGUCUCUUUUGAGCUCUCUUGAUCCUUCCUCCACUCCCUUACAGCAUUUAAACUCCUGCUUUUUAAAGAGCAAGGGGUGUUGAUUUAUUUGGCUUCUGGGGUUGGAAGACUCCGCCCCCCUUCCUGAGAUCCAGCCCUAAACAGAGUUCGCACUGUGGAAUGACAGGCAUUCCUCCUUGAAAGGAGCUGGCAUGGGAGCUUAUUUAUGAGAAUCGUGAAGUGUCCGGCCCAGGGGUACAGGAAAUACAGGAGGGGUUUGUGCUUCGACCUACACCCCGGCCGUUUCCUGAGUUCUGGCUGUUGUUGUUCUGCUCCCCGGACUCCAGACAAUUCCGUCGCUCUCACCCUGUGGAGUUGGCUUGUCAUCUUCCGAAGGCUAAUGUCUGCUUCCAGAAUAGACUCUCUUUUCUUUCUCUUCCUUCCCUGAGCUACCUCGAAGACUCUCAUAAUGGGGCAGACACGCUACUCAAGACCGGUAAAUCCAGCUCCCUCAGGUGAGUAAUGGAGGGUCUAGCUGCGGCUGUAGGCAGGGCGAGAGUUGCAGGUGAAGCAUGUUCAAAAAAGAAUGUGAGGAUUGUGUAACCUGCACUCAGCUCAGAGGGGCUUCCAGUUCUCAACAAGUGACAAAAAGGGAUUGUUUUCUUAAUCCAGAAAAAUAAUAUUAUUUAUUAAAGGCCUUUGUGUUGGAAUACACUUUGCUGUUUAACUUGCUGCUCUGUGGGCGGCGGCGGCGGCGGGGGGGGGGGGGUUGUAGUUUCUGUGCCACAUUGUUAAGAACCAGUCCUUUUGAUCUCGCUUUUUCCUGCCAAAAUGGUCAGAUGAUGGGAAAAGCUGGCUUUAAAGAGUUCAGCAGCAAGCAUAGCAACAUGUUGUGCGUUGGGCUGGAAUUAAGCGUUUCAUACUAAGGUUCAGGUGUUGAGUUAUCUUUUUACCUCUCUGAUAUGACUGAUCUUUAGUUGGAUAUUUUAAUCUGUGUUGGCUCUAAAUUGCAUCUGUGAUCUGAUGUUCUGGAAGUACAAGAGUUUAUUUGGGGGAGGGCUGCGGUGAAGUAAAACACAUUACCAUUUAGAGAAGCCCCCCCUCCCCCUGCUGGUAAGACCAUUUAAAGUCCAGAGUCUAAGAUUACCUAACUUUGCCAAAGGGGCUGAGGAGGAGAAUGCAUUUGAAUGAAAAACUUCCAGCCAGUAAUGUCCAGUGGAAGCAGAGUGAGUUUUUGAUUUGGGGAUUUUUUUUUGUUUCAAGAUCUCCCAUGUGGCUUAUCACUAUUCUUCCAGUGGGGUGGCAUCAGUUGUUGUCUUUUCCCACUCCUACUUAGAGCUGGCAACUUCAGAUCCCAUUUGUAACGCUCCCCAGAUGGCGUGGUGGGCCUCACCCUGUUGCCUGGCAUUCCCUGCUAUAAGGGCUGGAUAAGGGAGCUUGGCAGUUGAGGCUUUCUGUAUAUCUACCACAAACAUUUACAUAGUAACCCAAGCCAAAUUACUAGUUUUUCCUUAAACUGACCCUGCAAAUAUUUUACAGAUGGUUUUAGUUGAGGUGACGACUGAUUCAGAUGGUUUGUGGACUUUAAAUAUAUUUUCUAGAUUGACUUGUAUGAGUUACAUGGCUUCUGUUGUAGGCUAGCUUUCUGUGUGAUUCAUCUGAUUUUUAAGACGCUUUUUUGUGGGGGCAGGCGGAAGGACGUACUGCAUCAGGAGGAGCCACCAUGGUGUGUGUGUUCCUGAUGUUAUUAGACUCCAGCCAGUUGUUAGGGGUGAUGAGAGUUAUAGCAACAUCUGGGAAGUACCAUAUUGGCUAUCUGUGCCAUAGCCCCUAGCAUGCUAUAUUUAGUAUUAACCUAUUUAUUUGUAAGCACCUUAUUUGUAUUUUCAUUGGCUGUUUGGGGGGGGUACAUUGGUAGUUAAAGAGGAGUAUUUUGGCUUUUAAAAGGCUAGUAGGUGUAUUUUGCCUUUUGUGGACUGAAGCCCACUUCCUCAGAGGCAGCUGAUAAAGUGGACUCUAGUUCCUGAAAGCUUAAGGUGCAAUAAAACUGUUAGUGCCACAAUAUUUGUGUGUGUGCCAUGCUUUUGCUAUAUCUAAGGGUACCUCCAGACUGCUACCAAUGUAUUGUGGGAGGUAUUCAAGCAUAUACCAGAACUUUAGGUUUGCAUAGUUAGUGGAUUAAAGGACUUAACUGUGUGGCUUGCUCCAUUGGUUAGAGUGUGGUGCUGAUAAUGCCAAGCUUUCAGGUUUGAUUCUCAUAUGGGAUAGCUGCAUAUUCCUGCAUUGCAGGGGGUUGAACUAGCUGAUCCUCAGGGUCCCUUCCAGCUCUACCAUUCUAUGACUGUUUUGCUCCAGCACACCACUUUAAAAAAAGAAUUGGGCUUUUAGCAAUGUAGAAGGUGGCAGGGAAAUGUGUUUGGUAAACAAAUAAUGGGAAAACACCCCUGCAGGCAAAUUGGGAUGAAUAUUCAUUGUCAUAUAACCACCCCACAAACAAAUCAGAAUGAAUACUCCGUAAAGGCCAAAUGUAAUCUAACCCCCCACAUAAUGUUUGUAAAUAAAAAUAAAUCAGAACAAAUGCUUGAUAAAUAUGUCACCUGGAGGAAUUCUAACAUGUCUACUGUGGCACACAAAUAGUUAUAUCUGCUUGUGCUUUCACAAGUAAUUAGAAAACAUUUUUGUCCCGAAUGCAGCCUGUGUAUGUGGCCUUUGUGGAUAGUAUUGACCGACUCUGUAAUGAUGGAAACAACCAUUUUUAAAUCAGUUGUUAAUACCUUGGAAAAGUGCUAUUUAAUUUGCAAAGAUCUGCCAGAUACAUACACUUUUAUUAUUUUCAUUUUUAGCCAUGGAAGCAACAUAAUAGGCCCUUUCCCUUUGAUGGGAGUGGGGAUGAACUUCCCCACACUCAGAUCAUGAUAGUUGUAUAAACAUUUGAGCAAACAUAAUGUGAGGCAGUCCAGUUUUCAGGUAAGAGAUUCAUCCUUGACUUGUUCUUAGGUUCCCUGUGAAAAGAAGUGCCACCCAAACUGAUUCUCAUGUUUGAGCUUGAACUUCAGAGUAUAAUUAAGCAGCUGUGGAAACAAGUGAUUUCCUUUUCCUACUAGGCUGCAACGCUCACAAAGCAUUAUGAAAUAAGAAUGUUAACUGCCUGUGAUGUAUUUGUCUGCCAGAAUUUUGGUAUAACUUCUGUAUAGCCAUUUAAAGGACAUAUAAUUACAUCUUAUCUGACUUAAAGUUGAUCGUUUGUGAAAUGGUGUGAGCAGUGUUGGAAAAGUUGGGUAUUGCCCAGGGGUGGAGAAGCUGUUGCCCUGCAGAAGUUGCUGGACUUCCAACUCCAUCUGGGAUGGCAACUGUCAGGGACAGUAAUGGGCGGUGGAAAUUUUUCCACUGCUUUGUUUUUCCGUGGGGAUUUUUUUCUUUCAUAAGUUCUUUAGUAACAAUGAAUGAAUGCCAAUUGCAAAUUCAUUAUUAGGCAAUCUUGGCAGUUUCAAACUGUUUUAACUUGUUUGCUAAGUACAAGUAAAAUAAACAUGCUAAAUUAGACCACUCUUUAGGGCAUUAGACAUAUUCCCAAACCUAUGGAAAUUAUCCAGUAAUUUGCAUAGGUUUCCAAUUCGAAUUUUUCCAGAAGACCCACCUCACUAGUCAGGGAUGACAGAAACCAUAGCCCAACAAUGUCCGCAGGUUCCCAACCUCUGGUAUAGGCAAAUAAUUAUGACAAAUUCUUUAAAAUAUUAUUUUGCUGUCAAGAAACAAGGAAGUAUUCAGAUGGUACAUGUAGAUGGCAAGACAUGUCUAAAAUGGGAGCAGUGUUCCCUGUGAAUCAUUCAGAUGCCUGAAUGAAGUAGGUGUCUCAAAACUGACUGCUACUCUUAAUCAUAUGGGAGUUGCAGUUUCUGAAUGAGAAAUAUGACUUUUGGCAGAAGGUAUGUCGAGGGCAUGUGAAAAGGCUUCCUUAAUGAAAGAGCAAAAAUGGAAAUACCACUGCCUUUAUAUUACUACAUCAGUACAGUACAAAAGGCUUGCAUGGGGAAGGCCAUAGCUCAGUGGUGGAGCAUCUGCUUUGCAUGCAGAAGGUCCCAAAUUCAGUCCCUAGCAUCUCUAGGUAGGGCUGGGAAUACCCCCUGCCUGAAACUCUGGAGAGCUACUGCCUGUCAGUGCGGAGAAUGCUGACCUAGAUGGACCAGUGUUCUCCCCCCCCCUUUUUUUUUUUAGAUGGACCAGUGUUCUGACUCAGUAUAAGGCAGCUUCCAAUGUUCCUAGAUUUUAUUGCACUGUUGGUUGGUAUGAGUAAGACCUCUUUUGCUGCAUUUUAGGGUGCAAAGUGUGUGCUAUUUUGUACUGACCUCAGAAGAAUUGUUGCUGGCUUCAGGUGAGAGCAAAUGCAAAGGUGAAGUGUCGUUGAGUUGUAUUUGUUCCUAUUCCAAGGCCUACUGGCUUACUGUGCUGCAUAACAGGUUUUCACUGAUGUGUCUGUCAUCAUGGGGUUUUCUUGGCUUGGUGACAUUAGCCGCAUGAUGACUGUGUUGGUGUUAUGUCCAAAGUUGGCACCUGCUGCUGGUGCAAUGCAAUAUGCUAAUUUUACACCUAAUUUUGUGGUCUUGGUAUUGGGCCUGAAAGAAAUACACUUGCUAUGGAGCAAGUGUGCUUCAUACUUUUACCAAAGUAUAUAGCUCUGCACUUGUAAUCUUUUUCUUUUUUCAUCACUUGGGGACAUACGACUUGUCAUAUAAAGUAGAGCCCUGUGGCUUAAUAAAUACUAUAUGAAUUAUUGUGGCAUACAUUUACAAGGGCUAGAGCUUAUUUCAUCAGAUGCAAGAAGUGCUGCCUUCACCUGAAUUAUGAGUGCAUACACACAUCUGUUUGCAUAUCUAUAUUUGUAUGUUUAAUUUAUUUGCUGAUGUUAAUGUAUUGGAUGAAGUGAACACAUAGCCACAAAAGCUUGUGCCUCAUAAAAACUGGUAGUUUCUAAGGUGCCAUGGGACUCCUUCCUGUGUUUGUUGUAACUAACCUUGCUACCCUUCUGGAAUGUAUAACACAAGAAAGCUUUAAAAAGAAGAAGAAGGAGGUAAAAUAGUGAUAGAACCAGACAGCCCAUUCUCACAAAGUCUUUGAAUGGUGAAGGGAUACGAGCAUCUCAACUGCAUCAGUCCCUGUCAUCCAGCCAUUCAUAACAUCCUUAAAAAUAAGAGUGAGCCAGUUUCUUUGACCACAUGUGGUGCUUUGAUUCAUUAGGGUUACUGCAUUUAACUGUUGUUAUUCCAUUCCCCUCUACUUGCGGUUGAAUGCCGUCGCUACACACCUGUGCCAACCCAUUGUGUGUUUCCAUUGAAUUGCCCCUUUAGAACCACUAUUCAGUGGAAUAUCAAUGUUCCCAUUGCCUUUUUGCCUAGUACUAUAGUUGUGUGAAUGCCGUCGGUGUUCACAUAAGUUUCAGCUUCUUGUUUAAUAAGAUAUAUGAAGGUGUUUAAGACAUAUUAUUUUAUUAUGUUUAUUAUAUCUUCCAUCAUUGAGGUCAAGGGGUUCUCAGGCAGCUUGCCAUCUGAGCACUGAUCAGACUCAGACUUGUUUCGAUUCAGCAAGAUGGGUGUACCAUGUGUUAUCUGACUGUUCAGCUUAGAAACAAUUAAAAUAAAUCUCUCUCUCGUAUUAAGACCAAAUAUACCAUGGUAGUGCCUUAUAUUAUAUAGAACUCUAAAAAUAAUUCAUCUUGAUCAACUGAUAUGGCUUCUGCAAAUGGUGAUACACCGUCCUUCGAUAAAAAAUAUUUUGGUGUGUGGGUAUUUGCAGUACUCUAAAUUUAUCUUCCUGUCAGCUAUCAAACGUGUUGCUGCUGCUCCCUUUAAUAGCAAAUUCAGGUAGUGGGUGGUGUCAGGAGUGGAGCCAAAAACAGGACCACUGAGGGAACAUUAAGUGAGGUCUGUGGAAGUACCCAAAAAGCCCCACAACUUCUUUUAAAAAUCAAAGCCAAGUGGGCAACCCUUCCACCAAAACAUCUUCUUGGGCACCAAGCAUACUCAGCAGCCAUGGAAUGCUAAGGGUCAGUUGGAAAAGAGAACAGGAAACUAUGCUUAUGGUGCUGUCUGGGUGACACUAAGGCUACUUGGCACCUUGCACUGGAGUACACCUAUGUGGAAAGUGAGGAUAUACUGCAACAUUUUGUUGCAGGUCCUGCUAGAUUCUUCUUUACACAUAUAAUGCUGAAACAGUGUUGUGUCAAAUGCCUUUCGCUGUAGGUGAAACUUCGUCUUCCAAAUCCAGCAAUUGCUAUCCAGUGAACCAUGCUUACGAAAAUCACUCCUUGGUUUAGAUUGCCUUCGGGUCUGAGGCUGAGGUCCCAGUGACCCUCUUCACAGUGUUCAUAAUUCAUAUUUAUUGGUAUAUGCAAGAGCAUUAAUCUUCAACAGAAAUGUCAUGUCACCCAAGUGUCAGCCUCUCAGUAAUUGUGAUUGUUGGCACAUUUGUCUUGUGUGUCUCUCACUGAUGACAUACGUGAAUAAAUCCUUAUAGAAUUAUGAUGCUUCAUUGUACCUCUGCUGAAGUGCUCCACUCUCAAUCACAGAUCUUCUGAUGGGGCACUUCCCCAGUGGUUCCCCAUUGUCUUGAGAUUUGUUUCGCCUUUACUAGGGACUUUAGUAUGGCAGUCUCGGCCCUGUGGAACUCCUUGCCAGUGGAGGUUUGGCAGGAAUCGUUCCUACCUUCUUUUACACAUCUCCUGAAAACUGUUUUAUUUAGGCAGGUCGUUGCAAUAUGCUUCCUCCUUCCUUUAAACCAACCAAUACUUACUGAUGUUUUAUUGGUGUUUUUAUUGAUGUUUUUACUGGUGCUUUUACUUGUUUGAUUAUAAUCUUGUAUGUUGUAUACCACCAUGUUAUACUUUUGUGAAAGUGGAUUAUAAAUACAACAAAUAAACAAAUCUGUGUUCAGAAUAUGUACCAACAUAGUAAAAUGUUUGAUUUGCUGUAUGAAAUUGUUUGGGAUUAAAAGAUGGUCAUGAAUUUAUAAACGUACACUUACUUAGAUUGUCUGCUCUGGUAACCUUGUUGCCAAAUGUACUUAAAAGUUCACACCUACUGGGAAUCACAGGCACAGUAGAACUGUUAAAAAAAAAAAGUAUGAUAUGAUGCAGAUUGUGAUAUUCUACUCAGCUUUCUCAGAAUCUGUGCAGUGCAAAAGCUUGAAUAUUCCAAUGGAAAGAGACAUUGGUCUGAUAUAAGAAUUGAUGUUACCUGCUCUGUAUCUUUAUUCCUUGGGACCAAAUUUAUAGCAAGAUUAUGCAUAAUAAUAAUAAUAAUGAUAAAUUUUAUUUAUACCCCGCCCUCCCCGGCCAGAGCCGGGCUCAGGGCAGCUAACACCAGUAAAAUUACAGUAAAAACAUAAUAGUAAAAGAAAAAAACAAUUUAAAAUACAGGUUAAAAUGCAUAAGUGGAGGGAAACAAAAGGGUCAGACUGAGUCCAAACCAAAGGCCAGGCGGAACAGCUCUGUCUUGCAGGCCCUGCGGAAAGAUGUCAAGUCCCGCAGGGCCCUAGUCUCUUGUGACAGAGCGUUCCACCAAGUCGGGGCCAGUACUGGAAAGGCCCUGGCCCUAGUUUAGAUGAAUCUAACCACCUUGCAACCUGAGACCUCCAAAAUGUUGUCAUUUGUGGACCUUAAGGUCCUCCGUGGGGCAUACCAGGAGAGGCGGUCCCGUAGAUAAGUGGGUCCUAGGUCACAGUUAUUUAUUCUGCUUGACUUUUAAACAUCUGUUUUAUUUGGGUUUCCUUCCUACCUUGCACAAAUAAUUUUUGUGGCAAAAAAGUCAAAUAGCUGAAUUGGCAUCAGAAUUACCUUAAUUGCUAGGGCGAUUGAACUGGAUAUUUUCAUAUACUUUGGACACUAGAGUUAAGGUAUAAAUCCCCAUCCAACAUUGAAUCUCACUGUAUCUUGGGCUAGUCACAUACUCUUAGCCUGACCUACCUCACAAGGUGUGGUUGUGAAGAUCAAAUGGAGGAGGGCAAUGUACUUGAGCUCCUUGAAGGAAAGGCAUUAUAUAAAUAUAAGAAUUUCUUAAAAGGUGGAAAUUUUCCUCAGGUGAUUGAUCUGGUAUUGUAGUGCUCAUCUGUUGUAGUACAUGUGUUAUACUUGUAAUGUUGUGGAUAUGUGUAUUCCAAGAGUUUUAAAUGUUUUAUACUGUUUUCCUGGAAUAUGUUUUGAUUUGUGAACCACUUUGAUUAGUGUUUGCAUUUGUGGUUUUUAUUUUACUCAACACGAGAAUAAAUUCAUACAUUGAGAGGCCGCCUUCUACUGAGUGAGAUAGCUGGCCUACCUAGUUUGGUGGUGUCUACACAGCAACUCUUUUGAAUCUCAGACAAAGGUCUUUCCCACCACUUGCUACCUGAGAUCCUUUAGAGAUGGAAGUGCAAAGAGCUGAAUCUGGGCCCAUCGGCAGGGAAAGCUGAGCUGCAGCCCUUCCCAUUUCUCAGUUCCACCUGUUGUGUCUUCUGGAAGGCACUGAUGUGUCUAUUUUCCCAACUUCAUGACUCAGACGUGAAGUUGGUGUGUGCUCUCUGAAGCUCUUUCUUACGCAACAAAGAUUGAUUGGCACCGAGAGGGGCUUUUAUGCAAGCCCUUCUAUUUUUUAUUUUAUUUUUUUAAGAACAAAUCUGGACAUGAAAUGCCAGUGUGCAGUUGUUUCCUUGGGUUGCCACAUGCCUCAUCUCUGCUCUUGCCGAGAUCCAGAUUUGUUCCAGGGGGAAUCCAAGGGAACGCACGCUUAUCACCUCGGUGCAUAAGCCAUCUCUGAGUAAUGCAGUUACCUGAAAUGCCUCAGUCCUAAAGCAUACUGGGAGCAGCUGAUUCACCCACUAAUUAAUCAUACAGAACAAACAGAAGACACUGUUGCUUCAUAAGGUGGAUCUUUUAGUGGCUCUUCUGUUUGUGUCAGUGGUAUCCCACUCAUCCCAUCAGCUCUUCUGAAAGCCCCUCAUGCCCCUGAACUGUUUCCUUUUCUUCCUCUUCCCUCCUUGUCCCCCUUUCCUCUUGUGCCAUGCUUUUAGAUUAUAUGCCUGUGGGCAGGGACUGUCUUGCUACAAAUGGUUGUACGUAAACCACUCUGGGAGCAUUUGUGGCUGUAGACAUGCUCUAAAUAAAUGAAUAAGUGGAAGUGAAUGUUAAUAAACUCUUAAAGGCCAAAAGAGACGUGGUGUGGGUGGGAGGUCCAUGAACUGUUUUGACUUCUUCUUUUUUACUUAAGCAGCUGUGUGCUGCAAUGGUGGUGAUGGAUUAGAACAGGCAGUAAUCUUUUACCUACAUUCUCCCCCUCCCCCAAUCCUGCUGUUAUUAAUCCUACUGAUGGAAAAGACAGUUACCUGUAUCAUAUCUGUGUUAUUUUUCUCCAGCUGGGUAAUAACUUGGAGGGGGCGGGAAAUCAAAACCCCAGAUCUCCCAAGUCACAUCUGUUUUCACUUUGAGCUAUAAUCAAAAUAAAAAAAAUCCUUCCAGUAGCACCUUUAAGACCAACUAAGUUAGUUCUUGGUAUGAGCUUUCGUGUGCAAGCACACUUCUUCAGAUACACACAGUGUAUUCUUCAGUGUAUCUGAAGAAGUGUGCUUGCACACGAAAGCUCAUACCCAGAACUAACGUAGUUGGUCUUAAAGGUGCUACGGGAAGGAUUUUUGACUUUGACUAUGGCAGACCAACACGGCUACCUAUCUGUAACUUUGAGCUAUAAGAAUAGCAUCUAGAAGUUUUUAUUAGACUUCAUUGGGCAUUUUAGCAUAAUUCUGUGUCAGUCUUGUUUAGGAUGAUGAAAAACUGUUCUUAAUUAUAAACUAGCCAGAAUAAAGGGCAAACUAUUGUAUGCCUUAGGUUAAGUGGUGGUUUGGCCAUGCAUUUAUCUUUUUAUUUUAAAUUGUAGCCAUGCUGUUGUUGUUUUUCGCUUCUUACAUGUUAUUUGUCAAUGUCUCUGAAUGUUACAAGCCCAAGAGUAAAAAUCAGAAUUGUUAAACUGAUUGUGCAUCCUAGGCAAUGCAGGCAUUGUGUUGAAUUUCAGCUGUGAUAAACACAAGAGCAGGCUUAAUUGUGACACGUAAACUGCCUAAUUGAUCAUUUUGUUUAGUGCUCUAUCUUGACAUCCAGAGGGUUUUGCAGAAGGGGAAAAAAGAAACACUCCUAACUUUUUAUAUGAAAGUGAAGAAGUGACAGGCGGGUCAACUUUGCAUGCCACCCAUUAAUUAGAGGAUCAGAAAACUUAUUUUAAGGAGGGAACAUAGCUAGUUUUGCUCCAGAAUGUCCUAUCAAAUCCUGGGUUUCAAAAAGUACUUGAAGUGCAUCCCAAAUAUAUUUUGAGGUCAACUUAGCUGGUCUUCUGUCACAACAUAGGUGUUUGCUGUUUUGCAUGGCACCAUUACUGGCCAUGAAUAGGCUUGGAAAUGUUUGCUCACCAUUUCUUGCCAGACAAAAGUUCAGAAUGCUCCAAUGAGCAUUGUGAAUACACUUCUUGGCAAUUGAAUGUUUCUGACUGCUGGCAGGCAUCUCCCUGAUUCAGAAUGAAUUUUUCUUUCCUUCCUUUCUUCUGGUAGUACCCUUCCUUCUUCCCUUGUGUGUGGAAAGAAGCAGGCUUUGCACAGAGGACUUAGUUGAUCCAUGUUUGGAUCCAGGUUGUCAGCAUCUGCGUUACAGAUUAAUGUUAUAGGUCAUAGCAGAAAGAGGGGAGACAGUGCAUCUUGAAAGUGCUUCUGUUUCCCUGAUCACCUCCUUGCUAUUCCUGCACAUUUUAAUGAAGUUAAUGGCAUUCAUUUAGUUAGACAAAGGAAUGUGAUGAAUUGUUGUUCUCUGAGUAAAAUGUGAUGUGGAAAUCAUGCUUUCCUUGCUCAGUCUUCUUUUUCUGGAAUAUCUUAAUGUCCUUUAUCUAGUAUCCUGUUGGUUUGAACUUCCCUAGUAUUUGCCACAAAGAUGAUAGACAUCCUAUACAGUGUGUGUGUGUGUGUGUGUGUGUGUGUGUGAGAGAGAGAGAGAGAGAGAGAGAGGAGCAAAUGUAUUUAUUUCUAAAGUGGUUUUCCGUAUGGUUUUUAUGGUUUUCAGUGUGCGGAGUGCCUUGCCAUGCUUCUGUUCUUGUAAAAAUGCUUUGUGAGUAACACUGAGAGAGGAGGAUUUAGUCAAGGAAAUUAAGUGAGGUUUAAAUGGGGAUUGGAAGCUUGAUUUUAUAAUGUUCAAACCCUAUACACUGCAGUCUACUUUCACUGCAUCACAAACCACUGUAUAGUCACUUGGACAAGGUGGAAGGAUUUGUGUAACAGCACUUUAUGGUGUCCAACACCUGUUGAUUGUCUGAAUAUUUUAUAGUAUGCAAAAUGUGACAAUAUGAUGAAAUAGUGCUGCUAUUAUCUUUCUAGGGUUUUGCACCCAUAGGGUAUAAUGUUUGCUCUGAGCUCCUAAACUAGGGGACUCGUGACAUUUGGACUCUAUAGUAUCCUGAUUUAUUUAUUGGGAAUGGAUACCUUUUUCACUUUUAAGUAAAAUGAAACUUCACAACAUUAAAGCUAAAUCACCCAAAAAAUGUAGUGGCUGAAAUAGUACAAUAGGAAAGAGUGCCCCUCCUCCUGUUUUCGGUGGAUAAUAUUUCAAAGGCUAGACUUGCUCUUUGAUUAUGUCUGCUGAUUAUUGUUUGGUUGGCCCCUUCCUUCCCCCCUCUCUUUUAAUUGUUUCUUUUUGGUUUUCAUUCUGUGUUAGGAGUGGCAAACACGUUCUUGGGGUGGGGGACUCAUCUGGACAAGAAGCCAGUAUUUAUACCCCACACCAAAGACCUCACCAAAAUUUGUGGCUGCAAAAAUAACAUACAAUAUAGAGCAGGGGUUUUGAACCUGAUCCCUACCACCCACUAGUGGGCGUUUCAGGAUUCUAGGUGGGUGGUAGGGGGGUUCUAAGGCAUCCUUCCAUCGAGCACUGGUGGGUGGUAAGGAAAUUUUACCACCAAGAAAGAUGCAUUAGUGGGCGGUAGGUAUAAAAAGGUUGACUACCCCUGCUAUACAUGAUGCUCGGGUGGGUGGAGAGGUUUAAACCAGUUAGCCAGCCCAGUGUCUUGAUGGGUAUGUAAAGUGCCCCUCUUCAUUCAAUUGAUUGAUCAUCUGAUGAGUGGAGAAGAGGCGAGAACAACCCCCACCUCAGCUGGUUUGCAUGGGUAGGGCUGUAUACCUGUGUGUGAGAGAUCAAGAGUGUGGGGUAAACACACCCACCACUGGCAAGAAGCCCCCUACAAGUUUGGCCCAAGAGUGAGUAUGGCCUUAUGGCCACAAAAGGUUAGCUGCCUCUGUUAACCUUUUAACUGAUUAUAUUUUAACCAUUGGUAGCUGUUUUGGGUGUGGGAGGCAGUAGAAGACAGGAGUGCCUGGCAUGCUCUGGUCCAUGGGGUCACGAAGAGUCAGACACGACUAAACAACAACAACAAAGCUGUUUUGGAAGUUUUUCCAACUGGAAAAAAGUAGGAUCAAAGUGUGCUUGAAAUGUAAUAAAAAAACAAAAGGGACACAGAGGCAGGAGCAGCUAUUGGUGAACCUGAGGUCUAUGAAACGGGCACCUGCUUGCCAGUGGAGGCAUUUAUGCAGCUAGCCUUACCAUCAGUUGAUCCGUUUUUUCAGGAGCUUCCCCCUUCCCAUCCAUCCGCCUCAUUCUACAGUUGGGCAAUCAAUCCAAGGUUGCAGAAAACAUAAAUAUUCUGCAUGAGUGGCUAAUCUAUCUGGGCUCAGGAUUCAUAUCCAAGUCCUGUUUGUAUUGCUGUACUCAUUUGGGUGCUUCAAAUUGCAGAACUCUUUUCCCACAAGUCAACUCUACCCUCCUGAGCUCUUUUCCUUUUUGAAAAUGUUUGGAAAAUGCCAGAACAGUAGGUGGAGUAGGAGGCGAUUAUUGUGUUGCUUUCCUGAGAUUGUUACUCUUGGCCCAGGAUAUCAGCACCUUCUUUCUUUUUUUAAUAGGAAGGAAAAAACCAAAUAGUGUAACUUUACUGAUAAAGUAGAUAAUUUUGGCUGGUUUGAUGCAGAGAUCGUCCUGCAAAGCAGUACAACGGAAAGUAUUUUUGUUUGUGAAUCAUAGGUCACAUAAUGGAUUUCUGAACACAUUUCUACCUUCUCUUGCACACACAUAUUGGACUUUGCAUAUCUACUGUUUUCCUUGCUGCUCUUGUUUGACAAUGCCUGGCUAUGUGAAGGUUUCAGAGUCAUCUUGUCUGGCUUUGUAUCUCUGUCUGGCUUUGUAUCCCUUCCACUUACAUUAUGGCUGUGAACACACCAUACAUUUGAAGCAUGUUCAAAGUACAUCCUCACCAGAAGAAUCUUGGAGACUGUAGCUUGCCCCUCACAGAACUACAGUUCCCAGUACCCUCAACAAACUACAGUUCCCAGGGUUCUUUAAAUGUGAUUUGAAAUGUAUGGCGUCUAUGUAGCCUGUAUUUCUGCUAGUCAGUCAGUUGGAGGAUUGGCUUUGAGGAUGGAAAGAUGGAAUCUGCAAAUGUUUUAUUUAUUUAGAACAUUUCUUUUAAGGCAAGGCAGCUUACGUAAAAUACAGUGCCAUAACUGGGAACACUUCCUAGUGAAAUCAAACAGGCACCUACAAUUAUAAUGUUUCCUUACCUGCUGAAAAAGUUUCUGCUUUUCCCCAAGUGUUGCUCGUUUUGUUCUGUAUGUAAUGAUUUUACACCAUUAUGUUUUUAUGAUUUUACGGUACAUCGCCAUGAUUCUUUCCUUUCCUUGGCAGUUUAUAAAUGUCCUUAUAAAAUAAAUAAAUGAAAUAAAAUAAAUAUUUUGUUUUAAAAGACGUUUGAAGACAAGAGCUGACCAUUAUGAAUUAACCAAUGCAAAAUAGUUUUAGAUCUGCAGCACUAGAAAACCUUUAAGAGAAAGCAGCUGAGCUAAGUGGAUUUGCCUACAAAGGUGGGUUCAUAUGCAAGUCAUUCUUUGUAUGCAGUAGGUCUCUGACAUCUCUACUUAAAAAGCUCAAGUAGCCAGUGAUGCAAAACACCUCUUUCUGUCUCAGCUCCUGGAGAGCUGCUGCCAGAUCAUAGUGGUCUGGAUGGACAAAUAGUCUGACCUGGUAUAAGGCAUCUUCCUAACACAGAACAAGAGAGACAGCUUUUCUUUAUUUCUAUCUCCACUGUACAGGUAAUUAAAUAUUUCUGUAUUUCCUUUCUGUGUAGCUGAGGAGGUGGAUCAGCCAUCACAAGAUGCUGGAAUGGGGGCUGACGUUCUGGAAUCUGGUGACAUGACACCUCCUUCCAAGAGAAAAAGCAAGUUUUCAGGUUUUGGCAAGAUCUUUAAACCUUGGAAGUGGAGAAAAAAGAAAAGCAGUGGCAAGUUUAAGGAGACUUCAGAAGGUAAUACACUAAACUUUUGUAUCCGCUUCUUACCAAGCCUAUGAGGGUUCUUUGCAAUGGAAUGGAUUUGUCCUUCUUGGGUCCCACCUUUCUCAGCUGCUUUCGCAAAAUUCCAGAAUUGGCCCGUAUCAAAUCUUAAACUUAAAUUUGAGAAGUAAUCUACACUCAUGCAAGGGAACAGCUGUUUUUGCAACUGUCUCUCUCAAGUUGUACUUCAUCACAUAAUGGUCAUGGAGGCCCCUAAAUGUUUGGAGAAGGCUGGUGGUGAUGGUGGUGGAAUGGAGCUGUAAAAGAUGUCAUACACAGUGAUGUGGGACAGAAAAUGUUCCUUUUCACAAAUUUAGGAAAACCCUCAAAACUGGUCAAACAUUAGGGACUGAAGCCUUGAGCAAGGCACAAUCACAGACAGAGGUUCUCUUGAAAAGAUGUUUGGGAACUACUUUUCGUAAAAGUAAAGGCUAUGUGCUUUUAGCAAUAAGAUGCUGCUAGCCCCUUUUCUUGCAGAGAUAUGGUUUGGGGGAAAUAGUUUGGGUCCCUCCUAGUGUUUUAGAUAAGCACAAACAGUCCGGACUCUCUAGUAGUUUAACAUUCAGCCCUAAAAAAAACAGUCACUUAGGCCACAUAUGGUGUCUUAAAGGAUUUUUUUUUUUUCAAAAUCUCCGACUUGCCCUGUAUUCUGAGUGCUGGUUUUUUUCUCCAAUGUAAUGUCAGUUUUAGAACGAAAGAUUUCAAUGCGAAAGCCAAGAGAGGAGCUCAUUAAAAGAGGGGUUCUGUUGGAAGACCUUGAACAGGGUGAGUUUACCCGUCUUCCUUUGUCCACCCUACACUGCCCAUUCUGAUUCUCCAGUAAACCUCACCUCUGGGAUUCCAUGCCUGUGUGCAGCCCCCACCCUGCCAUUUCCGCCCCCACCCCACCCCCAUCAGUUACAUGUGAUUCUUUCUCCUUGUUCUGCCUUUUAAACUUUUCCCACUGUAGACAUUGCUCAUUUUUGGAGGUGAACAGCUGUUUUAUUUUGUUCCCUUCCCCAAAGGGACCCCAUGUGACAUUUUAGCCCCAACCACAUUCCUAUGAGGUAGUUUAGCUUGGGAGGCUGUGUCUUGCCAAAGUUCACGUAGUGAGCUCUGUAGUAAAGGUUUUCUCUUGGAUUUCAUGUGCAUAUGGUAAAGAGAAAGAAGCAUAGCCUAGUGGCUUUGCAUAAAGAAGGUUGCAGGUUCAGUGCCGAAAAUCUGCAGGUAAGUCUGGGCAAAAGGAGCAUGUAUUGCUUAUCAAUGCUCAGCAGAAGUGUGGGUGGGGUGGGGAGUUUGAAACUCUGGAAUAGCUCCUGCCAGUCAGUGUAGGACAUACUAAGCUAGAUGGAUCACCAAGCAGGAAUAUCAGGCAGCUUCUUAUAUUCUAAAGCAGAUGCUCAGACAAGUCCCUGCUUAAGUGUGGCUGCUUGGCUACAGCAUGGCAAUAAUUGGUUGUCGUUUUACUAGAGGCAGGAAGGUCUGAAGCAAAUUGGAGUACAAAUAACUUGGACUUCCUCCCCUCUAAGCUAGGCUGAAGGACAGUCUCAGGAGGGGGGCUAAGCAAAGUCGUGUUCUCAGAGUCUUUUUCUCACGCUUGCAGAUCUUUGUCUCUCAUCUGCCAUGAUUUUUACACUAAAAAAAACUUGUGCAGACCAAUACAUCACCAUGAACACAGCUUCCCUAACGCCGCUGCACCUCACCCUUGCAGUCUUCUGCAGGAAAAAGUUCAGGCUGGCUAAGCUCAGUGUGUUGUUUUCUUCCAGCUAGGAAGUGUACUCCUCUGCAUUGUGCUAGUGGGGAAAGACACCCUGUUCUGAGCUAUGGGGAAUUUUGCAAGGAGCAAGCUGGACACAUUUUUUGCAUGCAGUCAAACCAUUAAACUGAAUCGUACUCUGUAGAGGCCUUAGCAUAAUAGUUAAUCCAGCCCUGCCCACAGGAAAAGAUAGCAAAGGAAAUACCCUUUCCUCUUAGGUUCUCAAUAGAAUGAGAGCUUAGUCCCCCUUCCCUUCCUAGCCCUCCCCUCUGACUCUAAAAGAGAUGGGUGGAGGGGAAGAAAGAUAACAUCAGCCUUGCUGUUGGAACAGAGCCUGCUGAUUCUGGUUGUUUUGCUCUCAGCCCUGCCAUAGAGACACUUGAGUGCCUAGGCAACAGCUGGCUAAUUGUAAGUGGGAGCCACAGAAGACCAGUUUCCUUUAUACUUCAUAUCCACAUAAUCUCUUAUCCUCCUGCACCACAGAGUGUCCUCUGGUAAUCCAGUUUGAGGAGGAUGAUAGCUGUAGAAGGGGAACAACCAUUUUAGUGGAAUUUCUAAAUUUUUAGAAUGAGUCUUCUUAUAUCUUGAUGGGUGGUUGAAAAUAACUUUGAACCUCUACAAUUUAGAGUUAAGAACAGUAUAGCUGCUUCACAGAUUUGUUUCAAUCUCUUUGUUUUAGGGACUAAUUUUUCUGCUGAAGGAAUAAACUCUGUAUAUUUUUUAGAAAGAAAGAGAGACAGCAACAUGCUUUUGAAGCCCUCCCAGCUGGCAAAAAUAAAACCUAGGCAGCUUUCUCCAGCUUGGUGUCCUCCAGAUGUUGUUGGCUUACAACUUCCAUUUAGUUAUUUAAGUAUUUAGAAUCAUAGAAUUGUAUUGUUGGAGGGGACUCUGAGGGUCAUCUAGUCCAAUCCCUGCAAUGCAGGAAUCUCAGCUAAAGCAUCCAUGACAGAUGGCCAUCCAACCUCUGCUUAAAAACCAGCAAAGAAGGAGAGUCCAUCACCUUUAUAUAUAGCCCUCUCACAAAACAUCAGGGUGGCAUACAGUAACAUUUAAAAAGUUUAAAAAACAAUGCAGAACAGUUUUUUAAACGACUCACUACACGUCCCUAACCGGUGGGCAUCCUGAUUGGGGCUAAUACAAGUCAGAGUCUGCCAACAACUAGAGGGCACCAGGUUGCAGAAGGCUGGACUGUAAUGAGUGAGCUUGAAGGAGCUUGUGCUUCCUGACUGUCCUUUGGAGAACUUUAAUUCCAGAUGUGGGUUCUGUGGACAUUCACACAAAUUCAGAGGUGGGAGGGUGUUUGUGCUCCUUCCUACCUUGAGCUUAUCUUCCAGAUCCUUUUCCUAGUUACUGCUACGCUCCUUUAUCCCAUUCAUAUAGGUUUUAGUCUUCAAAGAACAUAUUUCAUUGCAUCUACCAUCCCUCACAAAAACGACUCGUUUCUUCACUCUCUCUUAUCAGCUUUCAGUUUUAGAAGCCAUCAUAUGUCAGAGGCUUUUUGCUUUGCCUUUGUAGGGCAUUGCAUCAAAAGCCAUUGCCUUUAUAUGUUGCCAGGAUAAUUCUGCCUUAAUUUCCUCCUUAAACUGAAGCAUGCUGAGAAAUUGGAAGCAGAAAAAAGUACCGGGGUGGUGGGUAGCGUGGCGGAAAAGCCCAAAUCAACCCCCACAGAAAGCCAAAAACUCGGAACAGUAUAUGACAAAAAUUGUUGCUAAUUAAUGGUACGUAUACCUGUUGAUUGAGCAACUGAUGUUUGUGUACAUUGGUGUAAUAUGAUAAGUACAUUGAGAGAUAAAGCUGAACUACGGCAGGCAAUUUUAAAACAUUUAAAAUCUUCCAGGCAUGUUAAAUGGGGGUUUGUUUCUUGAAUUUAUCGUAGUUUUUUUUUUUAAAAGCAAACCACAACAACUCACUCUCAGUUGCCCAAAGUAAACCAAACUUGGAACAAAUUGAGUCAAGAGGUAAAUCGGAGGUAGAGUAAGAAGAGGAGCCUCUUGAGAACUGGGGGCUUGUUUCUGCUGUUGCUCGGUCGCUGACAUAAUUAGACAGUAGUAGAUCCAAGGAAGAGAGGCAAAUAGAACAGUGCUUCAAAAAGUAAUAUAUCGCUUGUCAUUAGAGGGAAUGACUGACACUUUAUUAUUCCUCUUCCUCUUUACUGCUUCUUUUAAAUGUAUUUUUCUGGCUUGGGGUAUGUGCAAAAUUCCUGCGUGAGUUUCGGCUAUUAUUAUUUUUUAAGUGCAGGAAGGAGAUCUUACCAGGUGCAAAAGUUGCUGCUAGGGAAAACACAACAACCCCUCAUAUUGGCAGAGAAUGAAUGUGGUGACUUUCACAUAUAUUAUAGCCAAGGAGGGAAGGCUUAAACCUCCCUUCCCCAUGCGAUGCAAUCUUGAUGACAAUUGGGCUCCUUUCUAAAAACACACAGUGUUAAUGUCAACGUGUAGUUAGGCUGUUGGGGCUGCAUGUGAUUUUCUCGGAAAAGGUAGCACUGAUACGAGUGGCAGACCUGCUGCUGCUCUAGCAAAGGCCCGAUGUUGCCACCCUCUGGAUCUGGCCUUGCCCUGGGCUGCUGCACCAAAUGCUGACAGUUCAAGAAGAAUUAAGCACAAUACAUGAGAAGAUGUGGAACGUUAUUUAUUCAAGUCUCACUUCCUAGCACAACCCUCAGGGUGCUUUCAUUAAGAAUACCGUGUUAAAAGGACCUGCAACACAGGGCCCUGGCAGAUGUGUAUGCAGGUGCUCUUGGGGUGCAAUUCUGUGUCAUUGAAUGUAAAAAAAUGUGAAUUUAUGAGUUGGCAAAGCAAUUGAGGAAACUUGUUCCCUCCAAACCAGAAUAAGAUUAAGUAUUUUUCUAGUCAGUGUUAUGUGACUGUUCAUUCAAGGUCUUGCACUUCUUUCCCUGCCCCCCCUCCCUGGUUUGACUUAUUUUUAAGAGGUUUUUUUUUAAGAGUGGCUACAAAAUAGAGAAGCAUUGUUGCCUGUACAUUUGAAGUUCAAGAGCUGCAAAGUUUACAUUUCUUGAGCAGUUUCUUUUAGCAUUUCCCUUUGCUCCCCCAUUUCCUUUCACAGUGCAAAAUAAAUAUUGAACUUGGAUGCAAAGGUCUUCUAUGCAUAUAUAUUUUUGCCAAGUCUACGUACGUAAUAAAUAGAAAACAUUUUUCUAGAAACAGAGCAGGUUACACAUCCCUUUAAUUUGGAUUGAAAUAUUGCCUGUAACUUAAAAGUUUCCAUGUUUUAUCAAACCAACCAGUAAGAGGUGGCAGAUGCUUGCCUUUUGAUCUAUCCACCACUUGCUGUUUAGACCCCAUUAAUGAUGAAAAGAUUAGAUACCUGGCAAGGCUCUUGUGGAUUUGUGCACAAAUGCUUGAACCUUAACACAAAUAGGUCGAUUAAAAAUAAAUAAUGCUUUAUGCCUGUAUCUUGGACCACUUUGAUAUUAUAACCAAUAGGCUGCAUCCUGCUAGCUUUGUAUUUAACUAUGUUCUAAUCGGAGUAGGCCUAUUUAAAUCAAUCAACCCAAGUUAGCCAUGUUCAUUAAUUUCGAUGGGUCUAAUCUGAGUAUAGCUAACAUUGGAUGCCACCUUUUGUCUUAAAUUCUCUUUGAAUCAUAGAUCUUUAUUGUAGCUAUCCAGGGGACUCUUAGCUCUUUUCUAAUGAGAAUAACACUAACAGGGAAAGCUUUGGACUCCAGUUGUUGAACCCAGACAGUGGGGAAAAGCUUCCCACCUUUGUCAAGGCUAGAGGCACAUUAUGAAUUCUUUGGGGUUGCUGGCUGCUGUCUCUGAGUUUCUCUGGUGUUUAAUUAGAAUAGAUGAAAGCUCCUAGGCUCUAUAGCUCCAUCAGUUGCAGUGUGACUGCAUUCCUCUGUAAGCUUCCCAUGUCAGGUCUAAAUAAAUAGGGCCCUCAGCCUUUUGACUGUGUUGAAGAAAAAUGUGCUAGAAAAUGAGAAGGGCUGCCCCAGCUGCUAUACUUGGGAUUCCCCCACCUGUGUCAUGACAAAUGGACCAGAUGUUAUUUUACCCUAACAACGCCACUCAUCAAUCCUUUUUACUUGUAGAUAUUAUCACAGAAUCAUAGAAUUGUAGAGUUGGAGCUCAAGGGUAAUCUAGUCCAAGCCCUUGCAAUGCAGGAGUCUCAGCUAAGGCAUAUUCAAAGGUGCCUUCUUUCUUUAAAUCCCAGCCACCAAUAUUUAUUCCUCAGCCACCACCUGCAGACUCGGUGUUUUCCUGGCAGGCUUGUUGCUACAUGGUAUGUGCACCUUUUCCUUCCUGGCCAAUUUCCUGCCUCGAUCUUCAGGCCUGUGCUUUUCUUAAUUCUUAUUUAUUUAAUCUAUCUCCCCCCACAACCAAAACAGAUGAGGAGGAGCCAGACAAACUCAGCCACGAUGCCUUGAAAAAUGGACACACUAUCCCCAUUGACGGUUCUGGGAUUGUCAACCUUGCACACUUGGAGGAAGAGACUGGAAAAAGAGCAAGCCUUAAGAAGCCUGUUCCAUUAGAGGAGCUGAAGAAAUCACAAGGUGAGAAACUGGGAUGCAGGAGUGGUGGCUCUCUGAGAAGUGUUUUUCAUUAACUAUCAGGCUUUCACUGUGAAAAUACCAGUUUUGGGUCUCUCCUGUGGAGCACACCCACCCAUGAAGAUUCCCUCAUUCUCACGCAAGUUUCUAACACAAGCGACUCACACCUUCACUUCCAGGGGGUUAGCCCCACCCAAUUUAUCUCUCUUAUUAUCAGACGUUCUGUCUCCUCCUGCCCACGCUUUGCUGGUGAGUGCCAGCCUUCACCUUGAACUCUAGUUUGGAAAUUGGAAGAAACCUUUUAAGUUUCCUCCAACAAACAGCACAUAAAUAACUGCAAAGACUUUCCAAUGCAGCUUCCCCACCCCUUUCCAGGGACAAUUGUUUAAUGCUUAAUCAGAAUUCUUUGGAACUGUUGGGUGGAAACUGAGAACAGUGCAUAGGAUCCUUUUCCUGACUACUAGGAAGAGGCCCUCUUUGAAAACUCAGCACUUUUAGAAUGCUCUUCAAUCUGUGGUGCCAUAAAGGCAAGGCUGGAGCAGGAGGUAGAAGUUCAGUGCUUCACUUAGCAGAAUGAGCAGAAGGGUCCCCAAAUGCAGCAGGUCUGGCUAACUAGAUUCUGAAGAAAUGAGCAUUGCCAUUUAAAGAGGGCUCCCUCAAUAAAACAACUAAAUCCAGAGUUUAGGUAAAGGGACCCCUGACCAUUAGGUCCAUUCGUGACCGACUCUGGGGUUGCAGCGCUCAUCUCUCUUUAUUGGCCGAGGGAGCCGGCAUACAGCUUCCGGGUCAUGUGGCCAGCACGACUAAGCCGCUUCUGGUGAAACAAGAGCAGCGCACGGAAACGCCGUUUACCUUCCCACCAGAGUGGUACCUAUUUAUCUACUUGCACUUUGACGUGCUUUUGAACUGCUAGGUGGGCAGGAGCAGGGACCAAGCAAUGGGAGCUCACCCCAUCGCGGGGAUUCGAACCGCCGACCUUAUGAUCAGCAAGUCCUAGGCUCUGUAGUUUAACCCACAGUGCCACCCGCAUCCCUAAUCCAGAGUUUAAUAUCACCUAAUUCUAUUGCUGUUUCAUUGGGGAAGGGUCACAGGUCAGUGGCGGAACAUCUGCCUUGCAAGCAGAAGAUCCCCCGUUCAAUCCCUGGCCUCUCCAGGCAGAAAUAGGAGAAACCCCCUGUCUGAAACCCUGAAGAGCCACUUCCAGCCAGUGUAGACAAUACUGAACUGGAUGAACCAAAGAUCUGAAUCAGCUUAAGGUUGCUUCCUGUUUUCCGAUAAGUGGAGGCACUUAUUAGUUUAAGCCAUUUCCAUCUCAUAUGAUGGCAGCUUACAAGCAAGUUUAAUUUUGAACACGAAACCUAAAAACAUUCCAAAAAAUGUGCCAUGUACAAACAUGCCACAAAACAGUUGGUGAUGGCAGGGUGUGUGUUCAUAUAUGCAUGUAAGGAGUGCCUGAAGAGACUCCUGGGGUGCUAUGAGGUGAUGCUAUCACUAGAGCAAAGCAUAGCUACGGUUAGCAUAUUAAUAAUACUACUCACUGAUUUUCAUAAAUGCUUAAAUUUCAGGAUAUCCCUGCUAAGGUUCUAAGUCAGGGAUGGAGAAGCUUCAGGCCCUCCAGAAAUUGAUGGAUUCCCUCUCCCAUCAUCCCCAGGCAACAUAGCCAAUGGUCAGGGAUCAUGGAGUCCAACAAUGUAUGGAGAGGCACAGUUUCCUCGCUGUAAAUACAGGAACUGGGAAACUGUUGCUGGUUUUGAUCUGUAUCACACACAGAGGCAUGCAAGGUCUUAAACACUGUACUGACGAUUACUGGUUGGCAUGGCUGGCAGAAACCAGUAUGGACUAUGGUAUCUAUGCAGUCUAUGGUAGUUUUUUAGGCUCCCUGUGCUGGAGGUGUCGUGGGUAGGAACCUUCAGCUGCUGUGUCCAAUCAGGAGUGCAAAACAUACUGUGUGGAUAUGCUCUUGGCUUGUAGCCACCCAAAGAGAGUGGUGUGAGGCACCUUAAGGCCAGCUGGUUUACAGUAGCCAAUGCUUUUGUGGGCACUAAUCUUUCCCCUCAGCCUGGUGGCUGCUAGAUGCUUUGGCUGUGCUUGCUGGGGCUGGUGAGAGUUGGAAUCCAAAAUAUCCGGAGGAUACCAGGCGAGAAAGCUACAUUAGAGGCAGAUGGUCCAUGUUAUAUAGGAAGUAAGUUGUGGUCCAAACCUUCAUACUCAGCAGAAAGAUGAAUUAGUCUCUAAGAUGCCACAACCCUCUCCUUCAUGUAUGUAAGAAAGCUCAUGGGUUUAUGUCAAGUGGGCAGAUAACAGUACUUUUAAAAGGUUUGGCUCCCUUUAAUGAUGUUCCCUAUAAUGGUCAGAGAGCUACCCUGAGAUGAGAGGUUCUUUUCUAGGUAUUGUCAUAAUGUCGCUGAAAACAAAAGCAAAAUACGUUUCAUUGCAGGAACCUUGGACGGCCAUCCCAAUUCAGAAGUGGAGCACCACCACCAUCAUGAUUCUCAUGCUCCUAAACAGCCUCUGCUUCCCCCGAAACGACCUUUGUCAUCCUCCUCUCAGGAAACAAGCAACGUGCAGGCGAGGGAUCUUGGUCUUCCCAGCAGCACCGCAAGGACUAUGCCUUCCUCCACAGUUGCGGCUGCCACCAGCACAGCGAAAGGGGUCAAUUUUUCCACUGCUCCCUCCCCAGCCCCUAGGACUGUACCCUCUGCUUUCACAAAUGCUCGCACUACUGCUGCUACGAAUGCUACCACGGCAGCACCAGCCAAGCAACCCCCUGUUCCACCUCCCAAGCCAAUGAAUAGGAAUAGCAACCCCUUAAUAGGUAAGUGGCUCUUCUUUGUGUAUGCAAUGUGCCUUGUUCCAUCUCCAGGCCCUUCCUUGAUUCUUACUGCAGUUGUAAUUGAUACGAGCUCAGUGUGGAUGGGGCAAAGUCUGAAGACAAAGCACCAAAUAUAUAUAUAAUCACUCAGUUUUCCACAUUUUUCUUUUGCUUUUUAAUGUCUGUACUUGUCCUUAGAUUAGCACAUUUAUUGCGGUAUAAGUCUACAAGGGCUACUUCAUCAAAUGCAUGAAGUGUUAUGCUGAGAUACAGGAAAUAAUUGUUUCACUCUUGUCUAUUUGUUACCAAUUGGGAGUGGAUCAUGGCACACAUGCUCUGGAUCUUUUAUUUUUCUGAAUGGAUCUGGUUUGCGUUCACGCUCUACACAGUCUCUUAUUCCUUUCUCUUGCUUUGCUAGGCCUCCUGAUGCCACUUUCCUUUCUUCUUAUACCUCUGUUGUAAGUAUCUUAGGAGACUUUUCCAAAGACACAGCACUAGAACUUGGAGCAUAUAAGAUCAUCUUAAAGAAGUUUGCGUGUAAGAGAGAAAGAGACAGUGAGGCAGUCCUAACCUCUCAAGCCUCUGUGCUUUAAUAGGUUACCCUCCUGGGUAACAUCAGGAAUAAGAUAUAUCUUUAAUUGGCUGUGAAGUUUGCUGUUCUUUUGGCAUGGCCACCAUGAGCAGGACUGUUCUGUGACUUAGACUCUUAACUGUCCUACCUUUUCUGCAGUGCUCCCGGUAACUCAUUCCCAUUCCAAACAGCAAGGAUCCAUUGCAUAAGCCUGUGGAAAUGUGCCAUGUACACAGCACAGCUCAUCACAGGCCAAGCAUGAACAUGUAGUAAGACACUACUGCAUGCAUGUAGGUGUGUGUACUUGUGUAGUGUUCAUCCUGCAAGUCUACAGCUGUUCAUGGGAUUUCAAGCUGUUCCUCCCUCUAGAUGCUGGUCAGGUUUUAGAACUCUUAGUUCUCUGAAGCAAAGCAUUUUUUGUGUUCGCUUCAUAUAUUGUAAAGGAUAGGUGGGGAAUAUGCGGCCCAAGCCAGUGCUGUAUUUCCCAAUGUGUCUCUUAACAUAGUUCAAAGGUAUAUCAACAAAGCCACUCACCUGAGCUGUUUAGAAAUGGAAUGCCAUGAAGGAAGAAAGGCAAGGGAAUGUAACCAACAAGAGCAGGUUGCCAUAAGCUUUUCGGAAAGAAUGUCUGUAGCACUCACAGCCUGGCAGUAUAUAGGGAAGGGCUAUGCAACACCUGCGGUUUGAGGGUGUGGGGAGAAGGAGGGGUGAAACAUAAACAGAUCUUCCAAGACUGCACCUGUUCCUGCUCACCUGCUGAGAAUUCGCAGUGGGAGUGUGUGGUAGAUUUCGCAAUCCUACUCUGAACGCACAUGUACUCACAUUGUAAGGUGUAGUGUGCCUUUUGUUUCUGACAAACAAGGUAAUGAUAGCAGGAAAUUCUAUACUGUAUCGCUUGCGGAGCCCUACCUUACAAUCUCAUAUGAAGGGAAGAGCAUAAAUAGAAAGCGAUGAGAAAGGACUUGGCAAGAUAGCACCUGGGAUUGGGGUGUGUGUGUGUGUGUGUGUGUGUGUGUGUGUGUGUGUGUGCGCGCGCUGGGGGAUGCAUGGAAAUAGAACUUCAGAGACAAAAAUGGAUUGGUCUGUAGGUAUAGUUUUGAUCAGGCUUCCUGAAGCAUGUGACUCUCCAGAUGUUGUUAGACUCCAGCUUCUAACACCCCAGCCCAUUGGUCAUGCUGACCAGGACCGGAAAGAGUGGGAGUCUAGCGACAUCUAGAAGGCACGAAGUUUGGGACGACUGACUCAGAUAAUACAAAGAGGACUUGCAUCAUCCCAUGGAAAUAAACAUGGCACACUUGUGGAUGAAACCCUAGGGAAUGAAAACACUCUUUACUAAAAGCAGAAACCAGAGCCAUCAGACAACACAGUAAGCAAGGAGGUGACCCAGCUUCCCAUGUUAAUAUGAAGUAUGUAGGCAUCCAUGUUAGAAUAUUGAUGUGGUGAAUCAGGUGUGUAUGAAAUCUUCUGGUUAAGUCAAUACAUAUGUAAAAAGGGGGGCGGGGGUAAGGAGUAGUAGGGUGUAGUCUGUCCUUCCCCUAGAACCUGUUUGGGCUGCCACAGGGAGGAACAUGUCACAAUUUGAGCUUUUGCUAUAGAGCUUGAUGUGAUCAAGAAAGCCCCAGGAGAGGCAGAAAACAAAGGGCUAAGAUAAUAUUUAUGAAUGAGUGAUGAGCAGGGAUUAAAUCCUGCAGCCUUGACUGCAUUAUCUUGUUCCCUGCUCUCACAUCCAGUGUCGAAUUACAUCCCAUCAUCCUGCCCAUCAGCUGAUGUAACAAGGCACUUCAGUUGAUGGGCAGGUGGAUGUGGUUUGGGGCAAACAGCAUUGUGGACCAAUAUUGGACCUGUGGUGGGCCAAAAUUGGCCUGUGGACUGGAAAUUACCUUGCUGUAGAAUAAUAGGUAAAAAUCCAGUAUACAGUGUAUGAGUGUGAUCUAAAGCUGUCAUUUUUCUAUACAAGGUUGUUGCUUUCUCUUAAUUUUUUGAGAUGGAGGUAAGUUGAGGAACUGAGGCUGAGAGAGUGACAUCCCAAAAUUAUAACAGGGGUUUGAUCACAGAUCUAAAUCUAACGGUUAUUAUUAUUUAUUAAAUGCCUUUACACCCCACUUUUUAAGAGUAAAACUGUCACAUUGCAGCUUGGCUGUUUUGGCUGGGGUUGUAGUCCAAAACAGCUCGAGAGCACCAUGUUGGGGAAGGCCAUGGUUUCCUUAACAAACCACAAGUUUAUCAGGAGCUUCCCCACAGAUGAUCAAAGAAACCAUGGCCUGUAUCUCCAAAGUUUCUUUUGUUUUCCAGCUUCACCUGCCCCUUGUGGCUAUAUAGUUGAGUGAGCACCUGGGUCAGAUGUGGGAAACCUUUGGCCCACUGGAUGUUUCUGAACUACAUCUCCCAUCAGCUCUAGCAGGCAUGGCCAGUGACUAGGCAUGAUGGGGGUUAUAGUUCAGCAGCAUCCAGAGGUACCCCACAUGCGGCCAAACAAACCAUGGUUACUGAAGGGUGGUGGUUUUGCAUCUAGUGCCAAGCCAUCUUAAGGUUUGCAAGUCAACAAUGAAAACAUGACUUUAGAUUGUGGUUUGUUUGCAUUAAACAUAAUUAAGCCACCGGGCAGCGUUCAGUUGAUCAAACAAACCAUAGUUUAAGAAACCCUCAUUGAAUAAAUCAUGGCUUGGUUAACUAAGCUAGCGAAACAUUAACAGCCAAACCCUGUAAAUUAACAGUGUGUAAACAGCAGCACCUAAAUAUAUGAGGCAAGAAAAGAGGAAAAAGCCAUCAAUAAAAGGAUGAGUAGGAAAAACAAAACUUUAUAGUUCCAUUCAUUAUCCGUUCAACCUUGCUGGCUCUCUGCCCCAUUUGUCUGCCAAUGACCUGUAAAAAGGUAAAGGACCCCUGUCCAGUCGUGGCCAACUCUGGGGUUGCAGCACUCAUCUCACUUUAUUGGCCGAGGGAGCUGGCAUACAGCUUCCGGGCCAUGUGACCAGCAUGACUAAGCCGCUUCUGGUGAACCAGAGCAGUGCACGGAAACGCCGUUUACCUUCCCGCCAGAGCAGCACCUAUUUAUCUACUUGCACUUUGACGUGCUUUCGAACUGCUAGGUUGGCAGGAGCAGGGACCAAACAACGGGAGCUACCGACCUUCCAAUUGCCAAGCCCUAGGCUCAGUGGUUUAGACCACAGCGCCACCCAAUGACCUGUAGGUACCUGGCAAAUUGUUUUCCAUUGGGGUAAGGACUGAAGGCAUGGAACGAUCCUGCCUCUUUCCGGAAUUUGCCUGGUCUGGGUCCCCUUUGUGUGAUCUGGGGUGCUUGCUGUAACCAUUCCUAACAAGUGUUCCUCUCUUCUCUUCUAGCUGAAUUGACUCAAGCGAUCAGUAGCGGCACAGCUUUGUCUAAGCCUUCUCCGCCUUUGCCUCCCAAGAGAGGCAUCCCAUUAAACUUGCCUUCAUCCCUUGAAUCGGCUGCUGCUCCCAAGUCGCCUAAUGAAAGGUCGUCCUACCCUUCCUCGAUACCGGCGCACAUGCUGCCACCUCACCCACCGCCUUCUCCUUCGCCACCUCUGCCUUCGCACAUUCCUCCUGAACCCGCCCAUGUCCCUUCCUCCACCCCUGGGGCAGAGCCUCCCCUUCCCUCCGAACUGCGGGCGGAAACCCCGCAGGAAGGGCUCUCCGUGCUAGAUGCAGGCAAGAGGAUGACUGAGCAGGGCUUUGGAGAGCCUCGGAUGCCUUCACGGCUGCCCCCGCUCCCGCUCCACAUCCGCAUCCAGCAAGCGCUGGCUAGCCCCCUGCCAUCAACGCCGCCAGCAGAAGGCUCACACAGGGCACACUCGCUCCUGUUUGAGAACGAAGGCUCCUAUGACGACAACGGGACCCUGGGCAGAACGAAGUCACUGCCAGUUACUAUUGAGAUGCUGAAAGUGUGAGUCCCACUUGAAAUUGCUGGUGUGGAGCUCUGUGCAGUCCGUUUGUUCUUCUAUUUCCUACUUCAAGUCUCUCGGCUGCUGCAUGCCCAACACUUUAUUGAAAUAGUCUAUUUCUGAACUCUUAUUUACUUAUUUUUAUUUAUUACAUUUAUAUACCGCCCUUCAUCAAAAAAUCUUAGGGCAGUUCCCAAAAUAGAAAUGCAAGUUAAAAGCACAAAUAAAUAGUUAAAACAGAAACAAUAAAAUAAUAACCCCACUCCCCUCUCACAAGCACGUUUAAAAGGCGGUAGAAUAUUAAUCAGUUGAAGGCCUGGUUGAAAAGGAAGGUUUUUGCCUGGUGCCCAAAGAUGUAUAAUGAAGGUGCCAGCAGAACUUCCAUAGGGAGGACAUACCACAAAUGGGGAGUCACACAAAGAACCAUGUGAUGCAUGAGCACCAAAAUCCUUAAUGCUCAACGUGGUAUUAUUAUUUUAUUACAGUGGUACCUUGGUUCUCGAACUUAAUCCGUUCUGGGAGUCCUUUCGACUCCCAAAACCAUUUGAAAACCAAGGCGCAGCUUCCAAUUGGCUGCAGGAGCUUCCUGCACUCAAGCGAAAGCCAUGUCGGAAGUUCGGCUUCCGAAAAGCAUUCGCAAACCAGAACACUUGCUUCCAGGUUUGCGGCGUUCGGGAGCCAAAACGUACGAGUACCAAGGCAUUUGAAAACCAAGGUACGAUUGUAUUAACUUGCCUAGGUAUAGUCUUUCUUGGGCUGUUCAGUCCUAAGCAGCUUCUGGAUGUUUGUUUUACAUGGCAUAAAGGAUAACUUCUGCCUCUUCAACCAGGCCUUGGGCUGAUUGACAUCCAAUGCCCUUUUAAAAGUGUUGUGGGAGGGGGAUUAUUGGUUGCUGUUCUCAUUUUUGUUAAGCAUUUUGUGGUUUUUAUAUUGUAAUUUUAUGUUGUGAACCGCCCUGGGAUCUAUGGAUGAAGAGCGCUAUACAAAGUUAAUUAAUCAAUCAAUUAAUUAAUUAAUUAAGUACAGUGGUACCUCGGGUUAAGUACUUAAUUCGUUCCGGAGGUCCGUUCUUAACCUGAAACUGUUCUUAACCUGAAGCACCACUUUAGCUAAUGGGGCCUCCUGCUGCUGCUGCUGCCGCGCCGCCGCUGCGCGAUUUCUGUUCUCAUCCUGAAGCAAAGUUCUUAACCCGAGGUACUAUUUCUGGGUUAGUGGAGUCUGUAACCUGAAGCGAAUGGAACCUGAAGCGUAUGUAACCCGAGGUACUACUGUAUAAUUAUAACAGCUUAUGAAGGUGUUCACAAGUGGGGCAUGAUUUUAAUAUCCAGCACUCUGAGCCCUGAAAAUAGAGCUUGGCAGGCAGUAUGAAAUCUGUAAAGCAUGUUUGUGUAAUACACACUGACUAGUCAUUGCAGGGGGAAAUGGUUGCCAGAGUUGUGGGCAGCUUGCUGUCCCUCCUCCCUCCAUCAGCCCUGACCCUUGGUCAUGCUGGUGCCAAUGACAAUUGCAGUCCCAAACAUCUGGAGGGCACCAGGUUGGGAGAAGCCACUGGUGGUUAAUUGCUCUUCAGGUAUCGAGGCCAGAAAGGAGUCCCGAAGUGUAACCAUAAGUUUCUACUGAAUCAAGGCCAAGGGAAGGAAAUAAAACCUUGAUGCAUGCAAUUGCACGCUUGUAGAAGGCUGACCUGGAGUGCUUUGUUUUAAAAAUCACAAUUGUGUGCCUUUCUGUUAGUCCAGACGAUGAUGAAGAGGAGGAAGGUGUCCAAGAGGAUGUGCAUCAUUCCAAUUCCCAUGUUUACAUUGGAGAGUCUCCCACUGUUACGGUCAUUCCCAGGCUCAGCCUCCAGACAGUACAGGAUGAAGAGGAGGGUCCAAGCGACUCAGACUCCGAGGGACCUAUUCUGUACAAGGAGGAGGAGGAAGAGGAUGAAGAAGAUGACAGCCAUAACAGUAAGGCUCUCACUUUUGGGCAGAACUAACUCCAGAGAGGGCCACAAAAAUGCAGGGGAGAAUUUAACCCUUUCCCUUCUUUGGGACAGGUGCUGUUUGCCUUGGGAGCAGGGAACCCCCCUUUGAUGUCGUGUGUUUCUCCUCUUCUUCAGUGCCAACACUAACUUCAAGGGGGAUGUUUACCUCACAUCCACAGCAGGAGAGGUGCUGUGGGCCCAACUCUGUGGAACUCCCUCCCACUAGAAGUCAGACAGGCCACUGCCCUUGCUGAGUUUCAGACACCUGUUCUAUCUGCAAAUGCUGCUCUGCUGUUUAAAAAAAAUCUGGUGUUAUUAAAUAUCCAGGGGGUUUAAGUGUUUUUGAGGUUUAAUUCAUGUUUUAAGUCCUGUAUAUAUUUAUUUGGAAGCCUCUUCAAGACCUAGAAUAAACAGUGCACCUCUCCUUCCCCACACUUGCUGUGACCCCAUUAAUGAUCAGGGCCCCUCCCUGCAGCUAAUGCAGUGUGUGUGUGUGUGUGUUUAACCAACACACAUAAAUGUUAUGUCAUAUAUACUUCGGCCCUGAGGUGCAAGAUCAAAAAGGCCUAUAUCUGUACAUGCUUUGCAUUAGGAGACAGGUGCUCCUUUGCUUCAGUGGCACAUUCCUCCCGCUUUGUGACUUAUCCAUGCUGCAACUGUCAGCAAAAUAGUAAUGCGAUCUGAAAGUGAGGGUACGGCUGGCUGGGGGUCAGCCACUCUGCUUGUUUUGUGACAAGAUCUCCUUUUCUUUCUCUCUUUCCAAAGCUGCACUAGCCAACAAAGUCAAGAGGAAAGAUACCCUAGCCAUGAAACUGGGCAACAUGGCUCCCAGGCAGGAGCUACCAGAAGAGAACACCACGUUUCCUCGGAAGAGCAAGGAAGAGUGGCAGGAAAUCCGCCAGCAGAUUGGGACGACACUGAUCAGGUAGGAAGGCAGAAGGAAGUGUGCAAUGGGGCCCAGUUAGGGAUUGCGUGGGAAAUGUCCCAGGUAGGUGCCGUUUUCCUCUCUGAAUUUGUACUAAACACAGCCACCCAUCCAGCUGCGGUUCUAGGCAGAUCUUGCACAUCUGGCCUGCCAGCACUGGAAGCAGGAGGACACUUUCUCUGCUUCCUGAAAUCAAAGUCAUUCAGACAUGCUGCUGUUUAAGUAUGCAUUUAUUUCUUGCGUUUUAUAUCCUGCUUGUCCACCGAAUGGUACUCAAAAGUCACUAACCGCAGUAAUGCAAAUACAAGGCAAUGAAAUACAAAAUACAGUAAAACAGGAAUAAAAUAUAACCUUCUUUGCUGUUCUAGAGCUGUGCAGGAAAAGAGCAAUGUGUGUGAGCCUGACACUUUACUCAUUGGGGCUCCAUGGUUUAGUGCUAAACCAUGGUUACGUGCAAACUACCUUAGUGCAAAGAAAGAUGGGGAAAGCCACAGGUUUUCUUGUAGUCUGUGUCAGAGUCUUCUUUUGUGCUUUUGUCCUUAAAGGAUGCACUUGUAAUUUGCCUUUCUGCCCCUGCUUACUCUUAAAUUAGGCGAUUAAGUCAGAGACCAACACCAGAGGAAUUGGAGCAAAGGAAUAUACUUCAGCGUAAGUAGAAGCUUCUCCAUGUGCUUAUUUUCUAAGGAGUAUUCAGAUCAUUUCUAUAGCACUCUGGCUCCGAGGCAUUGUCCCUUGGCUGCUGUCCCAAACACUGUGCUGCUGCAGUGUUGCUUGCUAUUCCUGCCGUGCAGCAUUCUUGCUACCGUACCUGUGAUUUGCAUGGAAAGUUUCAUUUGAAUUUCCAGCAGACCAUAUGCUGCAGUAGGUGAUCUGGAUUGCAAUUAAUGAAUAGCGCACAGGGCAAGCUCUUCCUGCUUGGCAACUGCAGGUGGUAGAACCGCCUUUUGUUGUAGGAAGAGGAGGAAGAGUGCUGUUUUAAUAUGCCAUGCUGUUUUAAUAUGGCGGCCUGCUUUUAAAAAAAUAUUUAUAACGGGUGGGUGGGUUUUUUAGCUGUAUCUGUUUUUAAAUUCAUGUUCUGAGCUGAGAGUUCCACAGCCAUGGCUCUAGCCCCAUAGAAAAAGCCCUACCUGCUAAGGCCUUCCAACCUGAGCCUUCCAGCCUGAGGGAGUCUUCCCCAGGUAACCUAAGGAGGAAGACAUGUGGAGAAGGCGGAGCCCAAGCCAUAGGACUUUAAAUGUAAAACAAACUCCAGACUCUCCGUAAACUGGAUCCAGGAACACAUUGGCAGCCAAUUUAGAUUGUCAGCGAUGUGGGAAUAACAUGAUUCCUGGAGGGUGGGGUGGGGCCAAGCAGGAAAUCAAACUGCCAUGUUUUGCACCAGUUAAAGUUUCUAAACUGUCUUCAGGGACCAGUCCUGUGUAGAAGAAGCAUUUCAGUAAUGUCAUGCUGCUAUGUUCUGUGGACUAAGGCAAUAAAUGCUAUUCUUCUUCCACAAUUCUAGUGAGGGAUUGUCAGGUCAUAAAUCUAGCUGGUUUCCUCUGCUUGGAUUUAUCCAGAGUCAUUUAAUAAACUGUUUCAUGCCAGGAAUGAGUGGUCUAAAGUAAAAUCAGUGGAUCAAAUUGUUUCCAAGGGAACAGCUUUUUGCAUGGAGGGUCAUAAGGAACCUUGCUGGGUGUGGAUGGGCACCCAUAUUACCUUUAUAUAGUAUCAAAUGCACACAUACACACCAAGUUCCUAAUACCUCCUUCAUGCAAGAGACCAAAUCUGUAGACGCACUUGACUGACAGGUGUGUACCAUUCAUAGAUCAAUAAUUGCAACAUUUUAUUUGUUAAUGCUAAACUAUGUUGGGAGGAAAGAGAAGUUUCAGACAGCGUCAAUCAUUUUUCUCUUUCACAGCAAAAAAUGAGGCUGACCGGCAAGCUGAAAAAAGGGAAAUAAAGCGCAGGCUCACCAGAAAGGUAUUGGAGCAUCAUGGGCUGCUGGGAAUUCUGUACUGCUUUAUUAAUAUUUUUUUAAGUUAAAAAAAAGUUUCAUUAAACAUUACAAAGUUAUUUCAUUUACAAACAUAUACAAAGCACAGCGCAGUAUCCACCAAUGUAAUAUUGUAAACACUGCUCUCCUGCAUGUGAAGAGUCAUCUUGUGGCACGGAUCCUGCUCUUCAUGCAUUACCCCACUUUACACGAACUCCCACGUGGCCUCUGCACAGUGGAGCCUGAGAGUCUACAGAGUAGGCUGCCCCAUAUUUCUGAAGAAGAGCAGAAAGGAGACCACCUCAGACCUACCCCUUUUUGAGACUCCGCAAUAGCUCUCCUCUGCAAAAGGUGAUCAGAGAGAGCCCUGCCCCAGAUGUAAUUAAUCCAGGUCAUUCAUAUAUAUAUAUAUAUAUAUAUAUAUGAAUGAUAGGGAAAACCCCCAACCAUACUGAGUUGCCCUAACAAAUGACUUUGUUCACAUUUCCUUCUGCACCAGCUGCACUAGUGGAAGCCAGUGAGCACACCAGGAUUAUGCCUGGGAGGUGACAUUUGCUCCUCAUGGGUUUUGGGUUAAUCCUUAUUUUGCAAGGUUGCACCAAGGCAAGAGGCAUCUUUGGUUUUGUUGACUUAAGUGAGUUUUCUCUUCACAAAACCACUCACCCACCCUGUCCAUACACCACACUCCCUCUUUCCAUACCUGAUUAUUGGGAGGCUUUGCACCAGACAGAUGCACCAAGGCAACGAACACUGUUCCAAGUCACUGGACUGGAGCAGCUACCUGGAUAUGCAGUGCUGCCAUGCUAGGACUUGUGACACUGGAUUGGUGCAGUGCUUGUGCCAGGAUCCACUUUAGCCUUGUGAAGCAGGCCACCUGAUUUCACUUGCAAAUCACAAUUUCUUUCUCUCUCUCUCUGCCUUUUAGCUUAGUCAAAGGCCUACUGUGGCUGAACUGCAGGCAAGGAAGAUCCUGAGGUUUAAUGAAUAUGUGGAGGUAACAGAUGCCCAGGACUACGACAGGCGAGCAGACAAGCCAUGGACCAAAUUAACCCCUGCUGACAAGGUGAGAAAGGCAAAUGCUCUCUCUGCCCAGCCUGUCUCUCCACACUCCUGUCCCAAUGCAUCUCUGCCACCCUCAGAUGUCCAAGGCCUCCUGUCUUCUCAAACGACUUACGGACUGGGGCUGCCUUUCAGAAUACUUGUAUGGCAUUACCUGUCAUUUUCUUCAAAACCCACCUUUUCUGCAAAGUCUUUCAUCCCUGCAGUGCAGUAAUGAAACCCUAGUGUGUGUUUUGUGGCUAUGUGCCUUCUGCUCUGCCUUCCUGUUCCGGUGACCUCCAAAUGUUGUUGCACUCCAGCCCCCAUCAGACCAAGACAGUGUGGCUGGUGAUCAGGGAUUAUGGGAAUUGUAGUCCAAGAACAUCUGGAGAGACACAGGUUCCUCAUCCCUACUUCCCAUCAAAGCUCCACAGUAAGAGGCAGUAGGCUUCUGAAUGCCAGAUGCUGAAAACCGAAAGAGGGGAGAGUACAGUUGAGUUCAGAUCCUGUUUACGGGCUUCCCAUAGGCAUCUGGUCAGUCGCUAUGAAAGCAGGAUGUUGAAUUAGGUUCAGGUAUGUGCAUCUGAAGUAAAUACACGUUCCACCCCUGCCCGUGUCUGUUUGCAGUUCUCUAUUUGCUCACCUAUACAGUCAUACCUCGGGAUAAAUACGCUUCAGGUUGAGCGCUUUCGGGUUGCACUUUGCGGAAGUAACGGAGCGCGUUGCUUCUGGGUUUCGCUGCUCACGCAUGCGCAAACGGUCAAAAUGACGUCAUGCUCGGAAGCGGCAAAACACAACACGCGCAGACGCGCUGUCGCGUCUUACGUUAUGUUCAGGAUGCGAACGGGGCUCCGUAACGGAUCCCGUUCGCAUCCCGAGGUACCACUGUUUAAGAUACUGGAUUUUAAACUUCUCAAGGAACCUCCUGCUCUCUUGUGCUCUGCAAAAGUGCCAUAUACAUGGGACAGUGCUAUAUUUCACCACCAUGUUCUUCAUCAUCUUAUAAGUUGAGCCUUGCCUAUGUGCAAACUUUCAAGGGGUUUGUUCUGUUCCUCAUCCUCUGGGCAGUGAGGAACAUCCUCCUUGCUGCCUCCAUUUCCGGCUGUGUCUCAUGCCUCUUACAGCACCAUCCGUUCAGCCGCCCCUGCAUAAUGAGGUUUCCUGUGCUAUAUUGCAAAGGGAGAACCAAAUGUCAUGAUGACCACAAAAGCACUGAUUAUAGUCUGAUAGAGCUUGUUAUAAAUAACAGUCUGAUACACCUACACAAAGAAGCGCCACCUAUUUUAUAGGUCCAUGUGUUUGCAUCUGUUGUAGAGGCUUUUUGAUAGGGGAGCUUGUUUGCUGGGCAAGAGUGAGUGCCUUCUCGGUGGCUGCAUGAAAACUGUGCAACAAUGUUCUGUUGGAAGUAAAUAUUCUAUCUGCACUUCCUUUUCUGUGUUAUACACUAUGUCGCAUGGUGUUUUGUCUUGAUACUGGAAUGUGAUAUGAAAUGUUCUGUUUGUUGGAAGCCUCCUUAAGUGAUGCUUAUGCAUUAGAAAAGCAGGGGAAGCAUUCUUACAUAACCAAAAUAAGUAAGUAAGUAAGUAAAUAAACCAUGCUGAAACCCCCAUAAGUAAUGAAGCUUCCAGAAACCCUGUGUUUCCUGCCAGCUGUUUCCCCACCUCCCCACCCAGGGUCCUUCUGGUCUCCUGACAGAUUCUUUCCUUUUGUGCUUUGAUCCUGGCUACUGGUCAGAACAUCCAAAGAGGAAGUGCAGCAGAAUGGCUAAACUGGGUUGCUUCUGAUAGGAUGAAAUAGACAGAAGGCAGACAUACAAAGCUGGGGCACCCUGCUGAUUGGAUAGCACCUGUCAGGGCUGGAAGUGCUCAGAUCUGAACUGACAGGGCUCCUUCUCCCCAUUUAGGCUGCCAUCCGGAAGGAGCUGAACGAGUUCAAGAGCUCUGAAAUGGAAGUCCACGAAGAGAGCAAGCAGUUCACACGGUGUGUAAGAGGGAGGCGCCCACUUUCCUUCCCAUGCUUCUUUCGUAGGACUGUAGUAGCUCCUAGCAUUCCCACUAGCCUUCCUUGCCAUGGUCAGGUUUGAACCAGCAUCUCAUCGCCUCUCUAGUGUGUGAUAUCUUGGGGUGGGGAGAGGGCAGAAACUUGCCCCCAUGGAUUCCCCAUCUUUCGUGAGCUUUGGACAUAGAAUCAUAGAAUUCUAUGAUUCUAUGUCCAAAGCUCACGAAAGAUGGGGAAUCCAUGGGGGAUAGUUUCUAGUAGGACAUGCCCCUACUAAACCCAUGUUUGGUGAACGUUGUGCGGCAGGCUGGAGCCAAGAAGGGAGUGGGUGUGCUCUGGGUGAGGGGCAAUGGAGACAUCAACACAGGCAGACAUUUGCUGAUAGUAUUUGAUGGUUGGCCAGCACCAUCUAGCAGUGAGAGCUUGACAGUUGUGGUUCUCAUGUGCUGAGGGCAUGACCUGGAUGUGGCAUGCAAGACCCAAAGGGGGGAGGGGAGGUGUCCAAGCCCAUUGCCAUUCUCACAAGCACAAUGUGAUUCUCUUGCAGGUUUCAUCGGCCAUGAAUCUUUUAGAAAACCCGCUCCCCAACACUGAUAGAUGUGCCAGAGGUUGCUGAUGACUUGAGGCAUGUGCUGGUUGCGCUCUCCUGAGCUGAAGAGGAACCUUUGAGGCUUGUCUAAGAUUUGCCUUCAGAUCGUAUCCAGGAAAUGACCUUCUUCAGGGAAACAAAAGAGGGGUGGGGAGAGCCUUGUCCAAAAGUUGCAUUUCAUUGGAAGGAGUUUCUGUCAAGUGCCAUCAAAUCACAACGGCGGGGGGAGAAACACUAUACCUCAGAUGAAUCAGCAAUACCCCCUGCUUGUAGCUGGGUGCCCUGACUCACGUUAGACGUGGACAGCUCCAGCGUUUGAAUGGAUAAUGCCCCCCCACUUCCUCUUCUGCUGUAAAUAGUAUGUUCUGAUCUGUUUCAUAGGCUUUUUCAAAGGAAGAGAUAAUAUUGGAGCAGCGUUUGUAGGUAGUGAACAGGAAGCAAGAAUGUGUGCCUGUGCAUGUGGGAGAGAGAGUGUGUGCUUGUGCGUGCAUGUGUUCUGUACAAAGGAAACUUUAAAAUACUGUCCUAGCAGGAAACUGACACAUUAUGGGAGAUUUUGUUUUUGUUUUGUUUUUUUGCUUAUGUCUUUUGGAUGUACUUAAUAUGCAGAAUCACUACUGACCAAUUUUAAAUCAUCCUGCAGAAAAAUUGCAUAGUUCUUAAAUGGCAUAUGCUGCAUUUUGAGAGAGGGGGGCAGUUUUUAGACAAUUUUUUUAAGAUGGACAACAAAAAACUUGUAACGUUGAGACCUCUUUUUUCUGGUGCAUAUUUAGUCCUAUAUAACAGGAACUGCAAAGCCUAAAACAAGUUGCCUUCAGGAAGCAGAUGGCAUGGAAUAUAUUGUAUAUUUUAAAAAAUCAUGACUUCUUCCUUUUCUUUUUAAAAACUUUCUGAAAUUAGAGUGGAACUUGCCUUUUCUUAGUCAAGUAGCAAAAUGUAUUGGAAGUUCCAAAUGUCACGUGCUUGAGAAGGGCUUGAAAUUGACCUUUUCGUAUUUAUAAAUGUUAGCAAAUAUGGCAUCCCUUGAUCUCUCGUGGAAUGUUUCUGGAUGAUUUUGCAAGCCACUACUGGGUUGCAGGGUUGGCCACCCUUUUGUGUGAGAGGCUGGGAGGGAUUUGGAUGCGUGUUAAUGUAGGUCAGCUUCCCCCAGCUUCAGGCCUUCCAGAUGUUGUUGGCCCACAACCAUUGACCACACCAGCUGAGGCUGCUGGGAGUUGUAGUUCAACAUCACUUGGCAAGCCUCUGUUUGGGGAAGACGGAUGUAGGUGGCUCCAUGUUUGACAACUGCUUUGGUUGCACAAGCUACCCUUGCAGAACAUGAUGCUAUACCAGUGGGUAAGCAGCGCACAGAUGGCUAAAGGCUGUGUCCCAUGCCAUUCUAUGCUUCCUCGCCUUGAGAAGAGGCCAUUACAUACUGCUGAAGUCUACCCAGUUGCCAAACCUUCUGGUGGGUAAGAUGCAAUAGAAGAAGGGCUGCUAUAUCUUGCAACAAUCACAUAAGAUAAGGAGUGUCAGGAGGCACUGGAUCCAGAUUAAAUGACUUUAGAACCCACUGAAAUCCAUAGGAAUAAGAUUGUCAAGUCUUAAAAAACCAUUGAUUUCAGUGGGGACUGCACCACUCACUUUAUCUGAAUCCAACAGAAUACCUUUUCAUGAGCAAAGGACAAAAGCCUGGAACACUCUUUGCUAUACAACUGUUAAAGGCAGCAGUAGACAGGUAAGUGGGUGUCUCCAGGUAAUCUUGGGCUAUAACUGCCAUAAUCUAUGGCCACUGGCCAUGCUGGUGGGAGUUCUCCACCCCUGUGCUGAAGCAUCAAUAAUCCCAUUCCAAUAUGUCCUAGUCACCUUUCUGGGCAGACCAGGGAUACAAAGAUCUCAAACUCUGCUUUUGUACCUCAAGGGUUUCAUUCUACCCCUAACCCCCUACCCCUCAGAUGACCUUUUUUGUUAUCUCUUUCUCCCCCUCCCCCAAACCACACCCCAAAUCCUUUUGUUUUCUUGAGCACUGACUUGGUGAGAAUAUUUUGCAUGGGGUGGGGGGGGGUGGAGUUUGGCUUUGUUGCCUUUAAGGCAGAGGAUGGGCAAUCUGUGGUCUUCCAGAUUUGUUGGACUCCUAGGGGACCCAGUCAGCAUGACCAAAUGCUGGAGAUUAUGGGAGUUGGAGACCAGCAUCUGGGAGAGCCCACAGGAUUCCUACUGCUACUUGAAUAGCGUUUCUUCAGGAAGAGUGCAAGGAGAGAAGCUAUUGUAGACAUCAGGGGAGUGCUGAAGCGCUCUAUGCCAGAACUGCUUUUUCAAAGUGUGUAAAAUAUAUUUCUGUAGAGCAGAUCAUUGCAUUGUAUAGCUGUCUUCCUUUCAAUAAGAUUUUAUGGAAUAAAUUUUUUUUAGAAAAGAAAAA